GUGUGAGUGUGUGUAUAUGUAUGUGUGUGUCUGUUUCCCUCCUCUAUCAGCAAGCUGUCAAUCACAGCGGCGGCAAGUCUUUCAUCUCUUUCCACCGCCUCCACCCCUCCAGCAGACUGAAAGAGAGGGGGGGAGGAGGGAGGCACGCAGAGGAGGGGGAUGUUAAAGUUACAUUACACAAACACACUCUGCUUGCCCCUUCACAUUUCCCUGGGAUAACAGGCUGCAUGUCCACAGCUAAUACAGGAGUCAGUCACAGGAUCCCUGGAGAGAGAGGACUAUAGGAUCAAGGUGAAUGGACUAAUUCCCCAUUUUUGGUGGUCUGUGUAACUGGAUAGACUGGUGUCACACCUGAGCCUUAGAGGAGGAGCAUUUCCAUACCCCUUGCCCCCAAUCUGCCCCGUGUAACUUUGCACUGCCCACUGGAAGAUCACGCGUGGAAUACCAGGACCCUUUGUAACAGGACUGGAGAAAGAACACAUUGACACAUCACAUCGCAUGUGGCGAAUUCUUUUCUUUCCCAGAUCAGACAUCACGGUGGUUACUCACCUCUGAGUCACAGGCUGGGACAAAAAUGACUUUCUGUUAAGUCACAAUCACAACAAAACUUUUAUUUUUUUUUAAUUUGCCUGUACUUUUCUGUGCUGUGUUUCACGUGCAGGUCUCUUUUUCUUUCCCACUUUAUGAAAGUUUUUUUGGAUGAUUACUCAAGAAAAGACUUUGGCUCCAGGAGAGACACACAGUUCAGUGACUGCACCUUUUAGGAUCUGAGCGGCAGACUGAUCGGUAGCCAGCCUCAGGAGGGGACUGUCCUGGCCAUUCUGAAGGGAAUAAUCACAUUUUGGGGAACUGUAUCCACACUUGUAAGAGACAACUACUCCAAAUUGGAUAUAGCCUGGCAUUUACAAGACAUUUAAGCUUUAAUUUGGGUCGUUACUGGGUUACGCUUCAGUUUUAUAGAUUGUCUGGGGGGGGGCGUUUUUGUUUUGUUUUUUUACACAAUUUGCUUAGCCCCGUUUGCACAAUAGAGGUGUAAUCUAUAGCGGAGCUAUGCCUCAGCUCUCUGGAGCAGGAGGAGGUAAUGGGGGUGGAGGAGAUCCUGAAUUAUGUGCCACAGACGAGAUGAUCCCAUUCAAGGAUGAAGGGGAUCCUCAAAAGGAGAAAAUCUACGCUGAGAUUAGCCACCCGGAGGAGGAGGGUGACCUGGCAGACAUCAAGUCUUCUUUAGUCAACGAGAGUGAAAUCAUUCCAAACAGCCACGAGGUAAACAGGGGGAUUGAUCUCACAGCAGGCACCUGAGUGAGUGUGGAGAGGCACUGGUGUUUGCGUGCACACGUGUGUGUGGUUACAGGAGUUAUCCGUAAACCAGAUGGAUAGGAUCUGUUUCUUAGUAUGGCUGUUAUAGCUCACGGAGCAGUAACAUUGCAGAGGACGUCACUUGCUUUUGAGUCAAUGUUUCAUAUUGACAUGCUGCGUUAGAAAACCAACUAUUUAUUGAUAAUAUGAACCGGCUGCUUAGAAUUCUAACUUCACUUGCAUGAUUGUUUAUGGGAGCAAUCACCAUAGAAACCAUUGGAAUGUUUCUGAUUGCACCAUUCUUAGAACGUUGCCCCUGGCCUGCUUCCCUUGACUUAUAGGGGCUAUGUAACUGUUGCCUAACCCAUGAUUACAGCAGUCCACGUCAUGAUGUGUCACUCAGGUUUUAGUAGCAGUUCAUCUGAUAUCCCCUUCUAACACAACAAAAGAUGGCUCUUGACACACACUGAAUGAACUGACCUGAAAGCAUAGCCCAGGUCACAAAAGUUCAACAUUUUGGAAUGUUAUCAUGUAUGUAACUAGAUUUAUACAAUAAAAUGUGGUGAGUUGAAAAUCCUUUUGCAAAGUUUAGUCCAUAAUUGCCUGAUAGGGUGAGAAGAAUCUUCUAAUUAGCUGGAGCAUUUAAACUUUUCCAUAUUGAUGACUUUUGUUUAAAUAACCACACCAACCUGCUGUAAUAGUUAUGGUGCCAGGUGUAUCCUGGCCCAGUUCACCAAUAAUAGAGGAAACCAUUAUAGCAAUGGUUUGCCCUCAUAUCUGGGGUCCCUGCUGGACUCCAAUGCUUCCUGUUGGUUCAGUGACACGUUUCCUGCUUCUUCAGUGCUGCAGAAGUCGAAAGCUGCUGCCAUCGCCAUUACUUUGAGAAUGUCAGCCGCCCGCUCUCAGCCAGUGAAUGCAAGUCUGUGCAAAGUUGCACAGAAUUGACAUUGGCUGAUGACGGGUAAAACGCUGCACAUACAGACUCCAGGUGUGGAGACCACUUCAAAUCACUGAAGAGGUCAUGGUGCAUGGAGUAACCCUUUUCAUCUUUUAUAAUUGUGGAUUCAUCACACACCUGGGUUUAAUCAGUAUACACUGAGGGGUUUAUUCACUAAGCUACAAUUUUUAGGAAAUCAAAAUGGCAAAACAAAAUUUCGACAGAAAUAGCAAAGGUUUGACUGUAGUCAUGUUGAAUUUUUCUUCUCUAUAAUUCGGAAUUAGGUUAAAAAAAACCCUUGACUUGUGGUGCAUUGAAAACCAAAUUGCUAAAUGUAGGCAAAAAUAGUUCAAGAUUUGAAUAUAACCGAGCUGGAUGAAUAGUCUAAAUCAGGAAUUUUUGCCUAAUUUGUGUACUUUGUUCUUCAAUUCACUAGAAUUGGGUGUUUAAUGAAUAAAUGCCACUGUUAAUUGAAUAUAUUCAGCUGAGAUAUCAAUUAAAUCUAUUGCAGGGUUGCCAUUUCAUAAGCAUUGGUUUUGACUUCUUGGACAGUCUGUUUCUUCUAGAAAGCCUGUCAUAUAAUUGGGGUUUCUCUCCAACCAGUUUAAAGAAAGAGGUGAAAAAAAAUUAAAAACAAAUGUGUAUUUGAAUGUAGAAAGCAUGUGUUUGUUAUAUGUGAAAUAACAGCUGUGGCCACUUCACAAAUAAGAGCACUUAUAAUUGGGCGUUAUAAAGCAAGGAAACAAUAUCUCUGAAUAUUGUCACCUGUGGAGUGGUAGCUAUCUGUUGUAUCUCUAUAAAGAGCUAGAUUUAUGUCACUCAUGGCCUUCAAGAAUUGCAUCCAGUCGGCUUCUUUAUAGUUUUUCUAGAUUCUAUAUUUUGCAAGCAUCUGUCGCAGUUGAAUGUUGUUGCACAUUUUGUUACGUCCUGUUGCUUUAUUCUGGGCAAAGUGCCAUUAAGGUGGAGAAUCACAGCUUUGUGCCAACUGUUCUGGAGAUUAAUUUUCAUGAUGGGAUUCCCCUUCAGUACUGUUUGUUUUUGUUGCUGUGGUUUCACUGUAGUUUGGUAGUGGAUUCAUGGCCCCCACUAGACCGAUAUAACAUGCUACUUUUAAUAUUCCCUGUGAUAAUCAUAUCUUCGUUAUUUAGUUGUGUUUUUUUUUUGUGUUGCGGGGGAGGGUUCCAAGUGGACAUCCGAUGAUUAGUAGCAGUAACAUGAAGGAACAUUUAGCAGCGCUCUUGAGUUCCAAAAAUAUUUACACCGUAAUAAUUUAGAUUACUGGGUUUUCACCCCCAGGGGCUGGACCCAAACUCUGUAUCCCCAGGUUCCAUAUUCAUUGUAAACGAAGUUUACUGUCGUGACGCUGCUUCCCUGGCUUCAGUGGUGACCAUUUGAAGCGUCUAAUGUAGAUGUUUUUCUUUAGAGUGUGUGUGUGUGUGUGUGUGUGUGUGUGUGUGUGUGUGUGUGUGUAUAUAUAUAUAUAUAUAUAUAUAUAUAUAUAUAUAUAUAUAUAUAUAUAUAUAUAUAUAUACACGCAGAUGCACAGGUCCUAUGUACAUAAUGUGGGACCUUCAUUAAAAAAAAAAAUGGUUAAGAACAAUUGCUUUAGAACAAAGUAUUGUAUAACCUGUCAAGGAUGUGUUCUACUCCUUACUAAUUCUUUUUAGCAAUGCAUUUUUAUUAAGUAGCUUACAGGACCAAUAAAAGCAUCCAGACUACUUUAUCUCAAUGAAAUGAUCUGGGUGCAGUGGUCCUUUAGUUUUAAUUGCUGUUUAAUAGAUAUGGCAAUGCUUAAAUUGCAGGGUUAAAUACACCUCUAGUGAGGCGCUUCCAUUGUUAGAAACAAAAUAAAACUCUUUUCUCACAGCUAACCUCCUUUUCAUUGGAGGAGCACAGCGCUGGGCACACAUGCACUUUUUGUCACCAAUCCUCCCCUGAGGAACCAUUGGAUUAGACCAGUUUUCCAAACUCUGGCCCUCCACAUGUUGCUGAACUACAACUCACAUGAUUCUUUGAAUUCAAUAUCCAGAGAAUCGUGGGAGUUUUAGUUCAGCAACAUCUGGAGGGCCAGAAUUUGGAGAACCCUGGAUUAGACGAAAGAUAAUUUUCAUCUCGAGAGGCAGAUCAAGUGGCUGCAAGUUCUCUAUCUCUUGUUGGAAAACAAAAGGUAAGCAAUAACCUUUAUUCUAUAAUUUAUUUAAGUUUGGGGGUGAAGGGAUUCAUCUUAAUAAAGAGAACACUAUAGUUUUAGGAAUACACUAAAGUAUUCCUAACACUAUAGUGUUCCUUUUAUUUACAACACAAACAGGAUACACAGUAUAUACCUAAUCACGUGCACUAAUAUGAGAGCACAAUGACUGUGAGCUUCUUGUUGAGUCUAUAUUUCACAAUCAUAGUCCAUACAAUGACUUCUAAAGCAAUGAUGUGUUCUUAAGACCCAAGAAAGAAAGUACGUACACAUGUUCUAGUAACAAUUUCAAUGAUGAUAUAUAGUAGAUUUUUUAAAGUUAAAGGACCACUAUAGUGCCAGGAAAACAUACUAGUUUUCCUGGCACUAUAGUGUCCUGAGGGUGCCCCCACCCUCUGGUCCCCCUCCCGCCGGGCUCUAGGAGGUUGAAGGUGUUAAACUUACCUUUUUCUCCAACGCCGGGCGGGGGACUCUCUGCCUCCUCUCCUCCUGCUCGGCUGAAUGCGCAUGCGCGGCAAGAGCCGCGCGCGCAUUCAGCCAGUCUCAUAGGAAAGCAUUCACAAUGAGACAGCCACUAGAGGCUGGAUUAACUCUAAUAUAAACAUAGCACUUUCUCUGAAACUGCUAUGUUUAUAGAAAAAAGGGUUAAUCCUAGAUGGACCUGGCACCCAGACCACUUCAUUAAGCUGAAGUGGUCUGGGUGCCUAUAGUGGUCCUUUAAGACCAUUUUGGUCAGCGCAUUUUGGUUGCGUGAAAAAAAAGGUUUAGGACGUAUAUAUUGCGCGUUAAGGGUAUAUUAACCAUGUACUGAUAUGAUAUACUUUGCUGCCAUCACAACAUGGUCUUUAAAGCCUAUUAUGGAAUUUACUGCUUAAUUACUGUGGAUAGCUGUAUAUAGCACUGCUGUCAGUAAAUAAUUGGGUCGUUCAUUUUAUUUGUGAUCCUUAAAGGCGAGAUUGUUAUUACAGCAUAGAUUAUCAUUGGUCCUUUUAGGAUUUAAACAAAGGUAAGAAAGAAUACCGUUAAACUAUAAUGGACUGUAGUAAACGUGCAUCCAGGCAUUCAGAGAACUAGAGACUGCCCUGACCCUAUUAAAAUAACCCAUUUAAAUAAGCAUAGUGUCAUAACAUGCCUUUUGACAGUAUUAGUGUAAAUAAGGGGAAAAAUAGGAUCAGAUGGUUGACACAAUAGCCUGGAAGAGGUCCGUCUUACCAGAUACCCUACUUCCUUUUUUAUUUAUUUAUUUGGGCCUUUUGCCAUCCCAAGUAGGAGGGCUGUGGAGUCAGUACUCAAUUUAUUGGUUAUCUCAGCCAUUGAGGCAGGGUAUGCCAAGGUCAGUAAAAACACCUUUCCCAAUCAGAGGGUGGCAUUGACACACAUUCUCUCACACACUCACAAAUUUAUAAUGUUUUUUAUUCAAUUUAUAUCCAUCCAGCCUCCAUACCUUUGGGAGAGCUGGAUUGGAUCCUUUCCCUAGGGUCCAGUGUGACUCCUGUUUAGUGAUGCUAGGGCCGGAGUGACAUCAUAUCCAGGCUCCCAGAAUCACCGCAGGGCACAUGAGGGAGCAGAGCAAGAUGAGCAGGAAGAUGACCGCUCCCUUAGGGCCGCCUCCAUAGCUCGCAGCCGUCUGGCUCGGGUGGUCCAGGCGCCAGGAAAAUAUUCUGGCAUUUGGCAAGCGCUGAGAUAGAUUGAGACAUUGAUAUUUCUCCCUAAAUGUGUGUGUGUGUGUGUGUGUGUGUAUAAUAUAAUAUAUAAAAAUGUUAUUAUACACACACAUUUAGGGAGAACUGGCACAUGGCCUUACCACUAGGUGACCGGCUGGAGAAAGAUGUACCAUUGUGCACAUGCGUGCCAUUCAUGAGUAAAAAAGUAAACUACACGCUGAUGUUUUCUGUUUACGUGUAAACUCCCACCAUCUUUUUAAUCAUAUAAUAGAAUUGCCUUUUGUAUGUAUGCAGUAAGGAAAACAUUAUUUGAUUUUUAUAGGAAAUGGGACUAUUUCUUGACUUUUGCUGCCAAGUCGCGGCCCAAACUGCAAGUAUAUGAGUCCGCAGGCCUAGCUUAGACAUUUUUGGGGGUUGACUUGUGUCUCAAAUAUACAGGCAUAAAUCUAUAAAACAACUUUAGGUUUUGGUGGUCUACUGCCGCUUAUAUACGUUACAUUGAGUAACCCAAAACUGCGUUCUACUCCUCCUCCCUGCAAAGUAGACUUGGAAAGAGAAGAUAGGGAAGAGUAACUAACAUAGAGGGAAGCAGGCCUCUUGAUGUCAAUGUAGUUAAAAUUGCAUAGUCCAUGAGAAGAGUUUCUAACCGUUAGUGGGCGUCUUUUUCCUAAUUAUGUUCUGGGUGGAUGUUGGCCUGAACUUUGAAUUGCAACAUCGUUGCAACAUGAAAUGUUUUGAUAGUGGCAGAAUGGCAAUGGCACUAAUUAUGUUAGUAAAAUUGUGCCAGAGUGUGUGUGUGUGUGUGUGUCUGUAUGGUAAGGGAAAAAAAUUAAUAAAAUAAACAAAUGACUGAUUAUUAUUAACAUAAAUGUUUUAUAUCAUUAACAAAUUAUGUUAAAUCAAAAACCUCGAUUCUUGGUUAGUUUAGUAGUUCAGCAGGGUAAAAAGAAAAUUAAAUUUAACAGUUGAUAGCUGUAGGAUUCUUUUACAGAGAUGUUAAAAGAUGAUGCAUAAAAAUACAAUAUAGAGGGCAUACCACAUGUGUCAGUUUCCAAAUAUUGUAUUUGCUUUAUAAGGCUAAACAGGAAUACGAAUUGGGAGUGAAAAAGCACAAAGACAAUUAUCUUCUGUACUGAAAUAGUUUGUGUUUUCAUUCAAUACCUGCAGGAGCCCUGCUAGAGCAUUAUAAAUUAAAGGGUUAGUGCAACCAAAAAUAAACUGUGGUUUUUAUAAAACACAGUUUUUGGUUAAAGUAGUCCUAAUCUUGCUGGUCAAUGACCUCCUGUCUCCAACUCUCCAGAUUAACAGAAUACAUAAAUGAAACCUCUAAAGUUACCUUACUCUCCAGCUUUACACUCUCCCCCAGUGACAUCACUGCCCCUCGCAGGAGGGAGGACAGGUUGACGGUAGAACAGGGACAGCCGGGGGUAGAUGGGUGUGGCAUGCCACCAUUGGCUCUCUGGUGGUAGCAUGCUGUCCGUGCUGGUGUAAUUUUGCACAUAAUUGACAAAUUAACAGUAACCAUUAGAAACUCUAGUUCUGGGCUGGCUGCCAGAGGUGGGGUUGCACCUGCUGUAGAGGUGUUAAUCUCCUUAUGUGCAAUGUUGUAAGUGAAAUGUUUCAUGUACAGACUCCAGGCUCAAAUUAAUGAAGUGGUCAUGGUGCUUGGAGUAACCCUUGACACAAUGUGUACAGAGAUGUUGUAUUAUGAAAAGGAAAGGAAGUCACAUGCUCAAAUUAACCUCCACCAAUCAAAUUAGCAAAACAUUAUUAUUAUUUUUUUUCAAAUAAUUUUUAUUAAAGUUUUUAAAUUUUGUAUAACAAGUAAUAAUAAUACAAACAUUGUAUUAGGAGUAGGAAAGGAAGGGGAACUUGGAAAUGGGAAGGGUUAUCCAUCCAUCAUUGAAAUAAGCAUAACAAUGUAUAUGGCAAAACAUUUUUUACAUCAAUGCACUUUAACAAUAAAUAUAUCAAAGACCAUAAACUGUUUUGAUUUUUUUUCUUCCCAUUUAUCCCAAUUAUAUUUUAAUAUUAGGAAACCAUGCAUAUUAGCUCUAUGCGAUAAUUUGUGUGCCUUGUUUUCUAGAAUUAAAUUAAAAACUUCUCUGAGAGAUGGCACAUUUUGGGACUUCCAAUGUCUAGGUAAACAGGAUGUAGCAGCGAUCAGAAUGUGGCCUAUGAUUAUUUUAUCUGAUCUAUUAACGGACUCCGGGAGUUUUUUUUAAAUAAGGCUAGUUCCGAAGUUAAGAUGCUAAUGGGUCUGUUCACUUUAAUAAUUAGAUCAUGAAUCAUUUUCCAAUAAUUAGUUAAUUUGGGGCAAAACCACCAGAUAUGGGCCAUAUUGCCCACACCUCCACAGUCUCUCCAACACCGGUCAGAAUACAUAUUGUUCAUGUUGUGCAAUAUAGAUGGAGCCAGGUACCAGCGAUAUAAAAUUUUAUAAUGAUUUUCAAAAUGGUCGGUGCAAUACGAAAUACCUUUUAAACCUUUAAAAAAAACGAAUCAUUCUUCUAAAUCGUACUGUGCACCCAACUCCGUCUCCCAUGACAACAUAUGUUUUAAUUUACAAAGGAAAAAAUAGAGAUGAGGAAAAAGCAACCCUUGAAGAAAAGGGAGCAAAAUCCCUCAAAACCAGUACCCCAAAUAGAGCAAAUUAUUAAAAAUUACAAACGGAUGUGUAUCUAGCACAAGUAACAAAAUAAUAAACUUUUAUUGAUAAUUAGAAAAAUCCAGAUACCACAUAUCUAAAAUAUACCAGACAGCCUCAAAAUAAAAGGUGGAGGGACACCAAAAGAAAAUAUUCCAGUCCAGAUCAAUAUAAAAUUCGGAGAUAGACACUAGGUGAAUAUAUCGACUCACUCACAAAGUAGCAAAGAUUAUAGUUACUACAGAGUGUAGCAAUAUCUGUGAAAAAAAAAGUAUAUAAUUUCCAUAUUCUUAGAGACUUACUGGAAUAGAAUCAGGGUCCUCCCAACCAAUAUGAUAUUAAAUAUCUAUAAAUGAAGCCCACCCUCUCCUCUCUUAUCCCCGCUUACUGUGCCCUUGAGAAAGGCGAUACUGUGUCGCCGAAACGCGCGUUGUUUUUUUUUUUUGGGGGUGGGGGGGAGGUGGGCUUCUUUUCCACACCCUACAGACAGCUCUCUUGAAGUCUGCUACAGCAAAUACAAGAACCUUCUCUAUCUACUCUUACUUUAUUUUCCUUCCACUUGCCGCUCUCUGUCCUUUUCGAUUUACUAAUCUUUUUGAUUUAUACUGAGAUAAUCUAGCUAAGAUAUUUUUAUAGUAAGCCAUCAAGAGUAAGCAAGCUAUAAACUGCUCUUAAGCAGUAUUUAUAUAUAUUUUUUUUCACAUGUAAGAAGGGGAAGAAAGAGGAGGCAAUAAGAGGGGAUAAGAGAGGAGAGGGUGGGCUUCAUUUAUAGAUAUUUAAUAUCAUAUUGGUUGGGAGGACCCUGAUUCUAUUCCAGUAAGUCUCUAAGAAUAUGGAAAUUAUAUAAAGUCCUAUUGUCUCCUUGCACACACACUUCAAUGUGGAUUUCUGCCUGGUGCUGUCAAGCCAAUGCCAUAAUAUGCACAAAUAUAGGGAACAAGAGGCAAGCACUCACGGUCUUUUGGUUUCUUUAAAACGAUUUUCCUUUUAUUUCAUUGCUUAAAACUUGAUCGACGUUUCAGCCACAGUACAUGGUUUUCAUCUUUCAAUUCCGGGUAGCGGUAGAUUGACGCAUGCGCAGAGAUGGCGAUAGAACGCCGGGGAAGCGGUACAGCCUUCAGGUGGUGAGUGUUUUAAUCAUUAAUUGUAUAAUUUGUUUUGCUAUAUAAACGUGUUAUUUGUAAUGCAUAUUUUGAGCUGUAAAGAUCCUGAUGAAAGCCAUGUACUGUGGCUGAAACGUCGAUCAAGUUUUAAGCAAUGAAAUAAAAGGAAAAUCGUUUUAAAGAAACCAAAAGACCGCGAGUGCUUGCCUUCUUGUUCCCUAUAUUUAUGGAAAUUAUAUAGAUACUUUUUUUUUUUUUUUUCACAGAUAUUGCUACACUCUGUAGUAACUAUAAUCUUUGCUACUUUGUGAGUGAGUCAAUAUAUUCACCUAGUGUCUAUCUCCGAAUUUUAUAUUGAUCUGAACUGGAAUAUUUUCUUUUGGUGUCCCUCCACCUUUUAUUUUGAGGCUGUCUGGUAUAUUUUAGAUACGUGGUACCUGGAUUUUUCUAAUUAUCAAUAAAAGUUUAUUAUUUUGUUACUUGUGCUAGAUAUACAUCCGUUUGUAAUUUUUAAUACUUUGCUCUAUUUGGGGUACUGGUUUUGAGGGAUUUUGCUCCCUUUUCUUCAAGGGUUGCUUUUUUCUCAUCUCUAUUUUUUCCUUUGUAAAAUUGUUAAUUAAGGGUUAAGCCCUCUUAGUACCCCUGUAACCCUUUCCUUUGCACUCCUUGCUGGAUUUCUUCUAUCUAGGAGUGCAUUUUGUUCAAAUUCUUAUUCUAUGUUUUAAUUUAACUAAGGGAUGGCAUUAUAAAACAAAUAACAUAAGGAUAUCAUACCUUUCCUAGUGGGGCUGUAUAAAAAAAACUUUCUCUAAAGGAGAUAUCUCAAGUGAUUUAUAGUUUUUAUCUGUUUCAGAUACCUGGUAUAUUUCUUUCAAUUUGCCAAUGAUUAGCAUACAUUCCAGUUCACAUACAUUUGAUAAUCCAUACUUAAGCUUCAAUUUUUCCAAAGAAAGAAUAGCAUUGCCAUAAUUUUUUUUAUCCAGACUAGUUAUAGAGGAAUCCUUCAACAGUUCUAUUUUUAAGGAUGGUAUAUAAUCUAUCAAUAACUCAAUAGGCAUUGCUCUAUAUAAACUGGGAGACUGGUCAUUUUUAAAAACAAUGUCCCAGGCCUUAAGCGUAGUCUUGGUAGAUAAAAAUAAUUUUGUAAUUCCAGGUCUUUUCUUAGGAUUUAACCAAGGUAAUUCUGAUAAUCUAACCAGUAAAAUUUUCGAUUCUUCUAUUUCCAUCCAUCUGGGUUUAUCAACCUGGUUGUUAAAGUUCACAACCACUGCAGCGUUAGUGGCGAAAUAAUAUUUGCGGAUAUCAGGGACACCGAUACAGCCAUUCGAUUUAUGGUGCUACAGGGAAGUGAGCCUCACUUGGGCAGGCUUGUUCCCCCAGAUAAACUUCAGCACUGUCGAGUGAACUUUAUUAAAAAAUGAUAAUGGGAUGGACAGAGGAAUGGUCCUAAAAAAAUAUAAAAUUUUGAGGAGUAUCAUCAUUUUAAUAAAUGCGACCCUCCCCAGCCAUGAGAGCUCCAUCCCGCCCCAUCUCUUUUUGUAAGUCUGACCAUGCUUUCCUCAAGUUGUGAUUGUGCAUAUUGACCAAAUUUUUGCAUAAAUUAAUGCCAAGAUAUUCCAUAUAGUCAGUUCUCCAAUCAAAUAAAUAUGAUUUCUUAAGGGCAAUGGUUUCCAAAUUAUUUAAAUGAAACGGGAGGGCCUGAGUUUUGGACUUGUUUAAUUUGUAAUACGAUAUCUCGCCAAAUUGAGUUAAAAUGUCCUUGAGGUGUUUCAAAGAUUCUUUUGGGUUUUUGACAGCUGGAUUAUAUCGUCUGCAAACAAGCCAAUUUUGUGAACGGUUCUUUAAUAGCAAUUCCUACAAUUUGUGGGGUCGUUCUAAUUAGUUCGGCCAGUGGUUCUAUCGCUAAAACUAACAAAAUUGGAGAUAAAGGGCACCCCUGUCUCAUCCCAUUGGUUAGAGAGAAAGUUUUGGAUGUGAAGCUAGAAGCUGAGACAUGGGCGGAGGGUGCGCAAUAUAGCGCCUUAAUUGCUGUGAUAAAGGAAAAUGGUAAGUUGAACCUCCAUAAAUAUCCCCAAUGUAUCCUGUCAAACGCUUUCUCUGCGUCUAGAGAUAGAAGCAAAGAAGGCGUUUUGGUCAUAUUGGUAUGCUGAAUCAAGUUUAUGAAUCUUCUAGUUCCGUCUGGCGCCUGUCUAUCCUGUACAAAACCUACUUGAUCCUUAUUAAUUUGGUUAAUUUAUUUGCGAGAAAUUUAGAAUAAAUCUUUGAGUCAUUAUUAAUCAGAGAAAUGGGCCUAAAGUUAGGGCAUCUAUCGGGAGUUUUUCCCAGCUUUGGCAAGGUGACUAUUCGUGCGCACAAGGACUCCUCCGGCAUCUUUUCCCCAGACUUAUAGGAAUUGAACAUUUUAGUCAUAUGGGGAAUUAAAAUUUCCGGAAAAGUUUUAUAAUAUAAAAUAGUGAAUCCAUCGGGACAUGGGGCUUUUCCAGAUAGCAAAACAUUUCUUAAUGUAGGUGUGCAGGUGGACCUACUGCAUAUAGUCACAGGAUGCAUCUGUUUUACUUUUUUGUUGUUUGUUUUGGAAAAUAUAUAACUUUCUAUUAGUUUGGCUCUGUAUUUUAAAACCAUUCAACAGGCUAUAAAAUGUGUUCUUUAUAGGUAUAUUAUCUAUCCAAAACUCUAGUUAGGGACAAUAAAUAAAAUAGCCGUCAAACCAUAUACUUUCCUGUUUUGAUGCCUGCAAGGUUUGUAGCUUUGUUAAACUUUGUGAUGUAGUAAACUGUGUCAUGCUGCUUUUUAACUUGGUAAUUAUAAAUCCUUUAAAUUAAACACAUGAAAAUGAAAAAUCAACCAAGCUGCAUUUUGAGAGAAAUAUAUUAUGUUAUUAACUACUGUCCUACAUGACUUCAGAAAUGACACUGCGUUACCCAUUUAACCACCUGAGUCUCUUAUCUUUUAAAAUUCUGUCUGCUUUUGUUUUGCCUGCAUAUGAACUUUUUAUUAUUUAUCUUAUCUAAGAUUAUACCUCUUUUCACUCUUGUAUAUUUUCUGCGGAUUUGUAAAUUUUAUCUGAUCAGUAAUGUCUAUAUUUUAGACAUAUAUACAUGCAUUUGUAUGUAUCUGUAAUUUAAUUUUAAUAGCCUUUGGAAAAAUGUCAGUUCUCUAAGUAUGGACCUAAUCUUAAAGCUGUUCUGUUACCUCUGAUCUUGAAAUACUCGCGUUGCCCGAACACAAUCAAAAUAUAUAAGACAAUGUAGGGAGUACUUUUGUUCCAUGAGCAAAGUCCAUGUUUACAAUAGGCAGAGCUUCCGCUGUCACCUUUUCUCAAUUUUGUUGGAAAUGUGAAUCUUCUUGCUCAUCGAGUGAGUUGGUCCAUGAAGGAUCCUGUGGCUUUCCGUGGGAUCAUUGUCCCUGUAAAAUGAGAACUUUCUCCCAAAUGCCAGCUUUUCAGUUGACGAAAAUAGGUUCUUCUGUUGUAUUGUGCCAUUUUACUCAAAUCAGUCUUCAUUUAACUUUCACAAUAUUCUCAGGUCUUAAUGAUGAAAAACAACCCAAAGCAAGUUGUUGCUACCACCAUGUCUUACUAUAGGGAGUGUUUGAGGUAUGGGCAUUGUUAUUUUCUUGGUUUUAUUUUUUCCCCACUCAUACGGGUUUUAAACUGUGAGCAAAAGCCUUCAUCAUCACAUCAGGACAAUAUCUUAGUCACGUUCAUCUUGUGCAUUUUAGCUAAUUUUCAUAUGGCUGUUUUUCAGUAAUAUCAUUUUUCUUGCCAACCUCGCAUGCUGGCUAGUUGAUACAGAGUAUUGAAAUUGUUACCUACAGCUUUGGUCGAUGAACUCUGCAGCUUAAUUUAAAGCACCGUGGCCUUGUCUUGGUUUCUCACACACUUCUCUGUUCUAUAUGUAAAAAGUUCAAUAUGUAACCUGAAUUUCAGAAAAUGAAAAUGUGUGAGAAUUGGUCAAGGGUCUAAAUAUACAUUUGCAAGUUGCAUUGUAUUUGGUCCAAACUAUUGACAAUCAAUGAAAAAUUGUUUUGUAGACUCAAAUAAGUCUGUGUUUUGCAUGCUUACAAUGCACAACUAAUUCUAAAACCCAUCUUUACAGAACUGUUAUCUUUGUUAAAGGUAAUGAUUUUCAUACAUUAGGUGGAAGAUGUAGGUAAAACGGGUACUAUUGUUGGUGCAAAGUGCUAAACAUUAAGAGACAUCAUAUUGGUUUCCAUGGCAAUUGGUAUUAAUUUAGCACUCUGUUCCAUUUCCUUUGAUAUAUUUCCCCUCCCCUUGUCUGCACCGACUGUGAGUGUAUUUAACUACUCUUCUCUUAUAAGAUAAUUACAAACCAUUUUAUCUAAUGUAAAAGUCUAUUUAUAUACAAUCUUAUCCAAAUAUUAUAUAUUUUUUUUUAUUAUUGGUUGUCUUUUUUUUAUGCACUCUUUUGGUGACAUUGUACUCAAUUUAAAUUUAGGUUUAAUUUUAUUUUCAUCUAACCAGACGAUCAGUUACAAUUACAACUCAGUGAUGUGUCAGUGUUGUGGUGUUUUAUUUAUUUAUUUAUUCCUUGUGGAGGUGACUGUCAUGGCAUUGUAUCUCCAUUUUAAACCAUCAAUGACAGAUAGGCCUGCAAAGAGUUUGUGAAAUCAGCAGACAAACGGACUCUGUGACUUGUACAGUAGUUUCAAACUUCCGCUGUGCAGGAAAUAGGAAAGGGUUCUUUAAACUCUCUGAUUGUCCAGUAAUGCCCAAAAAAGAAAUCGUAUGUUUAUGUAUAUGUGUGUGUGUGUGUGUAUAUAUAAUUCUUUUUUUAUAAACACACAAACAAUUUUAUAGUUAUAAAAGCUUCUUUAAUAGAAGAUAUUGAUGGUCAGCACUAGGGCUUGACCAAUAUAAUUUCUUUUAAGCGGCAAUACCGAUUAUCACUUUGAAAAAAGAAACCUAGUUUCUACACAAAUCUGCCAUUAACUAAACAUAUUUAUUGUUUAAUUGUUUUGUAUUUUUUUGUAAAUCUUUCUUUGAGUGGUGAAUGCACAAAAUAUACAUGCCAGUCAGAUUUUAUAAUAAUGUGUGUGUGUGUGUGUGUGUGUGUGUGUGUCAAUGUCAAUAUGUGGGGUAGGAUUGGGGCUGCAUUCUAUGGGCAUAACCUUAAUUUUUUUUAAAUUUCAUUCCCUCCUCCCUGCUUCUAACCUGUGGCUAGGGAAUAUUACAUUAACUUGUGGUCCAGUGGCUAUGUGCAGGCUGGCAUGAGCUUGUAUAUUGAAGAGGGAAUCAUGGUUCUGCUUCAUUAAAACAUUAUAUACAAGGUUUAGUAUUUUUCCACUGUUAAUUGCCCAUGUAGCGCACAGACUAUUCUUUGUAGAAUUUUUUCCAAUCCCUUACAACUUAUAUACUCCAUUCUAAAUGCCUCUUGUCUAACAGAAUUAAUACUGGUCUUCAGGGUGUUUUUGCAGUGCCAACAGAUAUGUCUGUGAAAACUGCAAAGGUCUAUGGAAAAUAUAGUUACAAUUCUAUAAUCUUGGGUUGUACGAUACUAUUGACAUUUUCCACCACAAAUAUCAGGAAAUACAAGUUUUUAUUAACAAAAUAAUAAAAGAUUUCUGUUGAAAACAUUUAAUUUUGUGUGUUGACCGCUUUCAUGAUGUAUCCCAUUUAAACUCACACCCAUUUUAAUAUAAGGCUUGAUGAUGAUUAGUAUUAUUUACAAUGCCCACAACAAAUUCUGUAGCGCUAUACAAUAUUAUGAUUGUUUGCUGGUAAUUGUAUUAUUCUGCUGAUUAACAAGCAAACAUAUUCAUAUUUUUCUUAAGAUAAUACCUUUUAUCAAAUCUGUUAACCCCUGCCCAUGAGAUAUAUUUCCCCCCAAAAUUUUGUAACUGUUUAUUUGGGGGGGGAACAACUACAUACAGGAAUCAAAUUGCAAAUUCCCAUUCAGACUGGCGCUUGGCUGGUUUUAAAAGAAGAGGACCAUUGAUGAAAUCUUUAGUUCUUUCCCUUAACUUUUAAACUUGGGAUAAUUUUGUAGAUAUACCGAAAUAACAGAAUGUUAAUAAAGAAUAAGACUUGUUUACCACUAUAUGCAAUUGUGGAAGCCCAAAAAACUACACUUGCGUGUUCAUGGUUAAAGGGACAUCAUAGGCACCCUGACCACUUCAUCUUAUUGAAGUGGUCUGGGUGCAGUGUCCCGCUGCCCUUAAGUCUGCAAUUCAUUGCUGGGUUAAGACUGCCUCUAGUGGCUGUCUCCCAGAGAGCUACUUGAGGCAUUUCCUGCAGUUUCACAGAGUUUAACUCUGUGAAAUGAUACUGGAUGUCCCCACACUUUGCACGAGGAUGUCCAGUGUCUUUAGAAACCCCAUAUGGACACAUUUCUAAAAUGCUUUCCUAUGGUGAAGUCCUAAUGCGCGCGUGGCACUUGCCACGCAUGUGCAUUAGGUUCCUGGACAUUGUGACGUUGAAGGAGAGCCAGCGUUGAAAUUUAUGGCACUAUAGUAUUGUGUUGUGGGACAUGGGGGAAAUUCAGUUCCGUUUUAAAGGUUUUCUUUUGCUAUUUAACUGUUCUCUCGUUACACCAAUCCUAUUCAUUGUUUAACUUCCUUACUAAUCCUUUAGCUGCACUUCUCAUUUACUUUACUAAAUCUUGCCACUCAUUACAAGGAAAGAUGGAUGCCAUCGUAAACCACUUUCUCUCUAUUUGAUUAACACCAAGAACAUAAUUCUCCACCCUCCUUUUACUUUCAAACCUUUGUGUCUCCAGCACUGAGGAAUGGGCAUUUGCUCUUCUUUCCUUUUCAGAUCCCAAAAAAGCCUAUCCCACAGACCUCAUUUAACCUAUCUAGUCAAACAGCCCUAUCUUACGUAUAGGAUGCUAUUAGAACAACCAAUCUGGGGAGAGAAAAAUCCUUUUAUUCUAGCUACAUCCAUUUAUUUUCUUUUGUAGCUAAAUUACUGUAAACACUUGAUUAACUUCAUUUGAUCUUUUAUCUCUCUUGACCAUCUUCAGUCUGUUUUUGACCCUAUUCAGUACAAGGCUGCUUUAACAAGGUAUGCAAUUACCUGAUCUCUACCAAAUCUAAUGGACACUUCACUGCUAAUAUCCUAUGGACAUGUGUGCUGCUUUUUGUCACUGCUAUUUCUUGACAUGCUGUUUUCCAUGAUUAGCCUUGAUACAAUGCUUGCCUGGUUCGUGUCAUGCGUUCCUUCUCUGUGUCCUUUUCUGCUAACUAAUUUUCCUUUCCUUUUCUCUCUGUUAGCGUACAUCAAUUAAAGAACCAUGGCCCAAUACUUUUCUUCCUCUAAAACACUAUUUUCUGUACUUUUUUUUUAUGAUUUGAUUUCUAAUAACCAUAUAGUAAUAAUCAAAUAGAGUUUUCCUCUCUUGAUAUUUCCCCUCCCUCUCAUUUUACACUUUACCAGUAGUGUGUCUUCCAUCUUCUUAUGCGUGACCCACCUCUACCAGAAACCUAAUCUCUCUAAAACUGAACUAGUAAACAUUUUGUUUUUUUCCGACUCCCUCCCUACUACUCAAACCUUCCCUUACUAUGGAUGUAUUUCUAUUGGUUUAUAUACCCAGCCAACUGAAUGUGUAAUGUCUCUGUUCCACAUUUAACCAUGUUUCCAGUACUGUGUCCGCCACCAAUAUUACUCAUAUACCAGUCUUCUGAAGGCUUGCAGUCUUAUUAUAGAGUCCUCUUCUCCCUAACUAUUAAUUCAUGUCAUCAUCUGUUGAUCUCCACCUCUCAAGUCCUACAUUUCCUACCUAAAGGACUUUCCCCUACAUUGGUUUUCCUACGUUCUUGUAAUUUGACUUUAAUUUGCAAUCACAUAAACUGUACAAGCCUUGAGCAGCCAUCCAUCUUCACAAUUGUAUGUCUAAUUGUAUUUAAUAGCAAGAACAUUUGGGGGGAAAAAAUGUAAAGGUGGUGCAAUAAGAAAUAAUAUAACCUUGAUUUCUGUGGUGAUUGAUGACUUUGCUACUGAUCCUCCUUGCCUCAUUACUGUUACAGUGGAUAAUACACUUGCUCUGUAACUUAGCUUGUUUCAAAUGUGAUGAAGUAAGUCUAAGCAUGUUAUUUAAUUGGCCCAACCCUGAUGUCUUAUAUCAAGUCACAGUUGCCUCCUAAGAUGUUGUGGAGAUAACAGGAAGUAGAAUAAAACUAAACUGAAUUAACAGGAAGUGUGUGGGACAUCCAUGCAAUAUCCAGUGCUUAAUUAUGAUUUUGUUUUCCAAUGCUUUCCUUUUUGCUUAUUGCCAUUCUAUGAAAUGAUUUAUGCAACUAAUACACAUGUAAAUGUAGAUAAAUUCACCCCUUUUAGUGAAGAGGUUUGGGGGGAUAAUCAUGUUAUUCUUAGUUAGUUGCUUAAAAACUGUGUAUUUUUUUAACUGAAUUAAGUUUGUUAAAUGUCAAACGUUAAAAAGUAAAAAAAAAAGGGGGGGAAAAAAGCCUUUUCAACAAGAUUUAUUUUAACAUCCGAGACUUUCAUCUGCCAGGAAGUGAAUACAUUAACAUACAAACUGUGUAAUUAGUAUCAGAUGGUAUGGCCAACAGUUUAAUAAACACAUUAGCGGAUACCUGUUUAAAGCAAAAGAAGGAAGCACAGUGUUAAAAGUGAUUUUAAUUUUUUUUUUCUUUGCUAAUAUGCCUGUAAUAUUUCUAGAAAACCCUGUUUCCAAUUCUUAUUUUUGCUAAUUGCUACCAUCGAAAAAGCUUAUGCUGAAAUGUACCAUCUACGUGUAUAGACAGGAACAUGGAAGAAUAACUGUGUGAUUAGUUUACGUAGUGAGAAGUGGGGUUGCAGGAGGGCGCCGCAAACAUUCAAGCAGCUAUUUACCCCUGCAAUCUGGGAACAGACACACUCUCCCCACGGCGGCACUGUUUUACUGAGCAGGAGAUUCGCUUUGCGUCGAUUUUAAAUUUUAAGAAUGAAAUAAACCUUUACAUUUUCCAUGUUGUUCUAUGGAGCCCAUUCAUCAAUACAUGUAAGAACUGUCUCUGGGGAUGGCAUCUAAAGCUGGAGGGAAGCUUCAGCCAACUUUGUUCUAUUUAUUCUAACUCCGCAGUAAUGUAUCUCUCUCUGUAGGGAUUGGCGCCAUGUUUCGGUGGUUUACCUUCCUCAAAACAUUAACUGUCUGCUCUGGAUGCUUGAAUUUAAAUCAAAUCUCAAGGUGAAUUAAAGAAAUUGAAACCACAAGAUUUUCUUUAAUGGAAGAAUAAAGUUUUGCUUAAUGUACCAUAACAAAGCUUGACGAGACACUCUAAGCACCAUAACCACUACAGUACACUAUAAGGAUUAUGGUAUUUUAAGUCUAUCGUUGCCUUAUUUUAUUUUUAUUUUUGGGUCAAAAAUACAGUUUCUCCCCAGCAUCCAUAACUAGGCCCCUCAUCAACCUCAGGGUUAGUGUGGAAACUACUUUUCCACGUUAUCAACUACAGAUCCAUCUUAACUAAAACCGCAUUGUUUGUCGGCAAGUGAUUGGCAAAGCAGACCCCGAUGCUCUGAGCCUUUCAUUGUUGUUCUAGGAUUGACAGAGUUGUACGGAAAAUAAAAGUGGGGAUGGGCAUGCGUACCUUUCAGAGUUCCAGGUUUUUAUCAAACCAGUCUAAAACUGCUUUAAAAUAAAAAAUGAAUACAUUUAAAAAAAAAAAAAAAAAAAAGGGGGUCUGUGCCCAUACACUUAUAACACGAUAACCACUACAGUGAGCUGUGAUGGUGCUUGGACUGCUUCUGUAAUUUAUUUGUCUUUGACAUUUAUACAUGUGAGUUGGUUUGAGCAGGGCCUUCUGCACCUUUUGUAAUAAAUAUCCCCUUUCUAUAAAUGCAAAACACUGUGGAAUAUGUUGGCGCCGUAUAAAAGUAAAAUUUUAUUAAUCAUAAUAUAGGGCGCUUAAUUAUACCCUAUACCUGGGCAGAGAAUUGCGAUGAGCAGUUUUCUAAGCUUGGUGUCUAGGUAAAAGCAUAUGGGUCAAGCAACCUUUCCUGACCAAAGGCAGGUUUGAGAACACUUGAACUCAAAUAGAGUGUAAAAAGUAUAUACAUGUAUGUCAUGAAGCUAUUUUAUGAUUUCUUUUUAAGGUAGGCUAUUUUUAUUCUUGCAUUGUUGGAUUUUAUGAUCACCAGUUAGGAUAUAAAUCCAGCUGCACUGAAAUUAAAUGUAGCCGUUAUAAUGGUUUCUGCUUCCGUCUAACUUAACCAUAACCCAUUGCCGAAACAAAAUCUGCCCUCGUGAUAGUUUUUGGGUCUAUCUUAUAGUCUGGCUUACAGCACAGGCACGAUGUAAGUGUUAACUUGUAUGUUUGCUUGGUUGAUAGGAGUUGAGGAGGAGUUGCCUUUUGGGUGCUGUGUAUUAAGUGAUUUCUAUUUACACUUGUUGCAUAUACACUCUUUGUAAAAUAUGUCCUUUUUUUCUUUUCUUUUUCUUUUUUCUCUUAGCUGUCCAGAAGAAGGCAAGACGUUUACCAUGAAAAAUCUAGAGAUCAUCCAGAUGAUGGUGAGUUCUCUGUUAAAAUUGUAAAGUUAAUAUUUCCAAAAUAAAUGUAUGUUUGGAAGUGCAUGCUAAAUCUGGCUAUUUUGAAACUCAUUCUUUAAUGAUACAUAGAAGUCAUUGACUGCUACUAGUACCUUUUAAAGGGAUACUUUAUGUUGGAACUGUCUUUCCCCCCUUUUGUGUUCAUAAAGUUGAUGAUAAGUUAGGACAUGCAUAAUUAAACAUUCUGCAAAUAUUGCCUUUAAAGUAAAGAUACAUCCAAAGUUCUUGCUGCAGAAGAACAGACAGUGUAUCUGCUAAUCCAGAGCCUCUCAUUUUGGCCUUUAGUUAUACCAUAACUACUUCUGCUGGAGAAGAAUUUAUGUGACAAGUAUAUUAGUACUCCUUUCCAGAUACAAAUGUAUCCCUUAUUUGAGAAGUAGGAUAUAUGCCCUAUAUCGAGAGAGAGAGAGAGUGUGUGUGUAAUAGAUAAUAAAUGGCAUAUAUCGUACUUAUCAAACAAGUUGGUCACAUUUUAAUUGUGAGUUUGCCCAACAAAUGAUUUUGUGCCGAACAUUUUUCACCUUGGAAUAGGAAAUGUUGUAAUUUACACAAUUAUACUUUCUGAUGGUGUCCUGGAAAGUUCAGUGCACACUUGUUGGAAAUAUUAACCCUUUGAAUACCAGGCAUGAGGAAGAAUCCUUUCAGUAGGAUAUGUUUUUGAAUAUAUAUAUAUAUACAUAUAUAUAUUUUAAACCGUAUCACACAAUUUAUACAAAAUGCUCUGAAUAUGAUCUGAGAGUAGAAAUACUGCUGGUAAUACAGAAGGGUAUUCAUGAGCGUACUAAACCAUUAUUGAUAAAUUAAAUAGAUUAAUGAUUAAUGAAAUGGUGGGAAGCAAAUUGUACGGUGUUUGAUUGUAUCAUCUUGCUAAGCCUAAUAGGCUUUUUAUUUAUCCUUUGUCAGUUGAUAAAGUGUAAAAUGAACCUUUCAUGUGUUUAGGAAAUUCUUUUCUCUCUUGCUAUUGAAGUAUCACAUGUAAAAGAUAAGAUAUAAAGCCCUGAUGGAUUGGAACAUCGGGAUAUCCGAGUCUGAAUUUUAAUUGGCAAUAACAUUGUUCAUGUGGUUUGAUUUUCUCAUUGAGAGCAUAAACAUCUCAGGUUUCUUAUCACACUUGAGUGGUUAAAACAAUAUUUAGAUUGCCGGCCACCCCUGCACCACAAUAGACAUUUAGGUUUUCCAAAAUUCACGAUCUCCUGCGCCUAGCCAAUCCAAGCAUUAGGUUUGACUUACGUCUCUACUGGAGGGUGGCGGCAGAGUCCAAUUUUCACACCCGGGCCCGGUGGUUUCUACUUACACCUGUGAUCUAUUUAAUGGUGUUGAAGCAACACUUUUGCCAUUAUUGGAUCAAAACUGCUGUAUAUUAUACGCUAACCGGGAAGGUUUAAGCAGUAUAUCCAUCAUUGUUGGUUUAUAGUACCCCAUGCUCUGAGAGAGGCAGCCCUGAUCUGCUGUUAAAUCUAUACAUCUAGUGAGUGUAAUGUUAAUGCCGAGGCUCUUAAUUGUAUUGCACUAUUACAUGUGUAUCUUCUGUUUAUAGCUGUAUCCCCAUACUCCAGAUUCUUGACUUUUUUUCUAUCUAUAUAUCCCCCCCCCCCUUCUUUUUGGUGAAAAGCUGGAAAACAUUCAGAUGGCGGUUUGUACGGCAAAGGCCAUUCGUAUCCUGGAUAUCCAAGUUAUAUCAUGAUGCCAAAUAUGAAUACAGACCCAUACAUGUCAAAUGGAUCUUUGUCUCCACCCAUUCCAAGAACAGUAAGUAACUGUGUUUUCCUCGAAUUUGUUUCUUUUGAGAUUCUGGCCAGGUCACAUUUCUGCAUAGCAUUUAUGAGUCUCCAAACGCUGCUUGGCAGCACAAAGCAUGAAAUAGGGUCUGUACUGUGCAAACUGUACUUGUAUUGUCAUUAUUGCUUUCUGAAGAAUUUAAACCUCCCCUUUCCAUUUUCUGCUACAACGUACAGGUUACUAGAUUAGUGGCCUUUUGUGAAUCGCUUGAAAUACACCAAUGAAAUAAAACGUAAUAAAAUAAAAUCAUUAAAGUUUUAAUGUCCAGUUUUACUUUGCCUUUAUUAGUCUGAUUUCUAAAGACCUUAUACCAACAUAUGACUGUUUACAUUUGGCUGGUGUGAAAAUGGGAGGUGUAGCCACUUUGUCUGUGUCUGUUAAAUGCAGCAUGUUCCUGAGGAUGACAGGCCGCACAGUAGGACAGCCAGUCAGGAAUGUCCAUAUGCUGAAGCUCUGGAAUAUUACCCUGCAACUCCUGCAGUGUGAGUCCUGGUUUCAGGCGCCUGUCUUGGGUUUGUUCUCUGGUGUCCUUCUUCUGGGAAAAUGAUCACAGAAUGCACAGUUCAAGAGUAUGAACAGACAUCACACUCUGUGCAGCCCCACAAAGGGGCAAUUCAGGCCAUGCAAGAGAGCUUCAACAGCCAGUCAGCCUUGAUGCCACGCAUGCCAGGCUGAACAUCCCCUUAUUGGGCUGACAUUACACUUCCUUAAGUCCAUACCUCCUAAUGCUGUCUGCAGUCAGUUAAUUAGUGGAUGACAAAUGGUGACACUCACUGGUCUUUAAGGAGUUAUUUGUUCCUUGAUAUAACAAAUUAUUUAGGUGUAUGAUGCUUAUGUUCUGUUCUGAAUUAGCAGCGAGACGAUUUCUAGAUUGUUCGUUUUAACCACUUUGCGUUCUAUUUUUGUGUUUUGCAAUUCUCAGUUGUUGUAAUUGUUCUGUAUUGCACUCCUGGUAUGUUUCAUAAGAACAAGGCAGAUUUGUUGGUCCUGAGCUGUGAGGGGGAUUCCCCAACCUUCUAUUAAUAUAUAAAUAUAUACUGGCAACUUAGUAAGUUAGUAAGGUAUGUGUUCCAGAAGCCUAAGCUAAACUCGUGCCUCGAGGCACUAGCUUUACAUGUUGCAUGGCGUUACUUAUGAGGUUGUGGAGCAGCAAUAGCAGCAGAACUUUCUUGAUAUGUUACAUGAAUUAGCAGUGUGACUGAAUGUGUUGUAUUGCCUCUCAUGAAAGAGGAUUCUAGGGUGAUUAUAUAAUUUUAUCUAUAUUUAUAUAUCACAUGGUUUUGCGAUCUCAACUUUAUUCUUCAUCAGAGAUAAUAUAUGACUUUAAUGUGGUGUUUACAUAGCGUGUUCAUGAAUAUGUUCCCUAUGUAGUGAUCUAGACCUUUUCCUGAAAGAUUCAGAGGUGGGCAGUAAGAAAUCAGUGUUAAGUGGUUCUGAGUUCACACUUGUUUCACCAUUGCUUUCCCCUCUAUUCCUAAAAUCUAGCUGUUGGCUUUGGACUUUUUUUUUUUUCAUGGUUUUUCUGUGUCAUGGCUUGAAAUACCCAGAAACCUGAGAACCACAAGUAUUAUUUACUCCUAAACAGUUUGAACAUUUUACUUAGAACUGUAACACUUGGAUAAUUUAUGACACCCGACUUGUCUGGGGGUAGGGGUGGAUACACACCUAACCUAACAAUCACACAAAACCACAAUUAAACGAUUUCCACAAUUCCAUAACUAUAACAAAACUUAUAUACGUAGUGUAAUCCAAUACAAUCAUAAGGCUAAUUACCACUUUAAACGUCCAUUAUUGUGAAAAGAAUUGGCCAUGUAAUUAAUAACCUGAGUUACUGUAUAACCAAAGGUGGUGUUCUAUCAAAUUCCCCUACCUCGUGAAAAUCCCCUACCCUCGUCACUUCCGGUGAGGGGAAUCGGCUGGAUCCUGUGCUGCACAUGCGUGCUAGCACUCCUGCUACUCCUCCACAGCAAGGUCCUGGAAGGUAAGUAAAACUAGUUUUACACUUUCAUUAUAGUUAGUGCAUUCACUAAGCUUAGGCACACGGGACAUUUAAGGUUAAGUGAGGGUUCAAAUUAGGGUUAGGUAAGUGAUUUUAACCUCACUCACACUCUAUUCUUACCCUAACCCUUGGGGUAAGGGUUAAAAUAAAGUGAUUUUCCCCUAAUGUGAAAUUUAGUGAUACUCCCCUAAUGUGAAAUUUCACUAAAUAUGAACAAGUUCCUAAUCCUAACCCUAAUUUGAACCCUAACAUUAACCCUAAAUGUCGCAUGUCCUAAGCUUAGUGAAUGCACUAACUAUAAUGAAAGUGUAAAACUAGCUUUACUUACCUUCCAGGACCUUGCUGUGGAGGAGUAGCAGGAGUGCUAGCACGCAUGUGCAGCACAGGAUCCAGCCGAUUCCCCUCACCGGAUGUGACAAGGGUAGGGGAUUUUCACGGGUAGGGGAAUUUGAUAGAACAGUGGCAAGCAUAUUCACACCGAACAUUUCAAAACACAACACUUGUAGGUAUCUGUAUGGCUAAUACACCCAACAUAUUAACUCCCAAUAAGUUACUGAUACACAACUAAUAAUUACCCCAAUCUCUACACUAAUUUCACUUUAUAGCCUGCUGUAAUAAAGGAUGAAAUGAGACAAACUUAUAUGGGAAAAAAAACAAAAACACCACCCCAAAUCAAAUUGACAUAGUGAGGGUAGCAUGGGAUGCGGACACACUAUUCAGACAAAAAAAACAAAAAUCAUGCUAGAGAGUUUCUCCUUUGUUGCAUGUCCUCCUUUUUCCUUAAAGGGACAAAAGCCCUAUACCUGCCUGAUUGCUAGCUCCUGGGGUCUUCAUUAUUGGCUCCUGGCAUUGCUCAGACAGUUCCUGCUAUGGCAUAUGAGGCAGACCUAAUCCCUGGGAAAGCCUAAAAAAUGAAGUUCCAUAUGCAUUUCUCUGUAUUGCUGUAUGAAGUGAUCAUACUAUUGUACUGAAGCACUGCGGGUGAUUCUAUCUAUCUAUCUAUCUAAAUAUUUUGCAUUAAUGCAUCCUCGUAAAAGAGAAAAUAUCACUUGUUAAGUGUUAAACAGCUGUAAACACAUUGCAUGACCAGGAUAACAUGAGGUCAGAGUCACCAGCCUUAUCACAACUUCUCUUUAGAACCAACAAAGUGAUUAUUUUAACACCUUCGAUCUCCUGCAUGCAUGACCAAAUGUUUGUCACACCACAACCGUGUAACAACACCUAAGUGGUAUGUUUAAAUAAAUGUGCUCUCAGCUCCUGCAGACAGACAAACAUGAAGAUCUUUUUGUUAUUGAAUCUCUCCUGUGCUUUAACAGCUGGCCUAUAGAAAUUAACAUUUUAUGGGUAGCUCAGUUUUCUAAUGUACUUUUAACCCCUUAAGGACACAUGACAUGUGUGACAUGUCAUGAUUCCCUUUUAUUCCAGAAGUUUGGUCCUUAAGGGGUUAAAGAUGCUCUCUGACCAUAGAUGAUGAAAUGUUCUCUGCAGUUUUUUUUUUCUUUCUAGAAUUUAAUGUUUUUAAGUUCACGCCACUCCUAAACUUUCUUAUAAUUAUUAUGAAUCCCAGCUCUGUCUUUUGCACCAUAUUUUUAAGUAGGGAGUUCUGUUUUGAAUAAGCAUAUUCCAUGUUUGCAUUCUUUGUCUUUUUCCAACAUUCAGACCUACAUAGAUUUAAUUUAAAGCAUUCUUGCUCUGUGCCACAUAGAGCCUAGCUGGAAAAGGCUGGCUUGUGUUGAAAGAUACUUUAUUCAGCACGGGUUCUCUCCCAGAUGAAUUUAAUAGCAGUCAAGGAUUGGCAAAGCCGAUUGCUCAGAUCUUGUUUUCGUGCAUAAAACUGUUGUACAAUUUUCCUUCGUAAGACUAGUGCAACAAAUUUAGCCUGCAGCCUAUAUGGUAGCCAUUCCCACUACAGUAACAUAAAAAAAGUUCAUGGAUAUUACGUAGAAAUGUAUUGAUGUUGUUGUUUUGUUAUUUUGGUUUAUUUAGUAUAACAUAUCUGUAAAUGAGGAUUUGUGUUUUGUUUUUCAUCCUCUCGCAUUAAUAAUAAUUAGAUAUUUUUAGUUUAAUAUAUAUAUAUAUAUAUAUAUAUAUAUAUAUUUAUUUAUUUAUUUUUUAAUGUAUUCAUGUGUACUGGGACACACUGCUAUGGCUUCCGGUGAUCAGUUCUAGGUUUUAAGGUACCCUAAUUUGGAACAUUUAAAGUGGAACUCUUUAACACAAUCAAUAUGUCUGCUUGUGAAUGCAAUACAUUAUUUGUAAAUGGUGACCAUCUGUUCUUAUUAUAAUGAUAAUUUGCUGAGUGUAAGAAGUUUGGUGAUGCACUCUGUUGUGUACUAAUUACAACAGUGCAAUAGUUCACAUAGCUUUAAUAUAAAUUAAAAUUGACCGGUGUUUUUAUCAAAGGACAUUCCAUGAACCGAAACAGAAUUGUGCUCAAUGCCCUGUCUACCUGCCCAAUUUACACAUGCCAUGGCUCCUUGGCCCCUCAUAUGGAUUGACCCAAGACAGCACUCAAACCAAAUAACCAAUGUAUCUGGCCAAUAAAAACAUAUUGGUGAAGAUGUAAGUGUAUGUAUGCGUAUAUAUGUGUGUGUGUGUAUAUAUAUAUAUAUAUAUAUAUAUAUAUAUAUAUAUAAAUAUAUAAAUAAAUAAAAUCAGGAUCGAAAAUUAUUAAUCACUGGGGCCAUGUAAAGCUAUGUGUGUGUACAUGUGGAGGUUUAGAUAAAUGUGAAGUAGCCAGUGUGGCCACUGGCCACAUAUCGUGAUCUAGAAAAUAACAUCAAGAAACAUUGAAUAACUAUCCAAAUAUGUAGCACGAGAGUAUGCGUAAAAAUAAAUAAAUCAGCAGCUCCAGACACUGUCUGCCUGAUGCCUGAGGCUUUGGUCUCUUCAAAAUGCUCUGGCAUUUGUGAAAUUCUACAUUGAUCAACCCAAAGGUGCUAAGUCAUUCAAUAGCAUCAGCUGGUCAUUGUUUGACAGGCAGUUCAUUGAGCUCCCAUUCAUUUGCUCACCUGAGCUCCCACCCACCCACCCAGUUAACUGUUCUGUACAGUACUUUAUUUAUAAGAUAGGAUCCAGUACUCUUCUAUAAUAGGGGAAAAAUGUACUAUCCUAUUUUCACUACUUUCUAGUUAAUAUAAUGUUAAACAAAAAUCUGCACACCAGUCAAGCCAUAAGACUUGCUUUUCCCACAGAAAACACAAAUCUGCAGUGAUGUUACUACCACAAAGGAUUAUGGGUGGGUAUAUGCAAAUCAGUUCAAAAUUUGCAUAUGCCCACGCAGAAUCCUUUGCGGUAGUAACAUCACUGCAGAUUUGUGUUUUCUGUGGGAAAAGCAAGUCUUAUGGCUUGACUGGUGUGCAGAUUUUUGUUUAACAUUGUAUUAACUAUCCACAGAUUUCAGGUGGAAGGGGUUUUCAAUCACAAAUUUUCCCCACCAUAACAUAUAUUAUAAUUAAAACCUCACAAUCUUACAAUAGUGUGGCAUCUUUCAGAUUACAAUCUGGGUGAAAAGGUGGGCAGGCCAGAAAUGCAAUAAUGUAGACUAAAUCGAAUUAAAUAGCCUUUAUAUAUUGAACAGUUUUAUACUUCCCGCUGUUAUCACAUCAAUGAUACAUCACACCGGCCCAGGACAGGCUACCAGAACUUUCUUGGACCAAACUCCCCCAUGCUUACCUUUAAACGACCGUGACACCUGUUUAAAAAAAAAUAAAAAUCAUAAUAAUAAUAAUUAAAACAGUCCACCCUUAGAAGAACUGAACCCUCAGUAUGUAACCAAGUUUAAAACCUAACCUCAGCUGUGUCAGUGCUGUAACCUGGACUUGCUGCAAACACUGUUGCUCUUACUGUAAUUGUUUAUUAUCUGAUAUAUAGAGCAUCCAAGCAUUAGAUGUCUUUGCCUUUUUUUUUUUUCUCAGAUCUGCUUUAUUUUUGCAGCUGCAUUUAAGGCAAAUUCAGCCACUUUAAAUAAUUGUGUAAAAAUGGUUAACUUAAUCUUUUCUUGUCUUCAGUAGAAGAACCUAAAAUAUCAUUUUAGUUUAUCGUUGCCCUUGGCAGUUUAACCCUAUUGUGUUUCAUCGAUUGUUUAUUAGAAUAUGAACAUAAUUUUAUAUCAUAUUUAGUCCAUGAAUUGUGGUUAAUGCCACUUUAAGAUUUUUAGAUACGUAAAUUUUAGCUCUAAAAGUAGGGCAUGAAAUUAGAGAUUACUUCAGCUGUCAAUGUACUAGCACAUUUAAGAGAUUCACAGAAAUUAAUGUUAAAAAUAGACUGUUGUGCAAAAAAAGGAUUUGUGGGCAGUAAUAAAAGAAAACGUGUGAUAUAGCAAAACAAUGGUCUUUAUUUAGCACGUAGUGAAAAUCUCUGUGCUCUAUACUCCCAGUGUGAGAAGGUGAAUUAUUAAAUGUUGUAAGAUCAAAUUAAUUGACUGAUGGAUAAAUUAACCAAAGAUUUGUUUAAAAAAAACAAAAAGUCCUCCUUUUUUCAGUAAGCAUUGUGAAUGUGUGUGGACUAGCCACUUUCUGUUCUGGGACGUGCUAAACAAAGUGUGUAAUUUUGUGAAUCCAUUAGAUCUAGACAUACAGUGAUAUUUUUGCUUCAUUGUGAAACAAGAUUACAUGACCGCUAUAUAUUAACCGUAGUCUAUGGAACACUGAAAUUGUUUUAAUGUUGUUUUAGAAACGGAAUAGGCUUGUUUCACGCAAGUUGAACAAUGAUAUUUUUAGGGACAUCCAAACCACCAUUACCAUUUUGGUUGACAGAUGCAGAGUACCCAGCACUGAUUGGUCAACAGGUUUCGCAUGGUGCAUAGAUUAUCCAAGGUGUGCCUGUGCAAUAAUUGCCAAAAUUUGUUAUUCUUCCUUAUUUUUCUGGGUAUUCACCAAUCUUUUAUUAAAACCAUCCUGUCAAUGCCUAGUCCUGCAGAAAGGGUAACAGAAUCUCAAAGUGUACAGCCUUAUUGUAAUAACAGUCCAGGAUUACACCUUAAAAUCUGAUACUUGUAGCUAAUUGGAAAAAUGCAUGCAUAAACAUUAAUUUGUAUUCUCCUCAUUGGAUAUUUCUGUGUUCUGGAAUAUGCUUAUGCAACCAGUACUUAUGGAACAAACAAAUGUUUCUCUUUGUUUAUUGUGGGACAAAACCCCCCCAAAAAACGGCAACAACAAAGCAACUUUUUGCAGUGUUAGAUUGUUGGCUAUUGCUCUAGAUGGCCCCAGUGAUUAAUAACUUUCGAUCCUGAUUUAGUUACAGCUACAGGAUGACUUGUCUGACGAAAUUGACUGGGUAAUAAAGUGAAGAUGAGACAAAUUGGAUAUUUUUGAAAACUGCUUUUUUUUUUUUUAUCUGCUAUACAAAAAGUUCUCCACAUUUUAUAAAAGAGAUUAUGAGUUAGUCAAACCACUGGCUGCUUUACGCUCCGUUGAGUGUGCCACGUCAUGUUUUAGUGUACACGUGUUUGAGAAAAAGCACCCAAUGAUGGGGAGAAAACCAAAACACAAUGAAACUUCACUUUCAAAAAUGUUUAGCCUUGCAUGUAUGGAUAUAGCCUUCAGGCACAAGUGAAUGCUGUAGAAAUCUAGAGAAGAAUAAGUGUGGGCGUGUAUGUGUAUAUAUAUAUAUAUUUAUUUAUUAUGUUUUUAGCUGUUGACUGUAUUUAAUUUAAAAACUUUUUCCUUUUUUUUUUAUGCUGCUGAGACUUUGCAUGUUUCAAUUACAGAGCUGUGAAAUAAGUAAUCUUUCUCAGCUUUUUUUUUUUUUAACUUGGAGUAAAAGCAGCUAAGGGUGAUGUCAGAGCCUUCACUGAAGGCACUGAGAGUGCUGGCAGAAUGUGAUGCAGCUGCAGUACUACAUGAUGUUGGAAAUGAGGUUGUGAGAGCAUAAAGGCUUUCCGUAUUCCCAGGGCGCACAACUGCUUGCGGCUUUGGCUUUGAUCUCUUCAAAGGCUGCUGCUGCCUCCUCCUAGAUGGGGGAGACUUGGCUGCUGUUUGCUCUCAUUGAAAAAAGGCAGAGGUCUUUAUUCAGGCAGAAAUCAAUCACUGUGCAGGAACAAUUAAAUGUAAUUCAACCAUCAUGGAACCAGGAUGAGAUUAUGGGUUUGUUACCUGAGUGACUGUGUGGAAAUGGGGAGCACAGCCCUGCUGACAUGCCGCGUUCUGAUGACCAUAAUAGGCACAUGAGUGAUGUGAAGGGUGAGGAGAGGCACAAUGACAAAUGAUGGUCAUGCUGUCCAGCAGAGCAGAAAAUUAGGUUACAAUUGGGAGAUAAUACUUGCAUAUGUAACCGUAUUUUAGCAAGCUGGCCAAUUCAAGGCAAUUAAUACAAUAGGAACCUGAUGUACAACCAAAUAAAAAAGUGCAAUGCAAGAUGUCUGUCUUGAUGAUGUUUGUGCUGCCACCUGUGUGGGAUGUCCUAUGGAUGGGUGCAGAAACAUGGCUGUGGAAUUAUUUUGAUGCUUAAAUCCUUAAUGAUCUGAUAAACGACCAAGAUUAUAUUAAGGUGAUGGAUUAUUCACAGGAUCUGGAAAUUGUGGAAAAUAGACGUGUGAGGUGCAAAUAUUAGACCAAAACAGCCACACAAAAAAAAAAAAAUCAAAAUAAAAUCUCCUAUUACACCUUUUGUGUUAUAACUAGUUUGGUCUAAAGCUUGUAAUUUCCUUGUCUGCUUUCCACAAUUUUCCAGUUUAAAGGCACCCAGACCACUUCAGCUCAUUGAAGUUCCAGAGAACUGCAAUACUUAUAUUGCAGCUCUGUCUGCUCUCUGUGGCUGUCUAUCAGUAGAGGGCUUCUAGAAUCCAAACCGACCUUUGGUCGGUUAUCUGACGUUGGACGUACUCAUGGACCUCCGGGACCUCUGGCGUCAGAUUUGCCUCAUAGGAAAACCUUGAAUAAGCAUUUUAACAACGUGCGCUGUGUGUGUUACUUUAUCUAAGGGAACACUAUAGUGUCCAUAAUUCAAACUAGUGUUACAUAACCUGUUUGUGUGAACAGUCCCCCUCAUUACAUGCUUUUAUUCGCAUUUUAUCUCUCACCUUGGCUGGCCCUGCCUCCAUGACUGAGAUCCUCAAUCUUGGAAAGUAUUGGGAGGCUUUUGUACAUGCAUGGCAAAACGCUGCACUGUGCCAGUCAGCAUCUGGGUGUACAGCACUCCCUCCUGCCAGGCACUCUGUGUAGCAUGGCCGUGCGGAGCAGUGCGCAUUGCAGUACAAGAACGUAUGAUUCCUGUACCCGGCCGAACUGAGAGGAAGUGCUCACUGAGAGAGCACUUCAUGUCAGUCCAACUGGGUAUAAGAGUCGGAAUCUCCUGAACCGCGGUGCGCACUGCUCCACUUGGCCACGCUAUCAGGAGACACACCGGGAGCGGGGACCAAGGAGGGGAAAGAGAGUGGGGCACUAAGGGACGGGGGAGGGAGGGACACUAUGGGACGGCAGGGGGGGAGUGAUAUGCAUCACUAUGGGACAGGGGGUGGGGGUGGUAAGGAACACUAUGGGGGAGGGUGGGUGGAAAGGAACACUAUGGGACAGGGGAGAAGGGAAAGGAACACUAUGGGACAGGGAAGAGGGGAAAAGAACAUUAUAGGACAGGGGAGAAGGGAGAAGAACACUAUGGGACAGGGGAGAGGGGAGAAGAACACUAUGGGACAGGGGAGAGGGGAGAAGAACACUAUGGGACAGGGGAGAGGGGAGAAGAACACUAUGGGACAGGGGAGAGGGGAGAAGAACACUAUGGGACAGGGGAGAGGGGAGAAGAACACUAUGGGACAGGGGAGAGGGGAAAAGAACACUAUGGGACAGGGGAGAGGGGAAAAGAACACUAUGGGACAGGGGAGAGGGGAAAAGAACACUAUGGGACAAGGGGAGGGGGCAAAAGAACACUAUGGGACAGGGGAGAAGGGAGAGGGGAAAAGAACAUUAUGGGACAGGGGAGGCGGGGGAGACGAGGGAAGAACACUAUGGGACAGGGGAGGGGGAGGAACAACACUAUGGUACAGGGGAGGGGGGGAACAACACUAGGGGGAGAGAGGAACAUUAAGGGAGGGAAGAUGAAAGGAACACUGGGGUAGGAGGGGGAACACUGAAAGAGAAUGGAGAGGAACAUAAAGGGGAAUGGAGGGGACCAAGACACAGGUAAGGGGUGGGGGGGGAGUUCCUACCGCACAUAUUUACACACAAACACACUGCAUCCACUACACAAACACACACACACACACACACACACUGCAUCCACUACCCACACUGCAUCCACUACAUAAACAAGCACACUACUUCCACUACACAAACACACACACUGCAUCCACUACCAACACUGCAUCCACCACACACACACUCACACACUGCAUUUACUAAUCAAAUACUCUCACUGCAUCCACUACACACACACACAUAAAUAUUCUUGAAAACAUAAAAUAAACUGACUGCCAUGUAUAUUUUGUGCAUUUAAAAAUUGCAAAAGAAAUAUUGUAAAUGUACAGAAUAUCGGUAAGCUAUCAGCCUGAAAGUUCACAGAUUAUCGGUAUCGGCUCUAAAAAAAUCAAUAUUGUCAAUCCCUAGUGGAGACCCCUUACAUAGAUGCUGCAUGCUGUGCAGCACUGAGAUAGGAAGCAGCUUUAGUGACCAUCUGAGUGACUGCCAUUAGAGGUGUAACUAGGCCCCUUUACAUUGAAAACCCCACAGAGACAGGAUAUAGACACCAGAACCAUUACAUUAAGAUGCAGUGGUUAUGGUGACUAUACUGUCUCUGUAAGAUUUAGAAGCAAACUAUGAUAGUAGCUUCUUGUGCUGUAAAUAUGAUCAAAGAGAUAAUAAAACUGAGUCUGGACAAGCUUGACAGUAUAUAAAUCAACAAUGCUAUAUCACAGGCCAAUAAUGUUUGCCUUGGCCUUGUUAAGGAAGACAAAAUAAUCUGAUUGCUACAGCUUUUAGAAAUAUUUAUAAAUAUGCAUUAUAGAGCAAUGCCUAAAAAUUUGCAAAAGAGACGGCACAUGAGGUGCACACAGGACGGUAAAAUACAGCUAAAAGUAUAUAAAAAAAAAAAAUAAAUCCAGUACUCCCGAACUCCCAAAACAGUAGUUUUAUUUGAAACCCCCCAACAGCAGUCUUUCAGUCCCAGUAAGGGCUUUUAUCAAGCCUGAGGGUUCCAAACUACUGUUCUGGGAGUUUGUGUGCGCUGGAUCUUUUUCGUUCUAGCUAUAGAGCAAUUCCAACGCACCGCUUGUGGCUAUACAUAUUCAGCAUGGCUGGUUUUGAUGUGGCUGUCUCGUCUGAGCAUAGGUCUGCUGAAUAUCUCUGAUUUCUAUAGUAAUGCAUUUUACACUCCUUGAAAUAAUUGAAUUAAUACUUUUUACAAAGUGAUGACUAUGCUUAAUUUAAAAAGGGUUUAAUUUGCACAAUAGGAUGUGGUGGUAGAAUGUUCAGAUUUCCACUUUGGGGACUACUGUGUACAGUAUAUAUUACAGAGUUGUAUUUAUAAAAAAAAUAAAAAUAAAGGUACAUUUUAAUUUUAUAUUUUUAAUCAUCAGAAGCUGGCUGCUUUUUCCACCAGCUUCCUAAUUCAAAGUUGGGCAAAUAAACCCUUAAUUGUCCCUUUUUAAAGGGGAAAUCCCAUUUCCUGCCACCUUCCUUUUUGCUGUAUGCAGUGGACAUUUUUGCCUUGUGGGUACUUAGCUCUGAUAAUAUCCUGUUUUUAUCACAGUAUCUGUUAUUGCAGCCUGUGGCACAUCGUUUAUGCUGUUGCUGCAAACACUGUUCCAGACCAUACAAAUUACAAGUAGGAAAUCCUCCUUGAUGAACCUACUUGCCAGUUUGAAGACGGUGUGCCAAUUUAUUUCAUUAUCCCUCAGGGGAAGGGCCAAUUAGGAGAACCGGCUUUAGAAGCUUAGACAGUUGGCAGUGUAUAGUAACUCAGUGUAGAGUUCUUUGUUAUAGCCUUUUUGUCUCCAGUAUGGGAGCAUAUAGGCCAAAGCACGAACAUGUUUAAUGAAGGUGGUCAUUAGGCCGAAGUUAUGAAUAAUUUCCCAUACUACAUUGCAAUAUGCAAUUACAUAGAAGUGUAUGAUAUUUCAGAGAAAUUCUGAUAGACAGAAGGUUUAGUUUCUUUUCUCUCAGACCCGUUUUGGAGGAAUUUUAUAUUAAAUGCCCAUUUAAUUUAUUGUUUUGGUUUUAACAACAAAUCUUUUUAUUUGAAAUAAACCCGCAGCUCUAACGUGAAAUGGAUAUAGAGUUCAUAAACUGUUUUUUUUUGUUUGUUUUUUAUUUAGAAAAGCUUCUUGUUUUGCAUUUUAAUCGAUAUUUUUUUUUUUUUUUUUAAUCCCCUGCUGCCAAGGUUCUCUUGCAAUUAUGAGAUAUCUUUCCUAACGAUUGCAUAGUUUGAAAGGGCAGAGCAUAAAGACCAAAAAAAAAACCCUAGAAGCGGAGCUAUGAAAAUGCAUUGAUGCACAGUUCCGUAUACAAGGCCACAUUUACCUUUUAUGCUGUUCAAGCAGAGACAUCAGAGGCGUGAGAGCUGCUUUGAGUUACAGAUCUUCAAACAAUAUAAGUCAAAACAAAAAAUCAAUCCCUCCGGUCCCUGGGAGCAGUUAUCUAGAGAUAAAAGAGAAAAAUAAAGUUAUGCUAAAGCAGAGAGGGGAAAGGGAACAGAUAUGCCGAGCAAGAACAGAGCAUGAGCAGUACUGAAGUGGACUUCAUAUGAGCCAACAUCAAUGAAUUUUUAUCUUGUCAGAAAAAAGUUUGAGGUUUGCCAACUCUUUUCAGCACAGCUCCAAUCUGCUCCAGGGCUGCCUGAAGCUUUGGCCUCAGUAAACCACCCCCUCCCUGCUCCUUUUUCUCCCCUUCAUUUCUGAAAUCUAAUCACAUAGGAAUUCUGAUCUAUAUUACUGAAGACAUGAAACUUUGCUGAAUAUUUUAAGGUCGACAUGAAGACCGUUUGUAGAAUCCCUUUCCAUCACAUUAUUAGAAUCUUGCUUGCCCAUUGAUCUUAUUCUUUUGCCAAGCAUCAAUCUGUGUUUCUGUCUGUGCACCCCUGUGUCUGUCAAUGGAUUUUAUUUACUGUACAGUGUGUUUUUUUUAUUUUUUAUUAACUUACCUGUCAAACUGGGUAUGUACUAUCACCACGAGACCUAGUGUACAGUUAACUGUAUCUUUUACACUCAUAAGUGGAAGUGCUUCCUCAAAGGACUUGCAAAUAUUUUUUAUGCCAACAGCCAUGGGGCAUUUCCUAGUUUGUUGGAUUAAUGGUACAUAGAUUAGACUGCCUUUAGUAUAGCCAGUUUUUAACAUACUGUUCACCCUUCACUUAUGGUUUUGUUUGUCUUUUGUUUUGGGAUUACCUGACCAAUCAAUGUGUAAUGUGCUGCCAGAAUAUGCUCUGAUACUAUGUAAAACUUUUUUUUUUAUAUAUAUAUACUGCAGAAUUUCUUUAUUUUAGACUGAUCUACUUGUAUGCUCCAAACAUUUGUAAUGAUUUCCAAGUGAUUAGUUUGUACCAAGAGUGUACAAUAUUAUAACGUUAAGGCCUGUAAGGUAUCCCUGUAAGAGAUCAUCUACUAAGCAAUAAAUAUAAUAUAGCAGGAAUGUGGAACUGCACUCAAACCCAUUUGAAAUGUAUCCGGAUGCACCAGACGAGUCCCAGUACCAGGAACCAAAUAUUUGAUGAGGAAAAAUAGAAGAGAAUUUUUUUCCUACUAAACAAUAAAGACUAAAGACAGAAUUUUAAUGAUGUAAAUGAGUAAAAAAAAAAAUAAUUAUAUUAUGGUGCAAACUUAGUGCUCUUGUGGACCCAUGUGUCUAGGGAAGCAUGACUUCUGCCUACACAUCUGAGCUUUGUUAUAAUGUUUACGUGGGGGAGUGGAUGAUGGACCUCACCAUGCUAAUACAGAAAUUACACCGCAAUAAAAAAAGUGUAAAUUUAACACUUUAAAGCAUAUAUAUCAUUGGAUUUUUUUAUUUUCAGUUUUUGUAAUGUAAAGGGUGUACAAGUUUCAGUCAUGGAAAUACAGUAACAGUAAAUCAAAUCCUGGACAAGGUCCAUCCCUACAUAUGUCCAGAGGGCACAGGGAUAAAAGGGGGCAGGAGUAUGAUUAGGACAUCAUCACCUCAAACCUAAAGUGAGUAAGGACAUAGAGUGGCAGCAUCACUGAAAAGGUUACUUACUCCACUAGGAUUUAUCUUCGAUGUCGCCAGCGAAAAUGUAACAGAAAUAAAAAAACAAACAUAAGAACCAGGAAGGGAUGAAAGACAGAGAUAAUUGGAUUUGUAAAAAUUCAGCAUUCCUAGUACUCACUAUACAGCUUAGUAGCAACUAUACGUUAGUUUCAUCUUACUGAGAACUAGCAAGUGGAAUCCAUGUUCUCUGAAACACCAUCUUGUGUCAUUGCCUUUUAUUUAUUAUGGCAAUACCUAAAGUACUUGAUUUGUGGAUUUGUCCACAGUUAUUUGCUCAGAGAGAAAAUGCUGAAAGCUUCUAAGCUGUUUCUGCCCUGGGCCUUACUGGGCAACAGUGAAACGAAAGGAAGUUGUGGGCUGGGAGAGAGACUUUUUUUUCAUGUAACAAAGUAUCUCUGCACUACAAAAGCCUGACCUUUCCCAGGACUUUGAUCCUGCUGGCAAAUAGAGAGAUGAUGAACUGGAGGUGAAAAAUGCAACAUUAAGGAAAGCUGAUGUUAUUUUUCACACUGAAGGCUCAUAGUUCUCCUUAUUCAUUUCACAAUUUAGAAGUUUACUGGAGAACCCCAUCCAUUGCAUUAAAGAUAUCCCCCCCACUUCUGGAGACCAUGUCAGCUGCAUUGUUAACAUUGCCUUAAUUUUCUCGACCUUAUGCCUGAAUUGAUUGUCCUGUCAUUUAGCAUUUUCAAGAAGGGUUGUCACUAAAUGAAUGGGUCAUUCACUGGUCCUUAAGGGUUUAAUAUAUCUUCAUAAAUGCUCACAUGGACAAAAGGUGAUUUACCUAGAUCUGAAACGAUGAAAAUUUCACAGUAGUACAAUUGAUCAAAUUCAUGAACUACCAUGAAUUGUAGUGGUAAAUUUUUAAUUAUUUAUUUUAUAGUUUUUUUUCGGAGCUCGUUGGCAAUUUUUGUGCAGGUAAACUGUUUAACUUGGAUGUUGAUAUUCAGACUUCAGUUUGCUACAGUAAGAAUUUUAGUGAAUACGCACAUCUCUUUAUCUUUGCACAAGUUCUAGUGAUCUAAUUGCUAAAUUGUAUCACCGAGUGUAAAAUAUUUUAUAAUUGCAACCUUAGAAUGUAAGCAUAUAGUCGCAUGUUCUUCUUUGCCUGACUAGUUUGUCAUGUAGCUUACCCAUAGUUCAGUCCUGCAGAGUAAAUAAUUGCUCCAUAAUUAUUACAUUAACCAGAUUUUCUGUAAUAUUUCCCUAUUUUGUUUGUAAUGUUAUUUAAAAAAAAAUCAGCAUAGUAAUGUACUGCCUGAGGUAAAAAACAAACAAUCUGUGCCUAGUGUUUACAUCCUGUUUAGUUGUAAUGAGUCUGUCUUGCACAUUUUAGUGCUUAAGACAAAGAAGUCUGCUUUUCAGCUGUUUUUAUCUAGUGUGGUCUUCAAGAACAAUCUGAAUUUGUGUGCAGGCCUCUUAUAUUCAUAAUUAUGGUGUGCAGCUCUGGCACCGUCAGGUGUGCUUGCAUAAUUUGCAAAGACCCACAACGAUGACAAAGCCGAUUGAGGAUCCAGUAGCCAUGGGGGGGGCAGGGUAAGGUAGGUUAUACUUACCUGAACCUGCCCUUAUGGGUGCUGCCAUGAUCCCAUACUGUGUUUUUCAUUUCCUGGUGCAUCAGCUUCCAGGAGCCAGCCCUGUACUCUCUCAGAUGCGCAAGAGUACAGUAUUGAGGUCUACGGAGGACUGUGAGAUCCUCAUCGAAAGAGGCUUUUUUUUUUUUUUUUUUUUUUUAUCUCCCAGUGACGGCUGGGCAUCUGGGUUAUAGACAAGCUUGACAAUAGGUAGUGCCUCUUUUUAGUCCUUAUUUUGUUUCAGUAUACCUUUUGAAUUUCAGUGAAAUUUCACCACAGUAAAGGUAUUUCAUAAGUAUUUUAUCUUUAUGAAAUACUCGUUUUGACAGAGCCACUUUAAAACUUUAAAAUUACAUUCUUAAACUUACAGAUGUCUGAUUACACAUUCUGAGGCUGUAAAUGGAUUACUGUGUUUCAAUACUGGCCGACUUGUAUUCUUUGAAUCUUCAUCCAUCUCAAUUAGUAUUAACAUUUUAAAAAUUGGCAAUUGAUAUUUGAAAUUGUUGUUAAUGGGUUUUGCAAGUAAUCAAAUAUUUACCAAUCUUGGUAGCCAGAUUCUCAAAUUGUGUGAACAAUGGUUUAAGAGUCACGAAAGGCCUUUUAUUUCUCAUACUGUGUCCCAGUUCCUGAAGACAGACUAUGUUACACUGAAGGUCAAAUGUAAGGAGUCAAGGGUCCUGACAUUGGUAAAGAAACAAUGAUCUGCAUUUUGUGGUCCUACUUAAUGAGUGAUGAGUAGAUUCCCAUAACCGUGUAAUUCUUGAAUUAGCUCCCUUUUGUCUGUUCUCCUUCUAAGAAAUAUGUCUGACCCCACACACCAAUAAACUGCUAAUACAAGAACCACCAUUCAUUUCUUUGCUUCAAUGAGACUUUCAGUGUUCUACAUCCUGUGAGAUCUCACUUGUGAGAAACAAAAUGUCAACCUCUGAUCUUCAUUCUCCACUUUCUCUAAAGUUAUUUCACACUCUCUUGUGCUGGAAGUUUUCUGUAGUAUCUGGUACAGUGUGCUGUUAAAGGUUUCCAUUCUGCUCAUGUUUGAAUAGUGUUACAUUUUACUGUGAAACCUUUGGAAAAUGCUUCAGGAUUGUUAUAUAUAAAGGAGUUUAAUCUGGAGUUAGUUGGGUAGUUAAUAGUUAAAUACAUGCAUCCAGUAACAGUUUGCAAACGCCGAUCCUCCCCUCCCCAGAGCUCAAAAGUCUUAACUCAAAGGAAAACUCCAAUGAGAAAAACUAGAUUAAUUAUGAAGUAUGUGGAAAGAGAACAAACACUUUGUUUUGAAGAUGUCUCUUGCCUUUUGUAUUUUCUUUGCCAAAGAGACUUUGUAAAUAAUCGUAUUGUAAGAGUCUGCUAUGUGUGUUAUACACUAGAGAUUGCACAUCAUGGGGUAAUGCAUUAAAAGACCGACAGAGGCUCAUAGGGGAAAACAGAUGUGUUAAUAAAUCAUAAACUGUUUCUACUUGGCUUUUGUACACCACAUCAGAGUCUGGAGACCGGGGCUUGCAGCUAUUUUGACAAAGGACAAGGAGCUAGUUGGAGUAAUUACUGCUCCUUAAACAUGGGAAACGUAUGUAGCUGACAGUAGGUCAUAGGACAGGUCAUUCUGUGUCAUGUCAACUGAAGGGCUGUGAGGAUUAUGUUUUAGCUGGAAUGACUGCAUGCAUUGAUUGUAGGUGUGGGCAUUGACUACGUUUUGCUCGAGGCUAUGUGUAGGAUGGAGAGAAAAAUAUUAGCGAAUUCACUGCUUAGGGUUAUGCAUGUAUGAUUUUGUGGACCGAUAAUACUAGGUAUAUUAUAAAGUAUAUUGUUACAUUUUUAAAUGCAAGUAGUGCUAACUGUUUUUUUGUUUUGUUUUUUUUAACCUGGUUCGUUGUUUUGCAGAACAUGUUUUAAGACCAGUCUGUGCUUUCUUUAAUUUUAUUCUACAAGUAAAUAUAUAAAGCAUCUACAUUAAAGAGGUAUUCUGAGCAACAUGACUAUUACAUCUCAGUGUUGUAGUUCUAGUGCCAAGAAUUCCUGGUUGCCAUUCCCUCCUCCUUUGUUAAACCGUUUGGGAUUGGUUUGACAAAAACUGGACUCUCUCCAUCACCCACACAUUUUUAGAGUUAAGUGAACUGGAUUACAACUAGUUUCUCAUCAUGGUUUUUCAAUUCCAAAAUUAUGUACGGUACGGAGCCUUAGUCUAGUAACCUGUUUUUGAAUUCUAGAAUUAACUUCUAUUAUAAGCCAAUUUAUUUUAUAUUCAAACAAUAACACAUUAUUAAAAGUAAACAAAGAAAAAACCUUUUUUAUAUUGUUGGAGAAGGCAGUGCUACCAGAGGAAUAAACAGCCAUUGCAAGGCUAUACAUACAUUUUAAUAUCUAUAUUUUAAGGCAGAUUUUUCUCAGUGAGUGCUCCAUAUCCCUUGGCUAAUUUUACUAUGUUUGUAUAAAAAAAAAUGUGAGGAUUGUGAAAUAUACGGUUUGUGGUUUGAAGGGAGAAGCUGCAUUUGCUGUUUUGUUUUUGUCACAUAACAGACUGUUUGUCUUAUGUAUUUUUUAAAUCUAGUUUUCCCUGGGAUAUUUUUCUGUUUUGAUUUGGUCCCUUUAAAUGAAAUGGCUUUAUCUUGUUCAUUUGCAUAUGACUUACUGUUCUCUUUCUUUAGAGUUUAUAUGUGUGUAUGCGUGCAUGUGCAAGAUAUAUAAUAAGCAGUAAAUUGUCCAUUCUGGUAUUGUUUCAUUUGUGAAUGGAAGGUAUUCAUGUACACUCUGCUGCUGUGUGUGCUCAGAGCAAUUAUUGAAACUGAAUAAAAGGACAGUAUGAUAAGAUGACUACACUUUAAAAAAACAAAAACAUGGGGUUAAAAAAUAAACGAACAAAAAAAACAUGGGGUUAAAAAACAAACAAACAAAACCAAACAACUGUAUAGUACUAUUUUGUUUUCUGUAAUGGUGAACCCUAACUACCCUCAAGAGCAUCAAAAUCGAGCACAGUAUUGCAGUGGCUAUAACCCCAGUGGAUUUGAAUUCAUGCAUAUUAGUGAUGAUAUAUAUAAUUCUUUUGUUACUUGAUAACAAAAAAAAGGAAUAUAAUGCUCGACACACCUACCGGCACUUCUUUCACCCAUCACCCGGCAAAAUAUAAGACAAGGCCAAAGCUUAAAAUAAAAUCCGAAGGUUCUUAUCUCUUUCCCACAGGAAAGCAAAUCUGUGUUGAAAACCGUAAAAUUAAGAAGAGAGCUAGGAUGGCAUAAUUUAGUGAGAAUUCAUGGUACUAGAUUUUUUUUUUUUUUUUUUUUUUUAGCUUUAUGACUGCAGGGAUAGGCCAGACGUUAAUAAGAUACAGUAUUGCAACUUCUUAAAGAUAUUCGUCUCCAGAAAGGAAGCUCUGAAAAUAUAAAACAAAACCAAUGAUUUAUUUUUUUUAUUUGAUUUAUUUAUCUAUUUAUUUUGUGCCUUUCGGUCAAUAUCACAAAAUGCCACUCAAUGUAUAUUACUUGUUUUAAUAUGUUGCAUAUAUUAAUGAGUAUAUGAGAGAAAAAGUACAUUAACUAAAUGUAUUAUUGGUCUGUAUUUGUGUUGUUUCAACUGAUGUGUGCUCUAUUCUGUGUGUGUGUGUAGGGGGUUCCUUUUUACUGCCUGCAUUUUUUUUUUUUCUUUCCUCAUUUCUAAUAUAUGAUUAAGUAAAUAACAGAGUGAUACCUCUAGUUAGAGGUGCCCCAGGGCCUUCAGAUACUUGGCAUGGCAAGGUUACAGAAUACUGCGAGAACACAGUGAUACAUUCUUUCCACAAAUGUUCAGGUCAUACACAAAGAUGGAUGUUGUGACACAAGUUUGCAAAUAAACGAGCAUAGCACCCUGGAUAUUAGGGGUUGGAAAAACAAUUGAUUGUCAUACCAAGUCUGACUUUCAAAAGGUGUCGCCAGGUAAUGACUAUAUAGGAAGAGCUGUCUGCUGACUUAAAUAUGGGGAAGCAAUCCAAAAGGCCAUUCAUACCAGAAUUUUAGAUCUUAUCUAUUGGUAUCUGUAAUUUUCAAUGCCUGUCCUCAGGGCAGCAGCUGUGAGUGCAAACAGUGUAUGAGGCUCUGCCUUCCAACUUUAUUGCCAUAUUACUGUGUCUAGCUGGUCUUUUUGUUUUAUUUAAAAAAAAAAAAAAAAAAAAAGAGCGUGAAUGGAAAUGUCCAGGCUGUUGUUCGUUCUUAGGAAUAGGCUAUGUUAACAAAAAUCCAUAUAUAGCCCAGUUUCAGAUUAUUCUCUGUUCUCUGUGACCUCAGGAUACAAUGCUGCUUCAGGGGGAAUUCCAUUGUUUGCACUUUUAAAAUGGUUUUAAUCAUGCAAAAGUAAAUCUGUCUCCUUUUGACAGCUCGCAGUGCUUAACAAGGUUUAACUAUAUGAAUAGAGAACCCACAGAAACAUAUUCUUAUUAUGUGUUCUCUAGUUUCUGUAUGAUUUGAUUUUUGCACGCCAGCUUUCAUGGAAUAUGUUCCUCAUGAUGCUCUCUGUUAGAGUGCCGAAGUGCAACUUUCUCGGGUGUAGGUCGCUAAUCUAACUUUAGAACUUAAUUGCUUUUGGGUUUCAUAUACAGCUAUAAAUGGGAACGAUCCGUUAUUAGACUGAUUUUUAAGUUCUCUUACAUAUUUUUUGCUUUUUGCUCAAUGGCUGACCUCCAAGGUUCAUACUGCGGAGUGAUUUUUAUCGCCAGCAUGCUUAAAUUAGAUAUCUUUUGGUUAUUAUUGUUAUUAUUCACAUUUCUAUAACGCCAACAUAUUCCACAGCGCCUUACAUUUAUAAAUUGUGAUAUCUGACAACAAUUAAUUAACAUACGGAAUAUAACGGACAAGAGGUGUAGAAGGCUCUGCUCUAACAAGCUUACAAUCUAUGAAUCUCAAAGUCGCCUCAGUAGACAUGUAUUUAGUAAGCCUAAACUAUAGUCUAUUCUCAUAGGUAUUGCCACCCCGUCAGAACUAGACAUAUUCUAUCUGACAAUGUAUACAUAUAUGUUGCAUAGCCUUAAUCCUAUUGGAUCUGAACUCAGCAGCAAACUGUUUAGGUGUGUGCAAACAUAUGAGCCUUCCGUUCCAUGUUGUGGCAUUUUAUUGUCUUCUACAAGAAAGCUGAUGACGCUUUAUUUAUUUACAUUGUUCUCAACUCAGCCUUGAAUUCUGCUAAGUGAAACGCUGUCUACCUAGUCUCUCUAUGUAGAUAGGAAUUCAGUCAUUCCAAGCAAACUGGAACAGGACUGGUCCUACGAUGAGGCAUGGCUCAUCAAAAAUGACAUGGCUUAUAAAUUACCUGUAUGGGCAGUUAUUUUUGUUAAUCUGAAACGUUCAUCAUUAGAUCUAGUCAUGUUCAGUAGUACAGAUAUGUAAUUUUCCUGGGCUUAUGUAGUUAUAGUAGUUUAAGUUGAAAUAUUGAGACUUGGAAUAAUGCAUGUUUUGUAAUUUAAAAAAAAAAUAUAUUUUUGUGUUCCAGUCAAACAAGGUCCCAGUAGUGCAACCGUCACAUGCUGUCCACCCGCUUACACCUCUCAUCACAUACAGCGACGAGCACUUUGCACCAGGAGCUCAUCCAUCACAUAUCCCUUCAGAUGUUGGUUCAAAACAAGGUAAAAAGAAUUGUAUUAUUAGGCUAAUAUAACAAUUAAUACAUUUGAACAGGAUCAACUUAAAAGACUAUGUUUGGGUAACUUUUAUGUAAAAGCUAUGAAACAUCCUUAGAUACAUCGCUUCCCGAAGUAUGCCAGGUGGGGCUACCACUAUUUGUCAUCUGUGCAUUUUAAGUUCGCUGACCAUGGUUGACUUCUGGCUGUAUUCUGAUUGGCUGAAAACACAGAGGAGCCAAUGAAAAAAACUAUUAGAUUUAAAAUACCCAAGUACAAUGAGUAAAAGGUAUAAUUUCUGUAAUGAGCACUAUGUUUUGUUGUUUUUGUAUAUGGACAGCUCUGGAUUCUAUUGAGAAUUUCUAAAACCAUGACCUGGCUAUUGCUUGUGUUUUUUCCUAACUCUAAUGGUGCUGUUUUUAAUUUUCUUUAUUCAUUGACCAAAACAAAAAGGACAACCUGUAUGACUGAUUAUUAGUUUGACACUUUUUAUUUAUUGCUAAUGCCAAUGUUUGAGUGAUCAACAUGCAGACUAGCUAUGGUUAUUGCAUUUUUACUAUGUGCCCAGCUCCUGUACAAAUCAUGCAAUUAAUAUUUAUUUGUUAUUAUUUUGAACAAUUACUCCAUAGAAAUAGCUCUAAUAAUACUGUGUAUAUUCCAUAUAUUCUACAUGCAUCAUAGCUGUUUUCUGUGUUGCAGACUAAGCUCAUGAAAAAAUCCCAACAAAAUAUGGGUUAAUCAUAAUAGUAAUAACCUUGCCCUUCCUAUUCUACAGAAUAACAUUGAAAGUUUCAGUCCAAAAUAGUAGUCCGUUUGGGAAAUUAGAUUAGUUUUUAUGGAGAGGUACUUGGUCUUUUUAUAGGGCUUUGCAUUCCCUGGGCUUUGGGGUGGUAUGUAAUUUCUAAGGGGAUUUUUUUAUUUUUUUAUUUUUUUUUUAUUAUUUUAACUCUGCAAAAAGUAUAACCAAUGCAGAGCAAGUUGACCUUGCAGCCCAAAGCCGUCAGUGUGAUGAAGAGCUUAGUAGAAGCUGAAAUGACAAUCGGGAGCCAAGUGAAUCAUAUCAAAUGCGAGCAUUAGAAGCCUAAAAACGGUUUGUAAUUAGCCACUGAUCCUCUGUGGUUGCAAAUGUAGAGAUUUUUUUUUUUUUUUUAUGUAUCACCUUCAGGGAAUGGGUUUUAAUGUACAAACCAAAUAUACAAUACCCAAUUCUGUUAUAUUUAAAGCUUGUUGUUCUUUCAAUUUUUUUGAAUACUUUCCCAAUAUAAUAUUUUGUUAAUUUUCCAACUUUUUGUAAUGUAACACCAAGGCAAGUAAAUAUAUAUAAAUUUUAAUUUAUUUGUAUUUAAAAACUCCUUUUGGGGAAGGGGACAUUUUACUUACAGUGAAAUAGGGGUUAAAUGGAGAUCAGAAACUGGCUAAGCACCUUAUAAAUGUAAAUUUCUUGGUUAUUGCAUUAUGCAUGCUGUUCGUGUAUAUUUUUCCUCAUCCGUCGAAAAAAUAGAACAGAACUGGAGGACAGUGACUAAUCCAUUGAGGGCUGAGAAGACCUUAAUGUCUUCAGGGGUAAAAUAGCAGAACUUGCCACUUUAUUUUGCACUGGAGCAUAAAAUCGUUGUUGUAAACCAGCAUAUAAAGCUUAAAAAUAUUAUUGGUCAGUAUAUCUUGCAUACACGUUCAGUCAUAUCUACUAUUUGGAACCUCAUGUAACCUUGUGCUUUAUCGGCAGGCAUUCAUCGGCGCCCCCAGGGUCCAGAUUUACCUACUUUCUACCCCCUAUCUCCAGGAGGUGUAGGACAGAUGGCACCAUCACUUGGAUGGUAAGUUUAAUUUACAUGACCUUUUCAUCUGCUGUUUAGUUAAAGCGAACAAUAAUGGCAUUAUUCAGUGGCAUUAUUCAUUACAAAGAAAUGUUUAAGCUUGCCUUCUGUGAGUGUUUUUAAGAUGUCCUUGCUCCAAAUUUAAGAAGUCUAUUGCCUAUAACUAAACAUCUUAAUGGUAUAGGGCAGGGAUCUCCUUGGAAACUUGACAAUUCUUCUAGAAUGUACAGUUUCUGUGCUUGGUUCUAUUAAAGGUUGCACAUUUAAAGAGACAUUCUAAAUAUCAAAACCACUUCAUAUUAAUUCAUAGUUUCUUCUUAGUCCCUGUGCCCAUUUUUCUGACAAUGUGAAACAUUGCUGUUUCACAGAAACUGCAUGGUUUACUCUAUGCCUAAACCAUGUCUCUACUGACUGGCGGACUAACAGCCAUUAGAGGCACUUCCUCCGGAAUACUUUUGAUUUUCAAUGUCUUCAUGUUUGGUCUCAUCACACACAACAUGAUGAUGCCGAAUGCCACUAAUGCUUCUCACAUAGAUUAUGUGCACUGAUGAUCUCAGGGGAUAGACUGGUGCGAGACGUUUGUCCUGGCAUGGUCAAUAUAAUGGCUUUUUAAUAUGUAUUUAGUUUCUUACUAAUAUUUGGCACUAGCUAGAAUCUAAAAUAGUGAAGGAAUACAUCUUUAAAAAUCUAUUUGUUUUAAAGUUAUAGCAUUCUUGUAGUGAUUAGCAGGUUAGGUCUUUCCAAUAUUGUUAGUAUUUUCCAUUGCUAUGGCUUGCUAAGGAUCUCCUUCACACCUUUUAGACUCAUAACCUUAUGUUGUGUGACUGAUGGCUUGUUUCAACAAGAACAAUCUGAGUAUUCUAGAAUUUGUCUUAAUCACGGCUUGAAAGAAGAGUGGAGUCUGGAGUGUCUCACUUCAGCAUGUUUUAAACAAAGAUUAUCAGUGGUGGGAUUGUUCCAGGGUGAGGAGAUAAAACAUUUGUUGGGGUCGAAGCUUGAUGAGAGGGGAAUAGUGACAACACAAAUGAUAUGGGAAGGCUAGUUGUUGAAUUGCUGUUUUGCGUAGAGUUUAUUAGAUGUGAGAAUUAUAUAUUUCACAUAUUUGCUCUCUGCCCCAUUACAUUUCUUACCACCGGGCGUAUUAUUGAUCAGAAUUCAUAUAGAAAAAGACUUCCUGUAUGUCCAUAAAAGGGCACGUUUCAUUUAGAUGUUUUUAAUUAUGCGUUAACCACAUUUUUUUUUCUAGUUGGUGAGAAGAAAAUGGCCCAUUUAUUAAUGUACUGUUAUUGAGUUAUUUCCUCCAAGGUUUGAAAGCAAUACUUCCCUUUUGCUUAAAAAUUCCAAACCAUGUGUUGUGUGUGUGUGUGUGGUUGAAGAAUGGUGAGUCUUGGUAUAAAAAAGAUCUUUGGGGGUAUUUAAUCUGUUCCCAAUUGUGUUCACAUAUUUCAAUAAUUUCAUUAGUUAUUAAAACAGGCUUUGACCAUAUAAAACAAAACAUUUUUAAUUGUUCAGUGCUUGCAUGAAUAUGAGGCAUUCAUGUUUUCUGCAAAGUAGAUUUCAGUGUGUUUUUUUUUCACAAAGUGCUACUUUAUAAAACCAGAGUAUAAGAGCAAAUGUAAAUUAGAACAUAACAGCAGGAUAUUCAGUGGGGAAAAGGACCUGGAGGAAGUCUUUCACUCCUCAUUUCACUGUAUCCCUCUGUUUGUUAAUAUAUUCUUUGGUUUCAAUCUACAUAUUUGUAACUGUUUUUUCCCCCCAAGAAUCCUACUAACAAACUAUCAUGGCAAAGGGGACUUUCUUUAUUAAUGGGUUACUAUUUAAUCAUUAAUAUUUUAAUAAGACACUGUUUCUAGUCAGAUUAAUCUCCUCUUGACUACUGCAAUCCCCUUCUCAGUGGUCUUACUUGUUCCCAGAUUGCAUUGCUGCAAUCUAUUAUGAAUGCGGCGGCAAGGCUAAUUUUCCUGUGCGCCUGCACCCCUUACGCCUCCACCCCUCUGUCAGUCCCUACAUUGGCUUCCAAUUAAAUAUAGGGCUCAAUUUAAGAUUCUGGUGCUUGCUUACAAGUUCCUAUAUAAUGCUGCUCCAACCUACCUAUCCUCCCUAAUACACGUGUCUGUUAGUCCACCCAUUGUACAGCGCUAUAUAAAUAAUUAAAUAAUAAUAUGGAGUUACUUCUUGUUGCAAACACAAGGAGUCAAACAAGCCAAAGAGUUUCUUUUUGAAGCUGUUGGCCAUCUACUCUUGGCUACAGGCAUGUGAAGUAUGUGGUCCGAUAAGGCCUUGCCUUCUUCACUUUACUUGUUCAUUCAAGCUUGUUUAAUAACCUGACUGGGGUAUGAAGACAGAGUACAGCUAAGACUAUAUGUACAGGUGGAAGGCCAAUACUUUGACAUAGUUAAAACAUUUAUCUUUUUUCCAGAAUCACCAAUUCUAACACUGGCAAUAUUGCUCCAAUUUAAGGAAUUCUCAAUUGUGUAUGCCUCCAUUUCACUCUUCAUCCUGAAUCUGCUGAUACAUUUAUGAAUAUCCAAGACUGCACGCAGGGUUGUUCUUUCUCCAGUAUGUAGACCACAAAGCCAUAAUCUUUCAUUUUGGCACCAAACCCACGUUACCAAAAUCCAACCUAUUAAGGGGACAACCAUGAGCAACUAAAAAAACAUAGAAGUUAUAACACGUUUUGGACAGUAUAUUUCUUCUGUGCUGCUCUCCUAGAUUAAUUGCUCACCCUGGAGGCGAUUAAGUUUGAAUUCGGGUACUCUUGCUAUAGCAAUCAUGACAAUCAUCAGAGGCGCUUCAGUUGCUCUGUGAUAGUGAUGUUAAAUAAAGAUUACUUGCCUCCUUUGCAGCGCCUAAACUCCUCCACCCAUGAACUUGCCCAGUGUGAUGCUGCUCAGAGAGAAGCAUCAGACGCAUUUGAUUGACAAAUAGACUUUUGCUUGGUUAUGGAGACGGAAGAAAUGGAAGGACCUCUAGACUCGUGCUUAACCCUUAAAUAUAAACAUUGUAAUUUUUACAAAACGGCAAUGCUUUACAUUAAAAGGUUAAAACUACAGGACCACUGGACUCAGAUCAUUUUAUUGAGAGCUACGGGAACCACAUUCUAAGGCAGAAACUUGAACUUUGUUCAAUAUGUGAUAAUGAAGAGAAGUGUUUUCUUUUUUGUUUAUUUAUUAAUUUUUUUAACACAUCUGGCAUCAAAAAAUAAUUUAGGAUGUUUUUGUUUGUAUGUUGUCUGAUGCAUUCUUGCACGCUUGGCGUGCAGGCCGCUUAUUGGCCUAUGCUUUUUGUUUUGUACAUUUACACGCUUGCAUUGGUUUUGAAUUCUGCCACGGAAGAGGCCAACAUAAAAAACUUUUAAAAACCAUGUUUUUGAUGCUUUUUAUUGUAUUUGGUUUUGUUUAUUAUUUCAAUGUGGUAUAGUGUUUUAAAGGGCUUGUCACAGUAGUUUUACAGUACUAUAUAUAAGAAGCACUUUAGUUUUUUGAAAGUAGUACAGUUUAAGAAUAACGGCAUGCUAGAUAGAAGGAUGGCCAUGAUUGUCAUAGAACAUGAAUACAUUACAUUACAUUUUAAAAUGUCAAAGAAAUGGAGCUCUUCUAUACAAGAUGCAACGCACCCACUCAUUCACUAUACAGAAAUAUCAACGCUCACAGAAUGUAGUAGUUUUUUGUUGAAUGUAUGUAUGUGUGUAUGUAUAUAAUGUGUAUAUAUAUAUAUAUCUAAACUACACAAAAAAUAAUGGGCGUUUAGUUGCAGUAUAUCAUUGCCACAAUGCAAAUGUACCCAAUAUUUUGUCAGGUCCUAUCCUAACAACCUAAUGCCUGAUAUACAUAUAGUGACACACAUUUUUCAUACAAUGUAUAUAGACAAAAUCUACAGAAAAUAAAAAUAAAAACUCAGAGUAGUACAGUCAAUAUACAUAAAUGCAACAAUUUUACAGGUUGCACUCACAAACAUAUAUUGAUAGUAGGCUUAUCUCAAUAGUAAAAGACGAUAUGAGGUCCUCAACACGAGAGUGUGGGCAUGUAGGAGAAAAAUAAGAAAAAACAAAAUAAGUGUAGAUUUUGUCUAUAUACAUUGUAUUGUGAGGACUGGAAGGAGUCCUAUUUUUCUACAGUUUAGAACCUUUUAGGUAUAUUAUUUUUUGACAUUUGUCUGUGUACUUGUUCCACAUAUUUUCUACAGGUGAUAAGUUUGUAUUGUUUGUACAUUUUUCAUACAGCCAGUUUUUCUACCAAAAAAACUAUUAUGCUCUAGUCCCCUUGAAGGUCUGUUUGUACUAAAGGUCAUAUGUUUUAUCUUUGCUAUAAAAUACUUUUUAACGAUAACUGAGCUUUUUCUAGGUUAAUCUUCCCUAAAAGCAUAAUUUCAAUCCUCCCCAGUAACGGGCAAUUCAUUAAGUGCACAGAGCGUCAGAAAUGUGCCAUACGUAUGUGUGACUUCUAUAGCCAUUUUAUAUGAAAUCUGCCAAUCAAUAAACUUGUUUGAACUUAAUUGAUUGAGCCAGGUCAGCCAGGAAUGAAUCAAUUAUUCUGUCUGAACUACUCUUUUUAAAUAUUUUAAUCCAGUUCAAAGUGUAGAGCAGAUCCACUCAAAAGGGAACAUAGUGCAAUUUAAUCAGCUCAAAGUGCCCAAUAACAACCAAUAAUACCUAAUAGCAAUGCUGACCACCCUAUGCACUGUAAAGUGAUUUUCAGAGGUACCCAUAAUCCGUGCUGCUGUGUACAGCGAAGGGUAGUUAUCAAUCUGCUGUAAAAUUCUGUCCAUACAUCUACAUUAAUUAUUUAAAAAUAUUUAUUAUAAAAUAUUUUACCAGGAAAGAUACAUUGAGAUUUCACUUGUUUUCAAGUAUGUCCUAUAAUGGCAGUAUUCUAAAAAAAAUUUUUUUGUUCUAGGAGUUUAUUGAUAAAAUGUCUGCCCAGUAUGUUUGUUCUAAUAAUUUGGUUUUGUGGCAUAUAUAUUUUAUUAGUUUCUUCGUUUUAUCAUUGAUUAUACUGCAGUGAUGCUCUUUCACAUUCAAGUCCUCUAUGAAUAUUCUAUAUCAGACUCUCUUUAUAUAGUCUAUUACUUUUUUAUAUAUAUAUAUAUAUUUUUUUUUUUUUAAAUAAUCUUGUUCAUAUUGAGUUCUGUGUUCCACAUUCUUUUUGCUACACAUGUACAGAGUAAAGUUUGCUGAAUGUGGUUUUGCCUUUGGGAGAAUUACACAUCUGUCAAUACUGACUGAUUCAGGAGGAGCCUUAGAAUUUGCACUGUUUUCGAAGAAUGAAUUUUAGGAAGAACAAGUGAAGGACAUCUUAAUACUGGGUGAUAACUCUAGUACACCAACCUGAAAAGGUGCCCACCUCCUCCCAAAACAAAAAAAACACUUAUUGGAGUACGAACUGCUGAUAAGUGUGUGUUAGAAAUAACAUGUACCUGUCACGAUUAUAUCUGCAGUUUCCAUUCUCCCCUUUAUUGGCGACUGGAGAAUCGGACGGUUUUGUACAGGUCAUGGCAUCUAAUGGGUUUAAGUGGGUAUAACUCAACAAACUUAAUUAGCCACCACUGAGUCUCAGAGUCCUUUUGUAUCACUUAUUUUUAAACCUAUGGGAUUCAGGAAGCAUGUUUCUAUAGCACUGGUUGGGUUUGGUUGACAGGUUUGUUAAAUACUGAGAUAAACAUAGAGAAGGGACGAAGUACAGCAUAGCAUUAAUAAAUACCAAGUGAUACUCAACAUAAUCUAUCUGCUCACACACACAGGAGGAACUGCUCAAAUGUUUACAUAUACACACUUUUAUAUAUAUAUAUAUAUAUUUUUUUUUUUUUAUGUAUGCUUAAACCCUUAAUGACUGCAUGAUGGUCCCGUUCAUGUAGCCAUCAUGCGUUAGGUCCCUGCUGGUACCAAGGAGCUCCAGGUAUUGUUGGACACCUGAGGAUUUCCUCUGUCAGCUGGGGCCACAAAAAGUUAGUGCUGCACUGGGUCCCAUAAAUCAUCACACUCAGUCAUCAUGGUUCUGAGUCUGCCCCAGUAUGAAAAGAACCUGGUGUGGUCUCUUUGCAUGCCCCUUUUCCCAGUGAUUGGUGCUAAGCUUUGCCAGCUGCCCAUCACUGAUCUCCAUUUCAGAAGCUGCAGCAUGAGAGGGCGAUCUCCCUCUCAUGCUGCAAUCACACAGUACAGAGUGCUCACAAAACGCUUUGUAUUGUUAGCUGGGAAAUCCCUCUGCUGAUGUCCGUACUGAUGUCAGCAAAGGGAAUCCCUCUUGGUGGGUGUGAGGCGUUUGAUUAUGUGUUGGAUUAUGGUAGGGCUAAUGGUUGGAUUAGGGAAAGAUUAGUGGAAAAGGUAUACAUGUGUGGUAUCAUUGUACUCGAGAAUAAUAGCAGAGUACAAAUAUAGUAGUAGGGCACAAAUUGUCUGUGAAUUUGCAAUAUAAAACACGUGUGAAAAACCAAAGAAAUCUUAAUUUGACAGAGGUUCAUGAUAAAAUGUUUACAUGAAGUAUCAAAAUGCUUUUAGUUAAAUAGUUCUAGCAAUUAUGCAAUGCUGCCAUUUUUACUUUUUUUUUAUUUUAUUUGUUUUUUUAUUAAGGUAUUCACAUCACAUGGUUCCUGGACCUCCGGGGCCUCACGCAACUGGAAUCCCUCAUCCUGCUAUUGUCAAUCCUCAGGUUAAACAAGAGCAUUCACACAGCGACAAUGAGCUAAUGCAUAUGUGAGUUUCCUAUUAAUGUAAUUACAUGGCUGCUUUGUAACAAAUGUUCUCCCGUUUAAAUGUAAGUUUCUAUGUGAAUAAAAUUGGUAAUGUGUUAGAAAGUGGUAGAUGAGCAAAUGGCAUGUCUUGAAAAGAAAGCGGUAAAAAUCAGACUCCACCUUUGUAGUUAAUUCCCUACCGCGCAGUUGCACGUCCUUCAAGUAGAAAUCCUGAACAUUCAUGACUGUUCAUGACUAAAAUCUUCUGGCACCAAUCAGUGUUUUCAUGAAUGGCUAUGGUGUAGAAGGGGUGAGUCCUCAAAUCUGGGUCAGUGUGACAGUAUGUAAUGAGAGGAGAACAGAAUGCAAACUAUAGUGUAGUCACUGUAGUAUGUUAGUAGUCGAGUAGUAGAAAAAUAAUGGAAUUGCACAUACAGUCCCCUAUAUUACAGGCUUUCACAAUGUGUUACACUCAAAAGGUCCAUCACUGUUUAAAUAACAAAGUGCAAUUUCAAAAAUAUUGGUCACAUGAGGACCUAGUCAUGUGACCGUUGGAUAAUUCGCAUAAAAACAACACAUAAUUAGUAAUGAGUCAAAUAAAGGCAAUGGUGCAGAGGAGAAGAUGGAAGAUGGCAGCGCCCAAUUUUUGCAAAUUUGACAAAAUCCGCAAACGGUGACAGUCACUUUAAAUGUCCCUGAACAGACUGAAUAGGGAAUGGGCAUGGUAUAUUCCAUGAGGGAAGGGAACAACUAUGACAAAAACAAGUAAGAAGAUAGAACCUAAUGGUUUUAACUGGUUAUUAUAAAAAAAGAAAAAAAACACUUUGUUCUUCUAGAUCUCUUAAAGGGAAACUCCAGUGCCAGUUAAACAAUCCGUUUUCCUGGCACUGCAGGUCCCCUCUCCCUCCCACCCCCCAAUCCCCGGUAGCUGAAGGGGUGAAAACCCCUUCAGUCACUUUUUAGAGGCAGCAAUGAUGUCCGGUGGGUGAGAUGUCCGAUUGUGUCGGCCGGUGGGUGAGACUGAUCCCGCCCACCGGCCGGGGAGACAAAAUGCGCAUGUGCGGCAAUGCCGCGCGUGCGCAUUAGCGCUCCCCAAAGGAAAGCACUGAAAAUGCAUUUCAAUGCUUUCCUAUGGGGAAAUGAGCGACGCUGGAGGUCCUCACACAGCGUGAGGACGUCCAACGACAAUGUGCUAGAAACCAGGAAGUGCCCUCUACUGGCUGUCUAGUAGACAGCCACUAGAGGUGGAGUUAACCCUGCAAGGUAAUUAUUGCAGUUUGUAAAAAACUGCAAUAAUUACACAUGCAGGGUUAAGAGUAGUGGGAGUUGGCACCCAGACCACUCCAAUGGGCAGAAGUGGUCUAGGUGUCUGGAGUGUCCCUUUAAGUUUAUGUUCUGGUGUAGUUUGUACAUGUUAAAAUGUAGUGUAGUGUGAAGUACACUCAGACAGUGACAUUUUAGGAACUAGGUGUUUGUGGUCUAAUGUCUCUUGCCAUCUAUAAAUGCCUCUUUCCAUAGGUAUGCAUGCAGCCAAAGAAAUAUUUGCAUGACUCUGCCAUUGGGUUCAUUCAAAAUUGCAAUGAAUAAAAAAUUACUUUAUGUUCCUUGAUUAAUUAAAAUUAAUUAUAAUGUAGCAGACAAACUUUUCACACCGUACUAAGGGUCGCUUCAUACAGUCACAGCCGUUUGAGUUUGAACAUCCUCUUGCUUUACUUGAAAUGUUGCCGCUUGUUUCAGUACAACUCUCUCUUCCUUUCAGGAAAUCUCAUCAUGAACAGAGAAAGGAGCAGGAGCCAAAAAGACCUCAUAUAAAGAAACCUCUGAACGCUUUCAUGCUUUAUAUGAAAGAAAUGAGAGCAAACGUAGUAGCUGAGUGUACACUUAAAGAAAGUGCCGCCAUCAAUCAGAUUCUUGGCAGACGGGUAAGUAGAAGGAUGUUACCAUUUGCUCAGAUCGCCCUUUCAUUGUAAUAGGUGAAUUUUUGUGAAUUUUAUAUGGACUGCACAAUGGUCGUUUCACUUUAUCUGAUGUGCUUGAAUUAUUUUUGUGAAAGUAUAAACUCUGUGUCAGAAUUUACACUUCACAAUGUGUAUGCAAAAUAAUUCUUAAACGUGUGACCUUUAACAAAUCGCUAGAGCAACAACAUGGCAAAGCUUUUGGUGAAGAGAUCCCCUACGCUCACUCUUAGCCCUGAAAGUGGCAAAAAAAUAACUUUUACAAAAUCAGUCCAGCUCUAAGCCAGCCCACCAGAGCUGUCAAUCAGCAGCCAGAAUUCUAUCAUUUGGGCCAUUCACAUGCACAACUAGAACUGAUUUCUCUCCCCUAUCCAAAAGGAGAUUGGAACCUUGGUCUUCUGCCCUGCCAAUUGCUACAUUAUCUUGUUCACAAAACUGACCUGGGCUGUAUUUAUAGUAAGAUUUUACUGAGUAGAUUUGCCGAUGUGGAAUACCGCUUAAACCAAUGGACCGAGAUUGCACUUUUGUUUUAGGUGGGAUUUUGUAAGAUCUAAGGAUGAUAGUUAAAGGGCCUAUUUGGGAGGUUUUGUAUUAUGCAUCCCCAGCAGAGGGGAUAUUUGGGGAGUUUUUGCUUAUGUAUGCACCAGUUGAUGGGUUUUGUAUUAUGCAUGCUGUAGUAGAGAAGAUAUUUGGGAAGGCCCUCAGCAGAGAGGAUACUUGGACCUUUGGAUAAUGCAUACACCAGUAGAGUGGAUACUGGAGUUUUGGGUUAUGCAUGUCCCAAGAGGGAUGCUUGUGAGGUCCAGAUUAUGCAUGCACCAAUAAAUGGAUUCUUUGGAGAUUUGGAUUAUGUGUGCAUCAACAUAGGGGAUACUUGGGAGGAGUGAAUUAAACACGCACCGAUAAUGUGAAUAACUGGGAGGUUUAAAUUAUGCACAUACAAAAGAUUGAAAAUACCUCCAUUUGCAGAGAGACCAUUCACAAAGAGAGUGGUCACAGUACAUCUUGAAGGCACAUAAAAUAAGGAUUUAGAAUAGCUGUCACCCAUACUGACAUCACAGUUCAUGGUAAUGGUGUCCACCAGAUGGAAUUAAGCUGUGUGCUGCCCAGAUGUGACUGGUUCACGGAAAGAUAGAAAUGCUUUACUCAGCAAUAUUCAUUUACAGUAAGAAUUGAGUCAGUGUUUUACCUCCUCUUUAUUUCCUGUGACUCACAGGUUUCCAGGAACAUUAUUAUCCUCCCUGUUUAUCUAUAUGUAUGUGUAUUCCUGGUUUGGGAGUUUUUUGUUUUGUGCCCUUUGCUUCACAGGUUACUAAAAAAUACAUAAAACUUGUGUACAUUUUGGGUGGUUCAAAUAUAGUCCAGGACUUUAUAACCAUUUAAUACAUUUUAUUUUUUCACUAAACAUAUGCCAAAGGUUUGUAAAUACACAGCUCAGUCCAGCAACCAGAUGCUACGUGGUAAUCAUUCCCAUGUGCAUUAAUCUUUCUAAAAUAUGAGUGGAUAAAGGGUUUGUGGUUUAAUAUUCAGAUGCAGGCAGCACUGGGCUUCCUUGUAGUUCUGAAUAUAAAAGUAAAACAUUUAAUGAGAAACCUGUCCUUGUAAAUUUCUGCCAAUGGUUUUUAUGUUUUCCAUAAAAUUUUCUAUUUGGUUGGUGGGUUUGAUGAAUCAAGUAAUGUAAUCUCAAUAUCUGUAUGUGCUGCUUCAUUAGUACAUUUCUUAAAGGGAUAUUAUACUCACCCAUAAUACUUCCAUUCAAUUAAGUGUUCAGGUCUAGUGAUCUUGUCCAUUUAACCCUGCAGUCCAAUGUUUACAUUGCAGGGUUAAGUCACCCUCUAGUGGCUGCCAGUAUGACUGCCAGUAUGGCAGUUACUAGAGGCGAUACUGUUGCACUAACCACGUAAAUCUUGGUCAUGUGACUCAAAGCCUCUUGAGGAAAUUAUUAUUCAAUGUGUUCCUUUAAAUCUAAUAUAAUUCUCUUACUCUGCCUUUGCCAUGUGUUAUAGAAGAUCCUAACUUUAAUAUGAAAGGAACACCAUAGCAUUAGGGAUACAAACCUGUAUUCCCAUCACUGUAGUUUUACCCUGGUUUCUCUCCUCUCCCUGUGAGGAUGUGAUAACAAGACAGCCUCUAGAGGGGUGUUUAACACUGCAAUGAAAACAUUUUGGUUUCUACAAAAUGGCAGUGUUUUACAUUGCAAGGAUGAAAUGGAAGAGGAACUUUUGACUUUUAUUAUUUAAUUAAUAAUGUGUGUCUUUCAAUGCAAAUACAUUUUCAUAAAAAACAAAACGCUGUAACGCUGUAAAGUUACCUAACUGAUAUUUAGUUCCCUAGUGUGAUUUUGUUAAUUUUUGAAGAUUACUUUAUUCCAAUUAGAAUACACAGAACAUUCAUUAACUUUACCCAAAACACAGAUGAGUCAUAGAAGUAAUUCUGGUGUAAAUAUUGCGAGGACAUAGGGUAAUCAUCAUAGAAUAAUUGCAUUAAUUUUUAUUUAUUUUUUAUUUAUUUUUAUUCUUUUGUUUGAUCACCUCUCUCUUGUGAGAUAAGCAAUAAUUUGCCAGAAAAAUACAAAUAAUAACAAUACUGGAUGCAGGCAUAAAAUAACAGGCUCUCUAUUAUUGGUGUCUUGUACAUUGAGGUGAGUGUUUUUAGGGUUAUGGGGAAGCCUGGGCCGGCUCGUCGUGUACAUUAUGUUGAGUGGCCUCGGUAUGGGGCAACAGUAGGUUACUUUAAUUGUACCGUUCUGUAUUAUGGAUUUUGACUCUGGUUCUUCUAGGUCUGGUGGUUAUACGUGUAGAGGCCAUCGAGAACAAGAUUAAAACUAAAGAGAAACCAAAACGGUUAGAGUUGUGUUGGCAUGUAAUCUGCGCGUGGACUAGGCUAUCCAGGAUAUAAACUUGUAGAUUUUGUUCACCUCUUGGGACUUCGUAUAUUCGACUGGGCACAAUUCGUUUUACACCCUUGGGUAUAGCUUGGGUAGAACUGGGUGAUAGGCCUUAAUGACCCUCGACGGGGGCGAAAGGACUUCAUGUAAGUCGGUGUCUUGAAGCAUGUAAAACAUGUACAGAGAUAACAAACAAAGCUAACAACUUUAACUUAAAACGUUGUGGCUGCUGUCUACGUGUCCGAUGGGAAAAGGGGGUGACUUUCGCCAUGUCCCAAGUAUGUAUGUGGUGGUGCUGGAAUGCCGCGUGGGCCAGGCAUGACCAUAGAGUCCUGCGGGAGACCCAGGGUCUCAGUCCGAUCAUGAACUGCGUGGGUAACAUUCUCGGGUAUCGCCAUUUGUAUCAGAGGUCUUUGUUUCUGAGUAAUGCCGAGAAGGGUUGCAGGGAUUUUCUCCAUUUUAGUGUUUCUACUGAGAGGUCGGUGUAAAAUGUAAGUGACAUGUUUUCGAACUCGUAUGGCGAGGUCCCCUUCAGUGCCGCCAGUACUGCCCCCUUAUCCCUGUUACAGGUAAAUCGUACCACUUGGUCCCUAGUGGCGGACUCCAGUGCUCUCUAGGGUUUUGGAACUCGGAAGAUCCCAUCGAUAUUGAUACUUUUUCCCUGUUUGGGAGUCAGCAAGGCCCCUAUCAGCCUCCCCACCAGGUGUGGGAGCUCUACCGCUGGUAAUUCGUCGGGUACACCUCAUACCUUGAUAUUGUUGCAGCGCCGUGUGUCUUCCAGGAGGGCAAUCCAAGGCUCGAAGGUGAGUUGUUGUUUUUUAAGGCAUUGCUCUUCAUUUUCUAGAGAGGCAAGCUGUUGGGAUUGCUGUGUGGAUGCUGUUUCCACGGUCCCUAUGCGACCCACAAGGUCUGAGAGGUCAGAGCAGAGUGAGGCCAUGUCCGCCUGAAUGGUUUUUUGAAGGCUGGCGAGCAGUUCUUUUAGUGUGACUGUGGUCACAGGCUGGGAGUCAGCACAUAUAUAUAUUAAUUUGUUCUCCUACCCCCACAGACCCCACACCACACAAUAGCUCCCUAAUACACACACACAAUUACCCCCAUACACACACAAUUACUCCCCCAUACACACACACACUGCCACCCAUGCACACAAUUACCCCCCAUACACACACACAUUGCCCCCGUACACACUGUAUCCCUCAUGCACAAACUGCCCCACAUGCACACACUGCACCCCUCAUACCCCCCCCACACACACACACUGCCACCCAUGCACACAAUUACCCCCAUACACACACACAUUGCCCCCGUACACACUGCAUCCCUCACAUGCACACUGCACCCUGUACACACACCCACUGCAUCCCUCACAUGCACACUGUACACACACACACACUGCAACCCUCACAUACACACACAUAUUGCACACCUCAUACACACACACUACAGCCCCUCUCCUGGCUGACCCCAGGUAAGUUGUCAAACUGUUUUUAAACAUUUUGACUACUUACCCUGGGAGGGCACUACGGCAUUCCUAGCACCAUACCUACUACAACGUAACGUAGUGGUUAUUGUGCCUGGAUAGUUUCUUUAAGUAAUCUAUCAGUGCCACUCCCAAGAUUAGGGGCCCAUUAUAUGCCAUAGCACUGUAGAUAUAUACAACCUAGAAAAUUGUUUUGACUUGGAGUGCCUUGGAAAAAUAUUGAAAUAUUAAGGGUGUCUUGAACCUAAAAAGCUUGGGAACCACUGGGAUAGACACUGUCAGAGCUACAUCCAGCAACUAUAAAUAAUUAAAUCUUAUUGAAAACCACUUUGUUAAAAACAAUAACAAUACAGCAUGUAGACUCAUGUUUAUCCACUGGUUACAAUUAUAAAGUCUGUCAAGAUCUCGUAAAUCUUUUAACGUUGUACACCUCCUUCUACCACUUGUACCACAUCCCACUUUUUCCAACAAUACUAUUACUCUGCUUAUUGUCCCCAACUACAAAUAGAAAGGCAUAGCCUGUAAUUGUGGGAGGGGUUACCCGGCUAUAAAAACAUGGGCCACCCCUCUCACUGGACUGUUAACGCCGGGUUCAGCCCACCCACCACUCCACUUUUACAAACCAUUCAUUUGGUGAGCCCUCUUUAUUUACAGGCCUACUCGAACGUCGGUCCCGGCACACCUCAACCAACUUGUACCACAUCCUACUUAUUUCAACAAUACUGUUACUCUGCUUAUUAUAUAUAUAUUUAUAGACACACACACUUUAAGCAUCCAUAAGUGUCAUACUAUUCAAAUCAUAACUUUUUCCCUCACCAGCACACUGGCAACAAAGUCAGUGUGCCAAUAUCACUGAGAUGGUGUGCCUUUCUUAGUGAUGCGUCCCCAAGCAGGGCAAAUCAAAGAAGAGGGCAAAGCAGAGUAUUGCCCGAAGGUGGGCAGGAAAGCAGGAGAGGUGAGUAAAUCUCUAUAUUUUACGUUGAAUGCAUCUUGCAUCUUUGUGAUAUAUGGUGUAUUCUAUGUACAUAGAAGCGAUUUCAGAUCCUCUUGAUAAUAUCUGAUACAUCUUUAGUAAUUAUUAAAAUCUUCUGUAAAGGCAAAUUCAGUUGCAUGAAAUUAAAAAUUUUUAUCUACACAUUUUGAUCAGAUCUGUUGCGCCGAUCACAAAAUUCUUUAUUACAACUUAAAAGAAAAUGUAUAUUUUAUAAACUGCUUGCUCCAAGGCAUAAAAAGUAACAAAAAAAAACGUAAGACCAAUAACCAAAUUAGUUAAAAUAAAAUAAAAUUUGUGUAAAAAAAUCGAGUGGUUAAGUAAAAAUCUAGCACAUUUGCCUUAUUAUUAAUAUUAUCAGUUAUAGCAUUACCAAACUGGCUUUUUCAAGGAAGAUUUCUGCGUUUGAUAGAGAAACUCCAUAGUAGUCCCAGUCGUUAUAUUUUACAGCAGUUUCCUGGCACAGUGUGUGGCACCGUAUCGUGGUAGUAAAGGUGAUUUAACUGUUCAGGAUCUCUUUGGUCCUGAAGGGUCUAUACCCCACAACAUGCAGUUGGUUUCUGAGAAAUCUCUUCCUGUUUUGAUGUUUUCAUUCCACGAGCUGGAACAUCAUUGAUAUCAGUGCAGUAUACAUUUUAACCUAUUUCUGUACUUUAAUGGUCUAGAAAACAUGCACUAAUUACUUAAAACCACUUGACAGGUUAGAGCCCUACUGUGGGUUAUGCUGUCCUUACAAAAGAUCAAUAUGAUCAAAUAUAUCCACCCCAGCUCUGCUACGAUAGUUACGGUCUAUUUUAACAUGGUUAAAAGUAGGUAAAGAGCCGCUAGCACUAAUUAGGAGUGUCUUGCAAACCUCUUGGAGAUAAAUCAUUAAUGAUCAUGAGUUUCUGUAUAUAGCACAAUUUAGAUCCCCACUGCAUAUUAGGAACCAUAAUUAAACACAUACAAUAUUCAAUUUCAUUAACCUUGUUUUGUUGUUCGGCUUGAAUGUUAACCUGUUUUUCUUUUAUUUAUUUAUUUUACUUUUGGAUUACUAUAUUUUAUCAUUUAACAGAUACAUGUUCCUUAGGAUAAGCAUUUACAUCUACCCUUUGCAAAUGUCUAAUCUCCAUGCCUAAGGCUAUCAAACCUUCCUCUCUUAAGACCUGUACAUCCACCAUAGCAUUUUCCAUGGCAACAUAACGCCUAUUCACUUCCUAGGCACAUAUGUCACACUGACUGAUGGAAAUCCCACCGUAAAAAUGGAUUACGGUGACUCCAUUUGAAGGAUUUGUGAUUGACUAUAUGGCAAAUAACAGUAUGUUAAUUCAGAAGCAGGUAUCCAGCACUGUAUGUUUAGCAGAAACCUGCUAGUUAAUCAUUGCAGCCUGGGAUAAUCAGACUAUUAAAUUUUCCUGUAUUCACUUUAUCUUCUCAUUUUUAUUCCACGUUUAAGUAUGUAAUGGGUGCUUUGAUAACUUCAGAUUUCAUGGUUUAGGGGAGAGAUUAGCUACUGGUCUCUGCAUAGAACUUUGUGUGCUGGAUGUUUUUAUUUUAAUAUGACAUAUAUAAAGGAAAAAAAAUGGUUUUCAAGCUGAUUUUUUUUUUUUUUUUUUGGAGGGGGGAGGGGAGGGGCUCGCUUUAAUUUCUCCCUGGAACGAUAGAAAUAAAUGUAACUGAGAAGCAUUAAAGAAAAAUGGGAGAAAAAAAACAGUCAAUACCACUGUAAAAUUCAAGAGAAAAUGUUUUCUAGAAAGCAGAGCAAUUUAGCUGCUAAAACAGAAAAAGAGAAGAAUUGACUAGAUAACUUCAAAUUUUAGGCUAAAAUCAAUUAGAAGAGCGAUUUAUGGGGAGAAGUGUUCACAUCCUGCUGUUUUUGCUGAAAAUUUGCAACCCACUGCUCAAAUAUUCAUGUUGGUGAAUGACCCCCAUUGUGCUUGAAGGGGAGGAAUGUAGCUAGAUAGUAAUAAGAUGUAUAUGCAACACAGCUACAUUAAGGUGCAAAGACAAACAUUUGUAAACAUGUUUUAAUCAUUGCACCUGCAAAAUAAAACAUGUUGCUCAUUCAAUUUUCUCAAUAAGCUUUCCAUUAUUGAAAAUAGGAAACUUCUUUUGUGUGUAAAAUAUAAGCUUGCAGGCAGAGGUCACAAAACCAAUCAACUAAUCCUGGUAAAACAUUUAGUUACACCGUUUGCUAAUUGCAUUUAGCACUGCAGAUUUUAUUUGAUGUUUUAUAAUAUGUAAUAAAACCAAGAAAAUGUGUGUUCUAUUAUAUUGAUAAAUGGUAUCUAUGGCAAUUCUAUAUAAAAGCAAUAAUGGCUAAACUUCACAUCUCAGAAUAUUGUGAAUGGUAUUUUUCACAAUCAUUUUGGAAAAAGUUCAGAAACAUCUAUGUUUAAAACGUUAGCCAUUCAGACUACAAAGUAUAUAUGUAUCAAAGGGACACCGGUUAUUUUCAAGCUGUCUGCUUGCUAUCUUUGCUGGUGUAGGGAAUUGUAUUGGUUUUUGCAAUGUAUUGUUAAUUUUGCCUUAAAACUGUAGUAGACCUUUUAUUACAUUGUAUUUUUAAUUUUCUCCCCAUAGUGGCAUGCUUUAUCCCGUGAGGAACAGGCCAAAUAUUAUGAAUUAGCCCGCAAAGAAAGGCAGCUACACAUGCAGCUUUAUCCAGGAUGGUCUGCAAGAGACAACUACGUAAGUAUCACUCCAGCACUUGUAGGUGCCACAUCAUUUAUAUUAUAUUAUAAUAUUACAGCAGGUCCUGGGAGAAACAUUUGUGCAUUUUUUCCCAUGUAUAUCUGCCAACAGUGGUGGUAUCCUGCCGAAUUGAAUCAUGCUACACAUACAAAUCUAAGGAUUCAAAUGCAAUAAUCGUUUUAAUACUAUAAUUCAUGUAGCAAAGUAUGGAAAGGUAGUAAUGUAAAGGAAAUCAUACACUGCAUAUUUAAAGAGACACUAUAGUCACCAAGUCAACUUUAGCUUAAAGGGACACUAUAAGCACCCAUACCACUUCAGCCCAUUGCCAUGGUCUGGGUGCCAACUCCCAUCCCCCUUAACCCUGAACAUCUAAUUAUUGCAGUUUUUGUAAAUUGCAAUAAUUACCUUGCAGGGUUAAGUCCUCCUCUAGUGGCUGUCUACAAGACAGCCACUAGAGGACUUCCGGGUUCUUAGACGACUUUUGGUCAUCUAAAUGACGCUGGACGUCCUCACGCUCUGCAUGAGGUCUUCCAGCGUCACCGGAAUCCCCUUAGGAAAGCAAUGAAUAAUGCUUUCCUAUGGGAAGAUCCUAAUGUGAGCGCGGCCAUUGGGCCUUUGAAUUAGGCGUUGGGGGAGCUGAGCCAGCGCUGAGGGACAUCGCGCGCUGGACCCAGGUAAGUGACAGAAGGGGAAGCUAUAGUACCAGGAAAACAUGUUAGUUUGCUAUGUGAGGACCUCCAGUGUCGCUAAAAUCCCCAUAGGAAAGCAUUGAAAGCAUUUUCAAUGCUUUCCUAUGGGGAGGUCUAAUGUGCAUUAGGUCUCCCCCGCCAGCGGCCGCACAUACACAGUCGGUCUCCCCCGCCGGCUGACGUCGGGGGAGGAGCGUGGGCGGACCAUAAACCACAGCCGAGGGACAUCAGCGGUGGUCUCAGGUAAGUCACUGAAGGGGUUUUCACCCCUUCAGCAACAUGGGGUGGGAAGGAGAGGGGACCUACAGUGCCAGGAAAAUGGAUUGUUUUCCUGGCACUGGAAUGUCCCUUUAAUUCCUAGAUAGCAGAGAAUUGAGCAUUAAACUAAAGUUGUUUUGGUGACAAUAGUAUCCCAUUAAGAUAUCCACACCACCACCCAGAUUUCCUUUCCCUAUAAUGCUUCAUUUGGAAUGUGUUUGUUUAUAAUAAUAAUACUCUUUAUGGAAUUGUUAUUAACAAAUGUUCAAAACAUCAUCAAAAGCAGCUGUAAGAUGAAGACAGGUUUGUUGGUUCAGUUACAGUAUAUGUUACAGUAUAUAUUUAAGCUAGUCUUUUCUAUCUGAGUGCCAAACACUUUUUAAUGAAAGCUGAAAAAAAAUCUAUUUUUAGACUCUGGCUUUGGUCCGUUAUUUACCCAAUUAAGAGUUCUUGCAAUCCUUUGUCUCCACUUUGAUUAUGCUUAUCUAAGUUAGACAUUUUAUCUACUAUCUGUCAAGCUACAUCCUAAGGAAGCAUGUACAAUAGCAGAAAACCAUGUCUAAUGGGAUACAGAUGUGCCUACAAAAACCCGCAUGACAGUGUUCUGAAUGUCUCUUAUGUUGGAUUGACUUUUGAACACCUUAUGUUUAAAUGUUCGAGAACUAUGACGUUUUCUUUAACGGUUUCAGAGUCAGUAACUAGUAUUGCAACUUGAAUGGUUACUGCAGACAUUUUUCUGUAGAUAUUGUGACUAACAUUUUGCUGUUUAGUUUAAAUGAUAUAAUUCUCCCCCUCAAAAAUAAGAAUUUACAAGAUUUUUUUUAAUGUAUUUAUUUUUAGAGUACUAAAAUUGCUAGACAUGGUUGAAAUUCCUUUUCACCAAUACAUACACUUACAGUGAAUGCCUAAAAGCAGUUACGUGGUUAACCCUUUCUCCAUUAUAGGGAAAACUCCCCAUUCUAGGUUAUUAUUCAGAAAAUAUUUUUCAUAUAAUUUUUUGAUAUGCCCAGUCUGUCAUGUGUGCUAGCUCACUGUGUCCUUGGAUCACAUUUGUGUUGAUUCUCUUCCAAGGGGAUUUAAAGAUGGGCGCCCACAUAGAGCAACAGUAGGCCUGGAUAUGCACUAAAUCACAGAGACUGUAAUACAUGAAGUCUUAUAAUAAGACUUCAUGUGACAAUUUUCCUCUAAGUGCUGGUUCUUUAGGACAUAUUGGCAUUAAUUGGAAGCAUAGAAUCAGUAAUGGCUGAUCAUGGUCCAUGUUCCCUCCCAAGGGAGUACAACCUGUAAAGGGACACUAUAGUCACCUGAACAACUUUAGCUUAAUGAAGCAGUUUUGGUGUAUAGAACAUGCCCCUGCAGCCUCACUGCUCAAUCGUCUGCCAUUUAGGAGUUAAAUCCCUUUGGUUAUGAACCCUAGUCACACCUCCCUGCAUGUGACUUGCACAGCCUUCCAUAAACACUUCCUGUAAAGAGAGCCCUAUUUAGGCUUUCUUUAUUGCAAGUUCUGUUUAAUUAAGAUUUUCUUAUCCCCUGCUAUGUUAAUAGCUUGCUAGACCCUGCAAGAGCCUCCUGUAUGUGAUUCAAGUUCAAUUUAGAGAUUGAGAUACAAUUAUUUAAGGUAAAUUACAUCUGUUUGAAAGUGAAACCAGUUUUUUUUUUUUCAUGCAGGCUCUGUCAAUCAUAGCCAGGGGAGGUGUGGCUAGGGCUGCAUAAACAGAAACAACGUGAUUUAACUCCUAAAUGGCAGUGAAAUUGCAGGGGAAUGAUCUAUACACUAAAACGGCUUUAUUUAGCUAAAGUAAUUUAGGUGACUAUAGUGUUCCUUUAGUUUGAGCAGUAUGGUAAUGAAACACACUACAUUUACUUGUAAAUGUCAUUCACCUGUUGUUCAGCAUUGUGAGUUAUGUUGCCAUUUUAUAUUUAUUUUAUAUGCAAUUUCAGGGUAAAAAAAAGAAGAGAAAGCGAGAAAAGCUCCAGGAAUCCACUUCAGGUUAGUUUGCCAGAUUGCCAUAAUAUUCCAAAUAAUACUAAAAUGAAUGUUGUCAUAAGAGUAAACUCAAUGUAUUAUUUUUCCGCGUGGUUAUUCUCUCACCAUAUCUUACUACGUAGUGAAUAAAAUUCCAAGUAAUAUCAGUAUGUUGGACGUUUGCCGAGUUAGUUGACAGUUAACAGCUUUGGUUAUAUUUCUUCCACGGCAACAUGUGUUCCACGUUCAUAAAUAAUCAUCGAAUACUGUUACUAUUGAAAGCUGAAUGGUAUUCCUCCCAACAUUGGGAAAUAUGAAGGGGGAGGUUGGUUAGAACAGUAGGGGAUGUAGCUGGGAUACUUUGUAAAUGAUGGUGUGUGGACAGUCCAUCCAAAAGCCAGGUCACCCAGAUUGGGAUGUGUAAGCAAGACCAGCACACUCGAUAUUGACGAUAUUGCUGCUUUUGAUAAUCAAUCUUCCUGCUCUGUUGAUCAGCUCCAAAACUUCAUAUAGCCAUUAUAACUUCCUAAUGGCUGGCUGCACAUCACGUGAACCAUAGUUCUUAAACCUUUUCAGGGACAAGGUCAACCACCGCAGCUCCAUAUACCUUAUUCAAGAAUAUACGGUAUAUUAUGGCAACUGCAAGGAUUCUCUCAUUGAGACUUCUUAAUUAUGCUUCCUCCAGCCACUGCAUGGUUCCUAGAAGUUGGCAUCAAAGAAAAAGAAAACCCAAACCUCCCCACCGCAUAAAGCAAAUGUCCGGCUAUAUUAAAUCAGUUGCUAGUUUAUUACCUACAAUAGUCUUCAUUUUCUAAAUGGCCAGGUUUGUAGGAUACUGCAGUGACUUCACUUUGACUUGAAAAUGUCUGUAAGCUCACGUUUGUUUCCCACUCUUCUGACUUUUUCAUCCUGUAAUCUGCCCUUUUGGUUUGUAUUUACUUUUAGAGUAUCUUGGUGACACUAAUUUAAUGUCACACGUGAUUUUUCAUGAUUUGGAGUUUCCUAGUUCCCCUUGAAGUAACAUUUGGUGGACCUUUUAAUCACCACUAUAGCCUGCUAGACUAACUAUUAGCUUCCAGAUACACUUGUGAUCUUGAUUACAGAAUAUAUUGUCAUUUGUAUUGUUCUUUAUUUAAAUUUGACCUCUAUUGCCCUCCAGGAUCUAGGUCUGACCAUUUGGUUUGCGUGUCAUGUUUAUUGGCUGUUAAUUUCUCUGACCAACUGUUUAAAGAUCCCAAACAUUAUGUAAUAUUAGCAGUUGGGUUGAAAGUCACAUUUGUUUCCAUGGAAUGAAAAGCAUUGCAACAGCAAAUAGCAGAAAUUAGCACUCCAUGGAGAUCAGAAUGUCUAACCCAUUAACUUUGCAAGGAAGCGUGUUCACUCAGACACAUGAAGCCAAGCCUUCUCUAGUUCAGUUUGAUUCUCUUUAAUUCUACUCCAAUCUUGUACAUCACGCUCUCUCCAGUAAUGGGCACAAAGGUAGCAACAUUUUGUUAUUUUGUUGGAUUCCAUUUGAUUAUCUCAAAGCAUGUGGUUUUUCAAAGUCCAUAACGUUAUACAUAAGGAACAACCAUUCAGAUCAACUUAAAUAUUUAAUUUAUAUUUUCAAAGAUUGCUCUCUUAGAAUUGUGUUGUCCAUUGGCGUGUCAUUCUGUACCAAUUUUUACACUAAGUAAUGAUUGCCAUGAGCCUUGAACGUAAAAAAUAUUGUACAGGUGGACAAUUCCAAAACACGUUGGACAUACAACUGAUAAGUUCCUAUAUAGAAUAUUUGCGAUGAACGUAAUGUCUUUUCCCUUAACUUAAACAUUGGCACCGUCCGUGUUUUAACUCUUAAAAGUGUAAAAUAAAAUAAUUUAAAAAAAUUAGAUUGUAACGUGGCAUGGAUCUCUGUUUAUUUAGCUUUUCCAUGGAUUUUUAAUUCAAAUUCUUUCUUUGCCCUUUGAGCAUUAGAGAGGCAGCGCUUUGAUUCAUUUCUCAAGCAGGGAAUAGUCAUAAAAAAGCAUAACCACCUGGGAGUUAUUGACUAACAGACUAGUUAUUGACCUGAAGUUAUGACUCAAAGCGAGUCUUUGAGGACUAAGUGACACUUCAUUCAAUAUUUAUACUUGCACUUCGAGAUGAAAUGCAGGCCAAAUCUGAAUGCUGCAUGCUUAAAUCUGUGCCUAGCUAUAAGCUAAAUGCAAUAAAAAAUGUGCUGCAUCUCUUUUGGAGCUGUUAGUGCUGGUAGUUUGAGGCUCACUUUAUGGCCAAAAUACAUUGCUGAUUAUUGAUAGGGGCAUAAAAAUUACUUUAAUUUUAAGGAUGUGGGUGUGUCCAGGGGUGGGACUGUUCUGUGAAAUUUUAGGUGACUUACUAAUAACAAUUUAACCAUUAUGUAAUUCAGAACAAGAGCAAUGUACCUUAUAUACAUAGACUGAUUUAUAAACACAUUUAUUGGAGUUUAAAGACACAUUGCUGUGAAUAUCAUUGCUGUGGAGCUCUGUUAUACAGUCACACACCAACAAAGUGAAGCUCGUAGAAAAGAGGGAUAUUUGGAGAGAAAUCUGGACACUAGGCAGAUAAAUUAGAAUGCUCAGAGAGAUCAUUAUUUUUACCUGGCGCCCAAUUUUAUAUGGGUUUCCUUGAUUAAACCUUAAGACAUGUUGCUGGCAUAUUAGUGAGUAGUGAUGUAUGGACCAAGGAAACCAACACAAAUAUAUCAUAUACAGUAUUUGAGGGUCCUCCUUUUACAGUUUUUAUCAGUUUACACAAACUAGAGUAUGUGACCUGUGGAACCCAUGUUUUGUUUUGUUGUUUUGUUUGUUUUUUCUCUAUGCCUUUUUGUAUCUUUAUUCCACACACCUGGCCACUUGCCUUUAUUGAUAUUUGUUAUAUUUUCUUUUUUUUUGUGUGCUGGAUCUCGGUAUCUGUGAGCAGUCCUUUUAUUUUCCUCUGUCCAUAUUGUAUGCAUUUUGCUCUUCUAUGGAACUUGUUUCACUGAUGGUUUGUGGGUAAAUUUCAUUGGCCUCAACAUAACCUUGUUUAAAGGACCACUAUAGGCACUAUAUGGCCUGCCACUUCAGCUCAAUGAAGUGGUCAGGGGGCCAGGUUCCCCAAGUUGUAACCCUGCAGCUGAAAACCUAGCAGUUUUAGAAAAACUGCUAUGUUUAGCGGAGGGUUAAUCCAGCCUCUAGUGGCUGUCUCACUGACCGCCGUUAGAGGCACUUCCGCGAUUCUCACAAUGAAAAUAACAGUGAGAAGACGCUGGACGUCUGUAGGAAAGCAUUGAGUAAUGCUUUCCUAUGGGCGGUUUGAAUGCGCGGUCUUGCUGCGCAUGCGCAGUCUGAGCUGACGUCGGCAGAGGGAGGAGAGUACCCGAGCAGGGAGACCAGCGCUGGAGAAAGGUAAGUGGAUGAAGGGGUUUUAACCCCUUCAGCCCAGCAGAAGGGGGGCCCUGAAGGUGGGGGGGACCUAAUGACCCAAUAGUGCCAGGAAAAAGAGUUUGUUUUCCUGGCACUAUAGUGGUCCUUUAAGCUCAGCCCAUUGCCAAGUUUUUCAGCGUGACUGAAAUACACGAGAAAAGUAGUCCUUUCUUUUUAUUAGUUAUUUUAUGAAAAUUAGAGUGUAUAUAAAAUAUAAUAUAUACAUACAUAUAUAUUAUACCAACUGCUGAAAAAAAAAAAAGAUAAAUUGACCUAACUCUAUUGGGAGGGGUGUAUACAUGUCAGACUUAAUAUGAAGACACUGCGUGUUGGGUUUAUUUUCAUAUUAAUCUAAUAGCUGGUAUAACAACCAUUAUGCACACUCUGAUUGUGAAAGCCGAAAUACAAUGUAAAACAUUUCAUCUACAAUUUUGUUAAAAGACCCAAAUUUUGCAGGUGCAGGCCCGCCAAGAAUGACAGCAGCCUACAUCUGAAGCAUGGUAAGACUCUCUUUAGCUUUAAUAUCAGUAUAUGAUGGGGUAAAAGCUGUUUUUCAGAAAUGCCCAUCACUUGUAAUCUAUGUCAGCUAAAGAGACUAAGGCAGUGACUUGUUUUUCAUUUUAGCAUUGUGGGACAAAAGAUCUGGAAGACUGUUAUAAAAAUACAAAAGAUAAACUUAGGGGGGAAAAGAAGGCAAAUCAUUUAAAACAAAUGCAUCUAUGAUGGUUUUUAUACCGGCUGUGUAAAAUUAUUAAAAACACAUUUUAUUUUAAAAUACAGACUUUAAUUCCUGCAGUAGUUAUGAGAAUAUUGGUUAGUUAUACCCAAUUCAAAUACAGUAAACAAACAGACAGUGCACCACUGAGACCCAAGCUGUAGAAUAUGGUUCUUUAGUUGUGCACCCCCUGAACUAUAGUUCCAUCACCUUUGCUAGCCUUUGGUUACUGUAGAGCAGUGGUUCCCAAACCAGUCCUCGUGACCCACCAACAAUCCAGGUUUUGUCAGUGUGACAGACUGCUGGCACUCCGACCAAGUACCUUCGCCAAUCGAUGCUCCUAGUGCUUGCCGAGCACUUCACCAGACACCAUAAGCACUGCAGACCCCACUUCCAGCGAUGCAGCUGCGCCAGGGUCUCGCUGUCCUCUACUCACCCUGGACCCAAGACCAGGAUCCAGCUUCCAGUUGGUAGACCUCUCUUGCUCCACAGAGCGUAGCAGGAACAAGCUCUUAUAAGAGCUUAUACUCAGGGGAGUAUUGUGAUUAUAGCUUAACCCAAGAGAGUGUAGUUAUCCCAUCCCCCAAACAUGAGCCAAGACUUCAUGAAGGGGUAAAGCAGGUCUGUUUAAUGCAAGCCAGUAUUUACAAUUUAUACAAUUCCUCAGGCCAGAGGCACACCCCCUGGACCUGAUGGAUCACAGACACACAAAGGACACAAACCAAUCAAAACAAUACAGCAAUGUCGGACACUCCCACAGUGGGUUAAUGAACGCUUGGUGGGUUAUAGCACAAUGCAGUAUUCAUGGACACUUUCAAUCUUGUAUUCAGAUGCCCCUUACUCUAGCAAGGAACACAUAAAGUAAAUCUCCAAGAACCUUAAUGACUACAUUGUAUUGGAGUGUCCCUUUAACUACUUUUGUAAAGGUUGCUGUGCAGUGACUGUCCCCCGUGCAUGCUAAAUAUAUAUUACAUGCACAUAUAGUAAGUGUGCAUAGUAGCAUCUCUCAAGAUCAUUGCUAUUUUUAUAGUUACCUAACCAACAGAACUGUACCAUUAGAGACAUAGGGAUUAUGGUUAUAGUUUUCGUGUGAGUGAGUCGAUGUUGACUAGUCAAAUGUUAGGAAUUUCGGAGCCUGUUUUUUUAAAAUCUACUUUAAAAAAUAAAAUUCCUUUUGACCACUCCAGGACCAGUAACACUGCCUGUAUGGUUUCCACGUAGCUGUACUAUUCCUGAAUUGGUCAGGGGAACAUACCCUUACACAGUCCAUACAUUUCAAAGUAGGCUCAAGGAAAACUAUCAUCAUGCAUUACUGUGUUUUAAAAUAAGAUUUCAUAUAGUAUACACUCUGUUUGUAUCCUUUUGCAAAGAUAAGUAUUCUGGUCUGUCCUCUUUCCAUACAAGCUAUAAUCUUCAAAACUCUCUUUGGAAGGAAGCACAGUUUACCAGACUAAAGACAAUGACGAUAAUUUAAGAGUGUGUGUUCACAAAUUCAUAUGGCAUGUAAAAAAGUGAUGGGCAUCUCAAAUCAUGCUCUGAGCCUGUCUCCGCUGUAGAAAUAGUGGACUAUUCCAGCUAAAAAGGUCUAUAUGCACACUCCCUCAAAGCUAUGAUACAAAGUGUGUGUGUGUGUGUGUGUUUUUUUUUUUUUUUUUAAGGUCAUACAUUGCAUAAGCCUGCCAGGCCAAUGUACCCCAUUUAUGGUAGGUCCUAUCCUAGAAACGUAAUGCCUGCUCUUAUGUGAUUAACCUACUUACUUGGGAAAUCCAUCAUCCUCGAGUGUGUGUGUGUAUAUAUAAUCUCACUUUGUGAUGUGAAUUUAGUAUUAUAUGUGUAUAGUAACCCCAUUUAGCUUCCUGCCAUUUUUGUUGCUUCACCACUACAGUGAUAGCCAACUUUUCUUUUUACCCUAAUACUUUUUAUUAAACUAACAAAAAAAGGAAAUGCAUGAGAAAAAAAACUAGAUGAUUUUAAUGAUUUCUGUAAUGGUGGGUUGUUCUGCCAUAAAUUCACGGCUGUGUUUAACCAGUUCUGUAGCCAGGAGCAGAUGAUAAAUAGGCCCAUAGUAAGCCUGGCUCCUUUGCUAACCCAUGGUAGGAAGUCUUCAUUCUGGCUGUUAGUAACUUGAUUCAUUAUUCCAAACCACUGGCUCCUGGUAUCUUAAAGGUACAGCCAAGACCGUGCUUCUGCUGCUCUCAGUCAGUCAGUGCAUAUUUGUAGAUGUAUACAGUUUGCUUGUUUGUGAAACCUUUCCAGCUGUUGCAACUCACUGACUCCUUUGUUGCCCAGUAUAUAAAAUCGAAUUUCAAUAUGGUAGGUGUUUUCUUCCAUUUGGCAGUGCUACAUUGUUUACGGUCUGUGUGGUCUGACUGCUUGCAACAUGUCAUGCUGUAGAAGUGCCCUCUUUAUUUAAUUAAGACAGAACAGAAACCUUCUGUUUGUAGCCGUAACACUGCAGGAGUGGGUGAGGGCAGGCCCGGACUGGCCAUCGGGCAUACCGGGCAAAUGCCCGGUGGGCCGCGAUGGCCGUGGGGCCGAGGCCGGCAGGGAGAUCACAGGAUCUCCCCGACCGGCCCCUGCAGGGCCAGCGCUAUCCGAGCGCCGGCCCUGCAUAGUGCCUCCAUGGGCCGGUGGGGAGAUCACAGAUCUCCCUCACCGGCCCACAGGCACUGUCACAGGCGGCCGCUGGCUGGGUGAGGGAGGGAGGAGAAGACCGGCGGAGCUCUAGCUAGCAGCUCCGCCCGGUCCUCUCGCGGGAUUCUGAGCGUUGCCGCGGUUACCGCGGCAACGCUCAGAUCUCGCGAGAGUGAACUCUAACCCGCAGGUUAGAGUUCACUCUCACCACUGGACCACCAGGGAAGGCAGCAUGGUCCCCCUUCUCCACGCAGAACGGAUCUCCCCCCCUCCCAGGCUAAAGGUAAGAAGGGAGGGGGGGACAUAACUUUUUUUUUUUAUAAUUAUUAUAAUAUUAUAAUUAUUAAUAAAAUAAAAAAAAAAUAUUUUUAAAAUAAUUUCCCUAACAGCCCCCACAGACACAUACAGCCCCCCAGGAACACACACAGCCCCCCACAGACACACACAUCACCCAGACACACAGCUCCCCACAGACACACACAGCUCCCCACAGACACACACAGCACCCCACAGACACACACACACAGCACCCCACAGACACACACACAGCACCCCACAGACACACACACAGCACCCCACAGACACACACACAGCACACCCCCAGACAGACAGCACCCUCACUCCCACACAUAUACAGCACAUAUAUAUUAUAUAAAAUAACCCUCAGUGAGUUAACAGACAAAUAAAAUUAGAAACCCAGAAUGUGACGGCAGAUAAAAACACCCUUACACACAACACCCCUCUUACACAAACACGCUGCGCACCUCACACAUACAAUACGUCCAAAUAUAUUUUAUAUAUAUAUAUAUAUAUAUAUAUAUAUACACAAAAAUCAAAACUGAGGAUGCACUCACAGGACUUGUGAAAUGUACAGAAAAAUCAAUUUUCCAUUCACAUGGAAUAAUUAAAAGUCCCUUUUUUUCACUUUAACCAAGUCCUGUGAGUGCAUCCUCAGUUUUGAUUUUUGUAUAUAUAAUAUAUUUCUGUAUAUUUUCUGCCGUAUAUUUCUGACAUUUGGCAUAUAGCACCCAGGCUAUUAGUUCUUUCUUAUUACUUAAAGGAGAGUGCCAAUCCUGUUUUUUUGCUAUAUAUAUAUAUAUGUAUAUAUAUAUAUAUACACACACACACUACAGCACCCCUCACACUGCACCACUACACACAUUACGCUCCAGAUACACGCUAGAUCCCUUACCCUAUAUGCACUCUUAAUCCUCUACACACACACAAUCUUCUAUACACACUCUGGGUCCUUUACACACUAGAUCUCUUACACACACACACUGCACCACCUACACACACACACUACAUUUCUUGUAAGCAAACACAUACAACAUUCUCUAAACACACCCUCUCUACACACAGUAGUGUGUGUGUAUAAGUGACACACACUACAUCACCUAUACACACACACUACUGCCGUAUGCACACACUCGCUACAUCCCCUAUAACACUAUGCCCCUAUACACGCACUCUCUACAGCCCCUAGCCACACAUAUUACACCACAAAAUUGACCUAUUUACACAAUACAACACCACACUCUACACACAGGCAAUCCCACAAGCAUGCGCCAAACACAUGCACCAUACACUUUCCUGGCCCUUUUGUCCUCUGGUAUCCCACUUGUGGAGACACCAGAGACAAUUUAAAAGCAAACACAGCGCAAGCAUGUUCUUACAUUUGCUUGCACUGCGCAGAACAAAUACAGGGCCUUUUUCUAAUGCUAGAGCUCUUCAGCGGGGCUCUGCGCAUUGAACCAACAUGCUCACUUUCUCUGGCCCUCCCCCUUUUUUGGGGGCCGCUCUAAUUGAAAAAUGCCCGGGCCUAAUUUUUUUCCCAGUCCGGCCCUGGGUGAGGGUUAAUGUUACAGCAUUCCGGAGGAUGUUUCACUACCAAGACUGUUCAGAAGAAUUAUAGAAUGAGAGGUAUUUGUUUGGGCUGAACUAUCCCUUACUUAAAAUUUCCAGAAACAUAAUGUACUUGACACUGAUGUUUUUAUUGAAUCAGUACUUGACAUGUGGAUCUGCAAUGUUGCAGUAUAUUCUUGUUAUAGUCUACUACCAUUUGUGGGUUGCUAAAGGGAUAGUAAUGAUCAAAUGAUAGGUUUGUAAAGGGACAUUCCAGGGUAGCGUUGAGAUCUUGGAUGUAUUAAUAUAUGCAAAAUGCAUUUUAAAUAAAAUGUAUAUGUGACGAGACCAAUCUCGCCACAUUGCAUUGGAGAAGCCGGGUUGCUCGCCUGUUGCCUUUGGAUUAUGGCCCCAUGUUAAAAGGCUUGAUUUUCCCCCUGCAAAGACAUGAAAGCCGGGUCAUUUGGUGCUUGCCCUGUUUGAGCGGUGAUACCCCAGAUAGCUAUGCCAUGGAGCCCAUUCGUAUAAUGAAAGACUAUGGGAAAGACUUUGGCUCCAUGGCAAUUGAACUGUAUGUGUGUGCUCUGAGCGCCAUUCAGUAAUAAUGUGCGCUUAGACCUAAACUAUCUGGGCAUAUGUUGCAUGUCUGUAUUUUAUGUCAUAAAUGUAACCAUGUGUAUUUUAUUGUAUUUUACUGUCUUUUUGCUGCCAUGUGUUCAAUGGAGUUUUGCCUCUGUCUUUGGAGAUAAUUGGAUUACUUCUAAUUAUCUCCAGGAUAGAAAACUCUGUGGAACUGGUUUUGGGCAGAAAAGCCAUGCUUCCUGUGGUCACAAAGGACUACGAUCUAUCUUUUGAACCUCUGGACCAAUUUGUAUGAUUUUGAUGAGUGUCUGAGUGUAUUGUAUGUGUUUAUUGGUUGUGUUCCAAAACCCUGUGGGUGGUACUAAUGUGUAAGAAUGUGUACAUAAGCACAAUAAACCCACAGCUCUGUCUGUUCACUGCUUGACCCUCAACACGGAGAUUUGUCUCAUUCUUGGGGGGAUUUAUUGUAUGCUGUUCCAGUUCGACUACUAGGAGUGUAAACCUAUUCGUAUGGUUUUUCCUAUUUGGCUGUUUACAGCAUUCGUAUGGUUUCCUGUUUGGCGGAUUGGUGUUCUGAAGUAGCUGUGCCUGUAUCUCUGGAAGGGGACGAUCGCCUAAACGGUUUUAACCCCUUGUGUGCAAAACGGUCCGUUACAGUAUACUUCCUUCUCGUAAAGUCCCAAAGUCCACAGAUCUCAAAAUGUGACUGAAACCAAUCCUUUUCCAUUGAAAGCAAUGAGAGGACUAGAUAUGGUAGUCUCUGUAUAUAAGGGACUUUUGGGAUAUGUAGUUUAACUGUUGCAAGUAGUUUAAUUUAGGUGAAAAAUGAAUGGGACUAUACUUAAAGUUUAGAAUAGCCUCUGAGUAGCUUUUUAUUAACUUGCAAAGUAAUUGUGUUCAUGCUUUUUACUAAUGAAGCUCAUUACAGUUCUGCAUGGACUGCAGAAGAGCAUGUACACAUUACUUAAAGUGAACAUGUCAUGCCAGGUUAAAUUGAAUGUAUAACAAUUCCUGAAGAAACAAAUACACUAUAGUCACCAAAACAAUAUUUAGCUUAAUUGAGUAGUUUUGGUGUAUAGAUAAUGCCCCUGCAGUCUCACUGCUCAAUUCUCAGCCAUUUAAAAAGUGAAAUCACUUUGUUUAUGCAGCACUAGCCACACCUAGCAUGUGACUUACAUAGUCUUCCUAAAAACUUCCUGUAAAGAGUCACCUAAUGCUUACAUUAUAUUUAUUGCAAAUUCUGCUUACCGUAUAUACUCGAGUAUAAGCCGAGUUUUUCAGCACAUUUUUUGCCCCCCUCCUCCCCCCACUGAACCGCCAAUGCCACUGGACCACCAGGGAAGGAGAGCCCCCCUCCCUGCCAUGUAUCAAGCAGGGAGGGGGGACGAAAAAUAAAUAAAUUAAUAAUAUAUAAAUAAUAAUAAAAAUAAUUUAAAAAAAAUAAUACAACAAAAAAAAAUUAAAAUAUUAAUUUUUUUUUAUAAAAAUGCCCACCCCCCACCAAGGCUCUGCAACACAAACACACACUGCAUCACACACACACACACACUGCAUCACACACACACACACACUGCAUCACACACACACUGCAUUCAUACACACACACACUGCAUUCAUACACUGCACUCAUACACACACUCUGCAUUUAUACACACACUGCGCACUCAUACACACACUGCAUUCAUACACACACUGCAUUCAUACACACACACUGCAUUCAUCAUAUACACACACUGUAAAUAAAUAUUCAAUUAAUAUAAUUUUUUUAGGAUCUAAUUUUAUUUAGAAAUUUACCAGUAGCUGCUGCAUUUCCCACCCUAGUCUUAUACUCGAGUCAAUACGUUUUCCCAAUUUUUGGGGGUAAAAUUAAGGGCCUCGGCUUAUAUUCGGGUCGGCUUAUACUCGAGCAUAUACGGUAAUUUAGAUUUUUUUUUUACCUCCUGCUUUAAUAGCUUAAUAGACACUAUAGGAGCCUCCUGUAUGUAAUAAAAGUUCAAUUAACAGAGCAGGAAGUAAAACCUUAUAAAGUAAAGGGACACGGUAGGCACCCAGACCACUUCAGCUAAUGGAAGUCGUCUGGGUUCUGUGUCACUUUUGCACCUAGUGCUGCAAUGUAAAAUAUUGCAGCACUAAGUCUGCCCUCAGUGGCUGUCUACCAGACAGCCACUAGAAGGCUUCCGGAAUCGUAACAGAGUUAUCUGACGCUGGACGUCCUCACGGACCUCCAGCGUCAGAUUUUCCCCAUAGGAGAGAAUUAAUUGCGCAUAAGACCCCGCUCGUCAUGGGAUGGAGGAGGGGGUGGAGCUGCGACCCAGCGCCAAGGGACAUCGGUGCCGGGAUAAGGUAAGUAAAUAAAGGGUUUCUCACCCUUUAUUUGCCAUGGAGGUGAGAGGGGGGAGGCAGAGGGACAGAUAGUGCCAGAAAUACAGCUUUGUAUUCCUGGUACUACCGUAUCCCUUAAGUUAACCUUUGAUUGAAACCAUUGUUCCAUACAGGCUGUGUAACAGCCAAGAGAGGUGUUGCUAGGGCUCCAUUAAAUGCCUUCUUCUCCACUGUCCAGUGCCAUCAUUCCUUGAGGUCAGUUGGUGUAACACCUUCUUUCUCAGGUCAUUGUCCUCUCUGGACAGCAAUUGACCCAGCUUGGGGACGCUUCUCUAUGCGUUGCAGUCUUAUAUGGUAUUAUUGGCAAACUGGCUUCAUUGUCAGCACAUCUGCAUCAGAAUGGAGUAACAUUAGUCACACUUUUGCUAUGGCAAGCGUGAGAAUAAAUGUACUGGAGAGCUGGAGAACGUCCUUUAAGAGUUCUCUCCCUCCUCACAUUCACUGAUCUUCAAAGCCUCUGCCCCUAUGCCACUGCUAAUACAGGUCUGUGUCAAGAAUUAGUUGUCAAGUGGGGGAGGGACCGCAUUUUUAUAUAUUUACUAGAGUAUUACUUGCACAAUUUAUACAUGCAAUACAAUGAUCUUUAAUGCCAACUUGUGUGUACCAUCACAGGCAUACUGUUGUAUUGUCUUCACACAGAGCAAAGGAGUUAGAAUAUAGGUGUAGCAGUUUCAGCAAGUAACUGCAGCUGAAUGGAAAGUGAUCAAUUGAGACAGGAGCAAUGGGGGCAUAGUGUAAUUCUUAACCAUUAGUGUCUUCAUCCCGGCCACUUCAGGAGUACUUGAACGUAGGACACUGGUGGCUUCAUUUAAAACAGCCCUACAUGAAAAAAACUAAACGUGCCUGUUGCCAAAGCUAUUGCAUGAUUUCAAAAUAUGAACUGCAAAGGAGACUCCUGAAUUUCCAGUUUAUGAUGUUCAAAUCUCUAAAAACCUAUGGAUUUUUUUGACCGCCUGUGGUCCUCUUAUUCUACUAAAUUAUACAGCUGCACUGUGUCAAUAAGUAGGACUGAACUUCGUCUGCAUCACUGAACAGGAUAAAGCCUGUUUUGUUAUAAUUUCCUGACCAAAUAAAUCUGCUUCAUUUACCUACUGCUUGUUUCUAUGGCUAAGUUGUAAUUAGUUAUAAUAGGUUUCUUUGGAUAUAAAUAUUCUGCAGUGUCUGUGUGCAUGCGUGUCUUCUUCAAACUCUCAGGCUUUCCAUCAUAUUUCUGUAAAAUCUUUAAAUCGUGCUCGUGCGUGCGUGCGUUACACUCCAAAAAAAUAAACCUCACUCGUCAAAAUUAAUACAAAUAUUCAGCUAUAUUGUAUAGCUAAGUUAAUGAAGUUAACUAUAUAUUUAAAUAUGGUUGAUUUGAUUUUACGUUUAUGUGUACCCAUAGAUAUGUAUGUCAUUGCAUGUCAACUAAAAAGAGAACCAUAAUAUAUUGAAACGUGAAAUGCAAAGUUUAGGCCAUUAGUGGAGAUUUGAAUGAUAUCUCUGUGUUAGGCUGAUCUUGCCUGCAUUUUGCAGUUCUGUCAACUAUCUAAUUGGUGAAUAAUCUAGUCUGUUGUUUAUAUCCUGUGUUUGCUCAGCCUGCAGGGACAGGAUAUGGACACCAUAACCACUUCAUUAAGCUGUAGCGGUUCUGGUGACUAUAGUAUCCCUUUAAGAAAGAGUUUUGCAAUUUAGAGUGCUGUCCUAGGGCCAGGAUUGCAGUGUUCCAUUUGUCUUUAAUCAUGGUAAAAAAGUUUCCUCUCUGAUUUCUUGGUUCUAGUUGUGUAAUUUAAUGAAUUCCAUAAACAGAGGGAAAUCUUAAGCCACAAUUACUUACAGACUACAGACAGGCUUCAGCAAUGUUAUAUUCUAUAUAUCCACUUUCAGUGCACUAUUCUAUGACAUCUUUUGUUGGACAUCCUUACGGUGCUAAUGCCACUUAAAGGGACACUCCAGACCCCUGAAACAUUUUAGCUUGCUCAAGUGCUUUAUUUAUGAAGUGUGUCCUUUUUGUAAAAGAAACAAAAGUGCAGAUUUAAAAAUAAAAAAAAUACAUUAAAAACAAAAAACAAAAAAAAAACGACACUUUUAGAAAUUCUCAAUCUUCUAUUUGCUGGCUUGGUGCUAAACUCAGGAAGCAGCAAUUGCCCAUAGCCCCUGUCCUGCAAAGACUUCUCAUUGAACUGCAUUGUGAAGUCUGUGAUUGGAGAGCGGGGUUAGUAGGGGAGGGCUUGCGAAGACUGCAAACAAGAGAUCUGCAGGUUUUGCAAGCUGUUUUUAGAUAUUGUCCUAGUGAAAGAAUGCAUGCAUGUUUUCACUAAACAUGACUUUUUAUUGGCAGUGGAGUGUUCCUUUGAGCAGACUUAGUAAUGAUUAGAAGUAGGUAGGCACACUUAGUCAAAUUUUGAUAAGAAAAUUACAACACAAAUUGUUCUAAGACUAGGUGCUCACUUAAAUAAGGUCCUAUUCCCAGAGGGCCAAAUAAAAUUACAGAUAAUAUCCACUCAAGGAGCACAACCAUUAAUAUGAAAAAAUAUCUUAUAAGAUAGGUACAAAGAAAAUAGAUAUCUCACAAUGCAUAUCAUAAAAGAUUCAAACAUGACUCACAUGCUGAUAAUGUGCAGCAUAGUCAAAAGUGCUAUGAAAGCAUCCAAACAGAAUAAGUAGUAAGCAACUACCUAAAUAUCAAUGUGAUAAGUAAUUAAAGGAGAUAUCAAAUCCUAACAGCCCAUCAAAAAGAAAAAAGUAAUGAUGAAAGACAAACAAAUUCCCCCAACGUUUUAGGCUUUAAGCAGACUUGAUAGCCAGGGGGAAACUAUAAAGACAAGUAUAAAGGCACUUUGCAUGUGUUUCCCUUAAAUGUUCAUUCAUUGAUUUCUGUUUACACAUUUGUGGCGGAGGAAAGUGGGCAACAAAAGUGGAUCAAAAAGCAAACCAUUUUUUUUGUUUCCAUGGCAAUUGCUUCACUUGGAGAACAUUGGCUACUUUUCUAUUAGCAGCACUUUAGUAAAUCUCUCCCAUUUGACUUUAUGCAAAAUGGGUAGGCUCAUACCACAUUAAAAUCCCAGAAAUCGUUAUCACGUCCAGAAUGUGCCCCACUGUUCUCCUAAAGAAUGUUUUUUUUGCAAUGUGGCAGACAGAUAUAGUCAGGUAUUUGACAGUAUGCUUUGUUUUCCAUUGCAUCCGCCCUCAGGGGUCUGUGACGUAUUACUGUACAAUUUCCAGAUGCAGAUGAAAUUAGACAAUUGUGUUUUUAAUAAAAUAUUGAUGUUUAGAUCAUACCUUUCCUUCCAUUUAGAUAUAGUGCUGUAACUGUGUAAAAUGUUUGUAUGCCAGUUUUUGAAGACCCCAACAGUAGGAAGGUAGACUAAUAUAAUUAUCAUCCAGAGAGUGUUUGUGACUUCAUUUAAUGCAGGUAGCACAAUAAUGCCCCAAAUUAUCUGACCCCUGAUCAAUCAGGUUUUCGUCCAAAUCACUCAACUUCGACUGCCCUCUUAAGUUUGCAAAGACUUCCAAACUGGCAUGGCACAAGGAGACCUAACUGGAACCAUUUUCCUUGAUUUUGCCAAGGCCUUUGACACAGUAGACCAUGCCAUUAUUUUGCAAAAACUUAAAAACUCAGGCAUUGGUGAUUUUCCACUAACCUGGGUACGAUCAUAUGUUUCAGAACGAUUGCAAUAUGUGGCCAUUUCUGAUAGCGCUUCCCUCCCUCUUCCAGUCACAUGUGGUGUUCCCCAAGGUUCCAAACUCUGCCCCAAACCUUAAUUCAAUCUAAAAUCUUUUAAGAGAUCUGUGGCAAUAUACCUCAGCACAAAAUGCACCUGUAAUGGUUGAAUAUAUUUAGCACCUGUUAUGUAUGUAUGUAUAUAUAUAUGUGUGUAUAUAUAUAUAUAUAUAUAUAUAUAUAUAUAGUAUCUUUUGUAAUAUUGUAUCCUAUUGUAACAAUGCAAUGUUUUGUGGACCCACGACAUACUGGAAAACAAGAGAAAUCUCAAUGUAUCCAUCCUGGUAAAAUAUUUUAUAAAUAAAUAAUUCUUUGUAAUAUCUAAUACCUUUAUAUAUAUAUGUAAUAGCACCAUCACUUAUCAUUUGAACAGGUUACAUUAAAGGCUUACUCUGAUAUAUACUGCCCCCUGCUGACAAUAUAGAGUGUUUAAUGUGGGGGAAUGAUACUAAACAAUGAUCUUUGCUUCUGUGACGGACCCGCUGGCACUCCGAGUACUUCCGCCAAUCGAUGCUCCUAGUGCUCGCCGAGGACUCCAAGCAAUCCAACCGACACCAUCAGCACUGCAGACUUAUCCCAUCCCCCAAGCAUGAGCCAAGGCUUCAAGAAAGGGUCAAGCAGGUCUGUUUAAUGAGCACACAAAGCAACAGCACUCACGCAGCAAAACAACUCCUCCUCAGAGGAAAACAAACUGACAGUUAAAGGGUCAGACAGAGUUUGAAAAUAUGACAGUUAUUAAGGGUUUAACUGGUGUUCUAAGGGGGGGGGGGAUAAAACAGUCAAACUAAGUUCAUAAAUAAGGGGUUUUCUUCACACUCUGCAUCCGAAGUGCAUAGCAAAACUGCAGAUCCUUUGUCAGAGCAUUUAAAGGGCCAGAACCAGUCUAAUAAAAUCCACUAUGCCCAAAUAGCGUAUUUAAAGGGCAAAAUCUUCCAGGGGCCAUAGUCGCAGGGCAGGAGGCUGGCAAUUAGUCCUCUCCAGGCACAAGUGGUGAAGGGCACUUCGUCACACAUCUUCCCAUUGGGGGGGGAGACUAACCUGGUACCUGACCUUCUGUCAGUCAGUACCUGAGUUAGUCGGUAGCCCACCCACAACAAACAGUUAACAGAGUAGCCCACCCACAAUACACCAUUACUGCCCCUGGUGAUUCCUGGUGUCCGGCUCUGGCCUGUGUGUCCCAGGUUGCUGAGGGGAACUAGUGGGCAGAGGCCCGCUGCGCUCUGCCCGGAUGCCAGCGCUUCUGCUGGAAGGGGGUCAGUGGAGGCUGACAUCUUCCCCACUAAACUCAGUACUGCGUUAGGGGUUGGCUGUGGAGGGGAAGGGUCGCCUACCUCCUCCUCCUGGUACUCCUGCUGCCGCUGGGGAGCGAGACCGGUUGUCUCCUCUCUCUGUAGCUCUUGCUGCAAUUGGGGAUCUGGGCCGGCUGCCCAGCAUCCCUGUAGGGCUGGUAGAGAGACCACGGUCCCAUCUCCACCUGCCAUUUGAGGGUUCUCCCAGUGCCCUACUUCGGGUACCUCCGGCUGCCUCUGGGGAGAGAGGCUAACCUCCUUUCGUUGGAGGCUUAUUUUCCUCGCUUUAGCCAGCAGGAUUUCUUGGUCCCUCUUUGCUUCUCUUUCGACGGUUACCUGGUUCCAGAUCGCCUGGAAGGCAUCCAUGGACACAUCAGGGCCAUACCAGGCCACUCGCUGCCUCACCUUGGCCAGAAAAUCUUCGCAAGAGUCAGAGUAUGCCAUACUUGCUUGCUCUAAGUCAAUGGACAUCUUUGCUUCCAGGGGUGCUGCACUCAUGCUAGCGUUGCCCUCACUAUGAUCAACACGUUAUCGGUGUCUCUGAGCUGCUUCUCCUCGCACUAGGACGCCAUCCCACCGCUGCCACCAAAUGUGACGGACCCGCUGGCACUCCGACCGAGUGCCUCCGCCAAUCGAUGCUCCGAGCAAAACUGCAGAUCCUUUAUCAGAGCAUUUAAAGGGCCAGAACCAGUCUAAUAAAAUCCACUAUGCCCAAAUAACGUAUUUAAAGGGCAAAAUCUUCCAGGGGCCAUAGUCGCAGGGCAGGAGGCUGGCAAUUAGUCCUUUCCAGGCACAAGUGGCGAAGGGCACUUCGUCACAGCUUCAUUGGCAUACAGGAAGUUGUGCUUCCUUUAGGGAUAAUAUAGACACUAAAACAACUUUAGCUUAAUGAAGCAGUUUUAGUUUAUAGAUCAUAACACUGCUCUCCUGCACCCCUAUGCUGAAUUCUUUUCCAUUUAGAAGUUGUUUUGGUGUCUUUAGUGUCCCUCUAAGUCUCUAAUACUUUCUAUGAACCACAACAUUAAUUUGUGCUUGUAUUAAACACGAGAAAAUACCCUUGCCUCCACCCCCCAAAUACAAUUAACAAAAUUUAACAAUAUUAAACAAAAGGUACAACAUACCAUUGGAUACAAUUCCAAUUAUUUGCAAUAUGUAGUUCAUAAUAUCAACUGUUUCUGAUCCCCCUAUAAUGGAUAAAAUGGCUCCAUAUCCUUUUUUUUUCUUUUUCUUUUAGUACAUUCCAAUAAUAGAUACAUUUUUGCUCUAUGGGCUGGGAAUCAAUUCAAAGUAGGCUAAAAUUCCCUUUCAUGAACAGAUCACCAAUAUCUGUCCUGAUAAUAAAGAUGUAUAUAUUCCCGAAAGCCAUAUUGCUACCCAAGUGGAUCACAAAUCACAACAUUAUAUGUUAAAUGUAUAUUCUUCUGUACUUGUGCAUGGUAUGUGCUCACAAUGUGAUCCCACAAUGCACUGGACAAUGCUCAAAAUAUAUUUUUUUUUAAUUAUUGGUGUAGAUGCUGCAUGAGUGAGUUUGUUCUGCGAAUAAUAUGUUUUAGAACACUUAUUUUUCUAAAAGUAUCACAUUUGCUUCAUAUUUUUAUUACUAAACCUCCUUGGCAGAUUCAUACGAAGAGAAAGACAUUUUAGGAGUAAAAGGGCGGCAGUAAGUCGGAUGCAUUUCGACAUAUAAACUAUGAUUUCGAGCUGGAAGACAUGGUGAUUGUUUUGGGGGGGAUGACAAAUAUAAUGUUGCAUUCUUCAAAAUAAUGUUCGGACUGUACAGUACGUAUGUGUGUAGUAGUAACCUGAGUAGGACUUAGUGCUGCUAUUAGUCUCGGUAAGAAGUGGACUUUCAUCUAGAGCAUGUUUGGUUUGGCUCUAUAUUCUGUAACCUCCCUUCCUUUGCCAGAGUGGUAUUAAACCCCAGGCAGCUAAAUGCACGUCUGACUAGCACAUCUGUCCCACUUAGUGUUAGGCACUCACUGAAGAAAGAUUUUUAGCCUUAGACACUGUUCGUGUGUCAUUUAGAAGAAAUUGGGGUUUAUUUCUUUAGUAAUCACUUUGGUGUACUCUAGUUUUGUUUGUUUGUUUUCUGGAAACUCAUGGAUGUUACACACCGCUCUUGAUAGAAACCAGUCUGUUUUUAUGAGGUGAAAAGACAACUUUUUCAUAAACUUAUUCUAGAAGAACAUUAUGCCCUUCCUUGUUCCUACAGAAUGUUCUUUGCAUAUGCGUGAGUUUGUGUACCCUGUAGUAAUUGUUCAUGAGGACUUGGACGGAAUCUUUUUCUGAACUCUAUUGUGCCGUCAAUUUGGUUCCAGGCACGGCAAUCCCUUUGACCUUCUCCAGUGGUGAUCCAGAUGAGGUGUUCAGUUAUGGUGUAGAAUUAAAUGCAGGACUUGGAAGUGACAUUUGUUUACAGGACACAAUCAUUCACAACUCUGACAUGAGCCUCUCUACUUGUUGACUUUGAAUCACAAUAGACUAUUGGUUAGCAAUGCCUGUAACCAGCAAACACAUGUCCAAAUGUACAUCAUUUGUGCUCCUACCUCACUUAGCCCCUGAAUUCCAGCUUUCUGUUGCUUGUUCCAUGAUUUGUAGGACAAAUCACGAAGACUAAAUUAAUACACCUCUCAUUCCCUGUACAUUAAUAUAUCUUUUUCUCUGAUAUAUAUUUUUUUUCUGUUUAAAUAUACAUUUGUACAAAGGGUUGCCUCUUCUUAUAAAUAGGGGCAAGUAGGCAGAGGAGUUUCAAGAAACUUGGCCGCGCACACACAAGUGAGGUGGACGUACAUAUAGCAGUUGUAAAGCUCAUGUGGAACAGGCACUCCUGCUUCUGAGUUCCACUACUACGUGAACGCUACCAGUGAUGCCUCUGAUAAUUGUUUUUUUCUUUUUCUUUUAAAUGUCUUAUUUUUUGCAGACACUUGCAUGCAUUCUGUCCCAUCCUCUGCAGUGUCCUACACAUCAUUACAGCCGAAUCACUAAACUUAUUAAACUGCGGUUUUGGUUAAAAAAGCCCCAGACCCAACUAAUGCUGGAGUUUACACAGCUGCUACAUUGUACUUAUGGAUUAUUAUAUGCAAUCUGUGCGGUAAUCAUAGCUUUGUAGUGGGAACUGUUUAAAGGAUGUUGGCAGUAAACUGCCACUAAUUUGUGCUAUUGGAAACUGGAAUUAAUAGCCUUGACUGGCACAAAAGAGAGUAAAAAUUAGUUUCAAGUGUUUUGAUGAAAACCUUUACUAAUUGUGUUUGACCCUGGGAUAGCCCUUUCAUAUUAAUCCCUCUCAUCUGGCAUUGUAUGCUGUUCUGUAACCAUUUGGGGUACUCAAGCGGCAGUGUUAACAUAAGAGUUUUAAAAUCCAGAUUGCAACAUUUUUAAUUAUUGUAGUUAUCUUUGUCCCUUUUUUCCCCGUUUGGAAGUGUGGAAUCCAAAAUAAGAAGUCUUGCGUUUCGUGAAAAGGGCCUGCCAUGAGCAUGUUUACGGAUACACCUUCAUCAUAAAGCGCAAUUGAUAUGAAUUGAUAGUGAAAUAUCUUUUAUUUUCUAUUUUCCUGUAAGUGCAUUCAUAACAGAUGCUGAUCCUUAUGAGUUAAGCUAUUACCCUAUGAGUUUCUUGUUAUAUAUAUUUUUUCUCAGCAAUUUUUCCAUUUUACUCUUUGGUGGAUACUCCAUUAACUAUAACUGAUUUUUAUAUCACUAGAUAUUGGGGAGACUCCAUACUAUUUUGUCCCCCCACACACACACAGUUUUAGAUCUUAUCUAUGGUUCGCCAUGCACCGCUCCCUGUCUCUCUACAUUGAGCUAAGCCUCACUAUGUAGGGUUUAGCUCAUUGGCUGAGAACAAUCAGCUGACGCUAUCACCCAAUGAACUAGCCCUGUCUGGCAGCUAUUGAAUUCUAAUAACAGAAGCUUCUGGCUCUCUUACUGGUGCAGGAGAGGCAAUGAGCGUCACCAGGCCAACACCAGGUAAUAAAUUAAGCCAUUACCAAACGGUUUGACUGCUAACAUGGUCAGGGGGCACCAGGGUGCUCCAGGCACCAAAAACACUACAGCACUCCGCAGUGGUAAUCUUGCUUGGGGAGCCAGGGCACUUUUUUGGGGGGUGUGGGGGGCAAGGGGAGAGGGACACUGCUGUUUUUCUAGGAACAAAAUAGUUUUAAGUUUUUCAAUGAUUAGUUAUUCUUUUCAGUAAGAUAGGAUAAUCCGUGAAAUAAUUUUUAAAAAUAGAAUGCCACCUUCAGACAGAUCGGUUGUGAGGCAUACAGAGUCUUUUUCCUCUCUCACUCGGUUAUUUAAUAAAGUGAAAAUGCAAAGUGAAUUCACAUUUAAAGGGAUACUAUAGUCACCAAAACAGCUUUAGCUUAAUGAUGCGGUUUUGGUGUAUAGUUCAUGCCCCUGACGUUUCACUGCUCAAUUUACUGCCAUUUAGAAAUUAAAUCACUUUUGUUUCUGUUUAUGCAAACUUAGCCACACCACAUCCAGACUGUGACUGACACAGCCAAAAUGAAAACAAAAUUGUUUCAUUUUCAAUCAGAUAAAACUUAAUUUAAAAGUUUGUAUCUCCUGCUGUGUAAAUGGAACUUUAAUUAAAUAUAGGUGGUUGCGGCAGGGUCUAGCACGCUAUUAAUAGAGCAGGAGAUAAAAAAAAAUUCUAAAUUGAACAGAAUUUACAAUAAAAGAAGUGUAAACAUUAGAUGACUCUUUACAGGAAGUGUUUUGGAAGGUUGUGUAAGUCACGUGCAGGGAGCUGUGACUAGGGCUGCAUAAGCAAAGUGAUUAAACUUAUAAAUGGAAGAGAAUUGAGUGGUGAGACUGUAGUGGCAUGAUCUAUACACCAAAACUGCUUCAUUAAGCUAAAGUUGUUUUGGUGACUAUAGUGUUCCUUUAAGGUCAAAAUGGAAAAAAUCUAGGCUUUUAGUUGGUCUACUCUGGGCCUAGAUUUGAGUUCAGUUUGAAUUCUCACUUUAGUGAAUGCCCCUGCCAGUGUUUAAAGGAUUGUAUUAUUUUUUGUGGCUUGGAAAUCUAUAUGAAAUACAUUCCCCUUCGCUUUCUUGGUAAUAUUUUGCCUUGCUUGCAAGCCCAGGCAGUAUUUCCUAUGUCACAGUAGGACACUUUAGAACAUGGAGUAAAAGCCAUAGUGCAGUUCCCACAUCACACCAACCAACCUCUGCGUCUUUAAAAGAAAAGGCAGUGAGGCUGGAUGUUGACUGUGAUAUCAGCAGUUACAUUAAAUAUGAAGCCCUAAUAAUAAGUGCACACUUGCUUUUAUUGAGUAUGGAGCCUAGAACUUCACAUAUGUAAAAUGUGACUUGCAGCACUUUCUUUGAAGCCUAACCACAGCUAGGGCACUGUAAUUGCAGCCUUUGAUUGUGCCGACUUUACUUGUGGAUUGGGCCGUGCAGCGGCAUGCCUGGCUUGGCAAAACCUCAGCAGAAAGCCCCCCCAGUGAAGCUUCAGAUGUGGGCCGUGCUCAUUCUGCGUGCUACAUGCCUGUGGUUUCAUGAAAAGAAUCCUGAUUUGACCUGUUUUUUUUUUGUGUGUGUUUUUUUUUUUUUAAAGUGUGCAGAAAACUGCCAUGUUUCUGUCUUCCUAAGUACUCUUUGUUUUUAAUAGGGCAAAUUGUUGUUUAGGUUCUAUAGGGAAUGUCAAGUAGCUUGUGCUACACAGUAUACGUUUUGGAGGAGACUGUAUCUGGUGUCAAUGGGGCUGUUUCAUGUAUGCUCCUUCAAGAGGUGGAAGGGACUUCAGUGAUUAAUCCAACCCUAAAUAUAGCUCUAACUUACUAGUUGAUUGUUCCAGAGGAUAAGUGCUCAAGCUAAAAAGGUGGAAUUACAGAGAGUAUAAAAUAGAGGAAAUAUUAUGCCACCGUUGACCAAUACAGCAUUUUUUCCAUUCUUCUGGCACAUUCAGCAAAGAAACAUUAUUUAUUCUAUACUGUCUAACUUUAAAAUACAUAACUCCCCCUCCUCCCCCCCCCCCUACAGGGUUAUUCACUAAACUGUAAAUUCAAAGUGGAUCUUCUUUUACUUCAAAAUAGAUAUACCAGUGGUUCCCAAAACUUUUUAGGUUCAAGGUGCCCUUAAUAUUUCAGUAUUUUUCCAAGGCACCCCAAGUCAAAAUUUCUAGGUUGUAUAAAUGUACAGCGCUGCGGCAUUUACUGGCACUAUAUUAUAAUGUACAGUGUUGGUGUUUAAAGUGGUGCUUAUACAUAGUUAUUGUGCUUUAAUACAGGGGUGUGUUUGUAUUUAAUGUUUGCGUUUCUUUGCAGGGGUGUGUCUGAUUUUAAUGUACACUUUUAAAUGCGAAUGUACAUUUGUGUGAAGUAUUUUUGUUUGAGUGAAGGGGUGUGUUUGUAUAUUUAUUUUGAGUUGGAAUGCAGGGGUGUGCUUGUAUGUAAUAUUUGUGUUAGAUUGCAGGAGUGUGCUUGUAUGUUGUGCUGGUGUUUGACUGCUUGGAUGUAUGCACAUACACUACCACAUACAUACAUACACAGAUAUUCAUGCACAUUAAUACACAGAUGCAUAUAAAUACAUAGACACAUACACACAAAUUCAUAUAGACACCGACAUAUACACGCAUAUAGAUGCACACAAACUCAUACACACACAGAAACACACCGACAUAUACACACAUGCACUCUGACACACACAAACAUUGAUACAUGCCCACACCAUGACACAGAUACACACACUGACAUUAAAACCCACACCCAGAUGCACAUAGACAGAUGUGUGCGCAGACACAGAAGCACACUGACUUUUAUAUGACUUUUAUAUAUAUAUAUAUAUAUAUAUAUAUAUAUACAUAUAUAUAUAUAAAAGUCAGUGUGCUUCUGUGUCUGCGCACACAUCUGUCUAUGUGCAUCUGGGUGUGGGUUUUAAUGUCAGUGUGUGUAUCUGUGUCAUGGUGUGGGCAUGUAUCAAUGUUUGUGUGUGUCAGAGUGCAUGUGUGUAUAUGUCGGUGUGUUUCUGUGUGUGUAUGAGUUUGUGUGCAUCUAUAUGCGUGUAUAUGUCGGUGUCUAUACACACACACAUAUAUAUAUAUAUACACACACACACACACACCCACACCCACACCCACACACACACACACCCACAGAUGCACACCCUGACACACACCCACUCACAAACAUCCUGACACACACACUCAUACUCACACUCACAUACACACACAUACACACACUCACAUACACACACUCCUACACAUACACACAAGUGAUUUUUAUUUCAAAACUAUCUCCAGCCACACUCCUGUCUGCUUACCUUAUGUGCCAGGAGGGUGGCUUGGAGUCCUGCUGCUGGUGGGAGUGAGGGGUCUGGAGCUCUUCGUGCUCAUCUUCCCUCACGCUGCAGCUGCCUUCUCCUGCGCUGUCUACUUGCAGGAUGCUGGCAGGAAGUGACAGGCUGUCACUUCCUCCCAGCCGGCCGUCAUUACAGGUGCCUGAUCACGGUCUUAGAGGACUGCUGUACCCGACCGGGCCCUUGUUCAGCAGUAAUGUUUCCCAGGUGCUAUAAUCAGGGCACACAGUUUGGGAACUGCUGAGCUAUACUGAAAAUCCAGCUGACAAAUAUUUUGUCCUAAAAUUUGAAAUUUGCUUUAAAUUUGUCAUUUCCCAAUUUAGUAAAUACACCUGUCAGUCAUGUUGCUACUGUAACAGGCAUUUACCUGAAUGCUACUCUAAUUUUUUUUUUUAUAUAUUGUGUAUUUUUUUUGUGUGUUUUUAGGUCACAUGGUUCUGUUUAGUGAAUAUAAUCCAAAUUGUUUUAAAUCCCAGAGUGAUGACAAACCUUGCACUAUGUUAUGUCUUGCCCACUUCUGUGGUAUUUAUUCCUCCUUUUUCCCCUAAUAGCAAAACAAGCCUGUCUGGACUUUAAAAUAAAAAGUCCAGGCAGGCUUGUUUUCUGAUACAUAAUUCUAAGAACAAAUAACAAUUAUACAACAAAUUUUUUGGAAAUUUUUAAAUUGCUAAAUCAAUGCAUCUAGUGUUGGAUAUAGAGUUACUUAUUUAGUUUGUAUAAAAUAUCAGAAAAAAAAUUGUCAGGAAUUUAGUGAUUUAACAUUUUAGGCCAAAUCCUGCAAUGUUUCCAUUCAGCCAUUUUGGUCCAAAAUCAGAAAAUCUUCACAUUCUGUUGAAAAACCCUGAAUGUGUUGAAUUGUUCACACGUAGAACCUGCUGUGGACUUAAUACCUUAAAAUGCCCAUACUGUGGAAGGGCACGUCUUAAUGACCAUUGUAAUAGAUUGUUCUAGAAACUGUCACUCACAGUAAGAUUGCAUUAAGGCUGUUGACUAGUUGGGUAUAUUUCCAUUAGUGUUUGUUAUGGGUGGAGCACACAAUUCCCAGGGUAAAUACUCUUACAUCCAAUGUAGAAAGGUCAGAAUACAAGCCCAUGAAAGUUGAUACUAUUCUUGGAGCGGCAUGUUGUUGCCUCCAUCAGGCAUUCCAUCAUAUAUCUCAUCCCACUGCAUGUAUCACUCCAGAAGUAUGUUGUGGUUUUAUUUACUGCAAUUGCUCCCUCUUUCCAUUCCUUUCUAAAGGUGUAAUCUGCCGACAACUCAUUCAUUAGCUAAGAAAUGUCAUAUUUUCUAAUAUCUUCCCUAGAUGUUGUAAGCUUCGUAGUCAUCUCACGAGGGGGAAGGAUUACUUUUGACAGGCUUUUAAAACCACAUCCAAGUGUUAACCUAUGUGAAUGGUAGCAGGGUUGUGUUUAGUGUGAAGCACCCUGUCUAAAGGACGGGUGAUUCAAUAUUUCAAGAACAACAUUCUAGCUCCCAACUUUCAUAUGUUAUUUAAUAAAAAUAAAAUAAUAUUCUAAUAUCAAGAAAACAAAAUACAACUGGAUGCAAACAUUCAAAAAAUAGUGAACUAUUGUUCUGAAACUGGAGUAGUUACUGAUUAUAAGAUGGGCUAGUGAUUGGCAUUCUGAAUUUCAUGAAUGGCUGGCUAAAUAGAUUUGGUCCGUGCGCAGAGUGAGAAAGCUGCCAUUAAUUCACAUUAUGAUAUCGUGGCUUUGUCCACAGCCCCACAGACCACACAUUUAUUUAUUUAUUUUCAUGUGGUUUUAUAUAAAAACCUAGAUACUUUCCUAGAGUCUGUAUGCAAAGGGCUAUAUUCUAUAGUGUAUAAAUGUAUCUCAAAUUAUAUUCUAUGCCUUGUGUCUUUAUGGAAUAACCCUGAGAAUGUUAUUACACAGAGUCGCCAAACUGGAAACAUAGCUGAAUUAGAGAAUAUUUCCAGUUCAGCAUUUAUAAUCUUACAUUUGAAAUUCACUUUAAAUUAUCACGUUCGUGAAUAUUCCUGUGUGUGUCAUUGGAUUAGUUACUAACAUAUGGCAGGGAUGAAGCAGAUUAGCCAUUUGAUCUUUUUUUUUUCUUCACCUGAAUAGAAGUAUUUUUUUUAUUUUUUUUAAAAUAUUCGUACUAACCCAAAGUGGACCUUAUGCUUCAGAUAACAGUAAUACAAACUGCAUUUUAAUAUGCCUUUUUCUAGUUAUGUAAAUCUAGCAUUUCAUCCAUUUUAAUUAUGAUGUUAAUUCUUGGUAUUUUACUCACAUUGAACCUUUGUGCCAAAGUCUUAGACACUGCUGUUACAGGGUCAUUUAAUUCCAUCCUAUUCCAUGGCCUCUUCCAGAGCAGAGUCUGGCACAGGUCUGUGAUGGUUAUUAUAACCCCCAGACAUCAAAGGCAGCACUAAGAAGAAAUGGUCUGAACAUAGUAGAGCUUUAUUUCACCCUGUGCCAUAGACAUUCCUGGCUCCUAAUCGGGAGCAGCUCUGAAUCACUGGUCUUGUAUCAGGCUGCCGUGAACCUAAUGGCCUGGCGCCUCUGGGCCAUUCCUCAACAGGAAGCCCAAUGUUUUCUUGUAAGGUUUAGAGGAAAACCUUCUCAGGAAGAGCAACCUGGACUAAAUCCUUUGAACGUUAAGGAUGAAAAGCUUUAAAAGUAAAUAAAACCUGUGGGGUGCUCUUGCUCUUAUUUCUCUGCAGUUUGCACAGCCCACGUUUAACUCAUCUUGAAAAGGAAGCUCACUGGAAGCAUGCAAUGUACUACUGUAAAGACUGGCGCAGGACUCAGUUUCAGAGAUUUAGAAACAUAGAAUGUGACGGCAGAUAAGAACCAUUUGGCCCAUCUAGUCUGCCCAAUUUUCUAAAUACUUUCAUUAGUCCCUGGCCUUAUCUUAUAGUUAGGAUAGCCUUAUGCCUAUCCCACGCAUGCUUAAACUCCUUUACUGUGUUAACCUCUACCACUUCAGCUGGAAGGCUAUUCCAUGCAUCCACUACCCUCUCAGUAAAGUGAUACUUCCUGAUAUUAUUUUUAAACCUUUGCCCCUCUAAUUUAAGACUAUGUCCUCUUGUUGUGGUAGCUUUUCUUCAUUUAAAUAUGGUAUCCUUCUUUACUGUGUCGAUUCCCUUUAUGUAUUUAAAUGUUUCUAUCAUAUCCCCCCUGUCUCGUCUUUCCUCCAAGCUAUACAUGUUAAGAUCCUUUAACCUUUCCUGGUAAGUUUUAUCCUGCAAUCCAUGAACCAGUUUAGUAGCCCUUCUCUGAACGCUCUCUAAAAGUAUUAGUAUUAGCUUUCCAAUAAAUAUAGAUCAUAUAUGAUACUGACUGUACCAUAAAUAUAUCAAAAUAAUAUUUUAGCCAUACAUCCAUCUUCAUAAGGUAUAACUAAGUGGAUAUAUUAUUUCCAUAUACCAGCGAAUGAGCCAUCCAAGGGUUAAUAUAUUUUCAUUCCACCACAUUCUAAGCACAGAAUAUCAUUUUAGAUGUAUUUCUGCGGUUAACCUCAAGCUGAUGGUUUCAUUCUUUUUGCAUCAAGCUGUCCCGUUUGACUGGGAAAAUAAAGCUGGUUGCAAGUAAAGUGCUGGCAGGCUAAGACAUGUUCCACAAUUUUACCUCCUCUUAACUUGAAAGAUCCAAAAAAAUUGCUUUCAUUAUCAUUAUAAAGAAUGUUCCUAAUAGUCUGUUUGGGUACUAAUCUUUAAAAGACAAAAAUUUUGUCUAUAUAACUAUUUUUACAAAAGACAUGAGAGAGAUGGCUCAUUAAAGAAAUCUUAAUAAACUUUAAUGUCACACCUUAAACCACAAGGACAUUAAUUUGACAUCUGAAGUUAAAGUAAAGUUUUAAGUGAAAUCCCAAGUCAAUUCAACACUAUUAAUACCAGAUUCAUAAAUAUUACACUUUUGUUUUCCUGCCGUUAGCUUCCUGUAAAGCAAAACUAAAAAACUUUUUUCUUUGAAGAUGUGAAUAAUUAUUAUUUUUUUUAAUAUAAUUUAUAUUUUAUUGGUUUGUAUAUUUGAGAAUACAGUAUUGUCAACGACUGGGAGUAGAAAUAAUAAGACCCCCCCCUGCCGCUCUGGCAACUUGUUUAGUUCCUGUUGCCUCCGCUGGGCCAGUGUGUGGUAGCUUGAGGGUCUUGAGUAGUGUCUCAGGGUCUUGAUCCGAUGUCAAAGAUAGGGUCUUGUGUUACUGCGGGACCAUUAAUGCUCCAUCUAAGCCCUAUCUGUAGCAGACUAGUUUGUCCCUUAAAAUUCUUGCAACAGGGGUCAGCUUUCGUUUCUAUGCGAGAACCGCAAAGGGUAGGUUUCCAUACAGCGACAUUUUGCUGCCUUCAAAUGUAACCAUUCCUGUUGUCCUGGAGUGGGUUAGGAUCGCAGAAUGAACCGCAAUGUCUCUAGUGGCCACUAUAAUGUCUCUGGGAGAGUUAGUUGGGGCCGUGGCAACUUUUCGGAUCUGGAAAGCCGAUAGCAGAUCGGAGGGGUCCAAACCUCCCUUAAUGCCCAUGGAUGUGAGCAGCCUCUGGAUGUAAGGCAGUAAGGCCUCUCCAUUAAGCUCCUCUGGGACUUCUCUCAGGCGGACAUUCCGAUGCCUGUUUCUGGAUUCCAUGGUAGCCACGGCUCUCUGUACUUGCUGAACUUGACGAGUGAGCUCUGUCACUUGGGUCUCAAUCGUUUGCAACCUCUCCUCCCUCACUUUUUUUCUGUCCUCCACUCCUUUAAUUUUCUAGCUGAUAAUGCCUAUGUCUUUUUGGGCCUCUUGGAGAUUUUUUUUUCCAGACUUUGCGUAAGUCUAGGAGCAGCCUCUUAAUGUCACCUUCUGAUGAGGGUGCAGAGUCAUCAUCUGACUCGGUCUCCGGUUCAGCUUCACUCUGGUGGGAAGAUGUAGGAGGAGACUCCAGUUUUUCCUUAGACUCCUCCGAUGCCUCCACUGCAGGUUGUGCCGCGGGCGCCAUCUUGGGAGCAUCUUUUGGUGCAUGCCUCUCGAAGGAGAGCUUGAUGUCCGGUAAUCUCGGGCUCUCUGGCACCCGGAAUCUUCUGUUCUUGCGGCCCAUAUUGUCAUCUGGUGGUGGCCGUACCGCAGGAGUCUCCUUGGGAUAGUUUAGCUGAGGGAAAGCCGUUUUUAUUGCGGUGUCUGUACGGCGCUUCUCUGGAACACGUCUGGUAAGUCUCAUAGUUGACCACGCCCCCUGAAGAUGUAAAUUUUAAAACCAAGCAACUGUUUUAUUGAAUAGCAAUUCCUGUUCAAUUUCUAAAAGUGAAGCAGUCAGCAUAGACAUUCUGUUGAUUUUCAUGGUGAUUGCUCUAUGUUAAAAGCUACGUCUACAAAUGCUCUCUAUGCAUAACUAGUUAUGAAGCAGAACUAUAUGAACCAUAUGGGUUUGCCCGAUUUUGUGUGUGUGUGUUCUUAAUUGUGCAUUAGUUCUGUUAUUUAUGAGGCCUACUGACUAUUGUAAUUUUUUAACAUGCUUCCAAAUUCUGUCUGAAAUAAUAACAUGCAGUGUUUCUGAAACAUUUGCCAUGCUUCUAAAAGGUGUAAUGAGGCAACAUAAUAAUAGUUACUGGACUUUAUGAACAAAGGCAUUGCCAUAACAAAGGUAACAUUGUUUACAUAGAAUUCAUGUAUUUACUUUUGGUUUUAUUUUCUUUAAGUGCCAACAAAACAUUCCAGUAAAUGCUUUUAUAUCUCUGCUUGGGAAUAUAGUAGACAUAACUCAUAUUUUAUUCUGUUUUUGCUUUUGAAGGAGGAAAAAAGAAUACAUUCUCAACGUGUAAAGCAAAGGCAGCAACAGCAGGAGGCCUCCUGGAGAUGGAAGCUUGUUAAAACGUCACAACUUCUUCAUAACCAGCAUCGCCAUUUCCCAAGGAGCCUGCCAAUGACCUUGACCUGUCAUUGCUAGAGACACUAUACCGUAUAGACAAUCACUGCCUGGAGUUUGGCAUCCUGGUACUUGCCAGGCCUUCACAUAAUGCUACUAGAUCUAUACCCCCAGGGUAGGAAGACUUUGGAUACUUGGCAAAGGUGCAACGUCCAUAUAUUUUAUUAUCUUUUUUUUUUUCCUUCUAAUUCAUAUCUUGCCUUCCUACCUGCUGGAAUACAUGCAUAUGUGAAGUUCUCUAUUUAAUCCAGCCACAGACCAAACAGAGUUCUGAUCUUGGACAUAAAAGAAUGAGGAGACAUUCUGUCUCUCACUAACCUCGUUUAUUUAAAAAUGGAGCAAAAGGAUCAAUUUUUUUUUUUAUUUCAUCAUUGUAUUGCGUAUUCUCCAUAAAACUUGAAUGUUUUUAUAUAUCAGAAUUUAGGAUUGAUGUAUAUUUUAUUAGUCGGGGUAUAAACAGAGUCUGCUUUUCCUGCAAAAAGACAAACUUUUUUUUUUUUUUUGCUUGAAAACCUGGAUAUUUUAAGAAUUGUCAUGUAUCUUUGGUCUUGACUGGCACAUGUGGAAAUCAAAGAACAGUUUUCUGUUAUAUCUUAGUUGUGUCUGAAUUGUUACAAACAUUGCUGUUUGUUUUUUCUCCUGAUGUUUUUGUACAACUGGUGAUGAUGGGAAGAUGCCAUUCAGUGCAGCAUCUCAUAAAAAUUGGGUUCAGUUGUAAAAUGCAUCAGCCCUUCACCCUUUUGCUGGCAAAGGGGCCUCCGAACCACACAAUAGUGCCUCUUACAGCAAAAGAGUCUCUCUCUCUCUCUUUUAUUUUUUAUUUUUCUCCUAAUAAUCCGUACUCAACGUUUUGUGUGUGUGUCAAAUGCAUAUCUAAUAUUAAAAAAAAAAAAUCAUUUUGUAAGAGUCCUUUGCCUAUUUGGAGACCGGUAAGAUGCUUCAUGAGCACAGGACAAUGUAUCCCUCUUCUUUCAUUGUGAAGAAAGCCCAGCACUUGGAUUCAUUGUAACAAUGUCAGUUGUACUGUAUUGUACUUGGUUUUGUAAUUCUUCCUCUAAUAGCCUUUAGUGGGAUUUGAUGCCAGUUGUUUGGGAGAAAAAAAAGCAUUUUAAUGUGUACCCCUUCUUUAAUUGCAAGGCAUAGGCUUUGCUCUCCUCGCCCCAAAAUAAUUGUCAACAAAACUUUUCUUUUUUUUUUUUUCUUCUUUUUUUUGUCAUUCCAAUAUGAGUUGAUGUGCUGAGCAUAUGUUUUUAAAGAAAAGCUUUGUAAUAAAAAAAAAAGUCAG